CAUUCCCAGCCUUGCCUCGGGUGUAGGGAUUGCAAGAAAAAGCAAAACUACACGGAUAACAGCCAGUGUAGUUUUGUUUUUUGGGGGGAUAUUUUUGAGGCACAACCGUUCUCACACUGGAUUUUCUGAAAUCAUUUCUGGAUAAGGAGGUUUUUUUUUUGGAAGAUAACACCCCUUUGGGCUCUGUCCCUACAGUUCAAGGCACUCUUGUGGAUACAAGGUGCCUGUUACCAUGACAACACAGGCGCCAACGUUUACUCAGCCGCUUCAGAGCGUUGUGGCACUUGAGGGUAGUGCUGCAACGUUCGAAGCUCAAGUUAGUGGUAAUCCAGUUCCUGAGGUGAGCUGGUUUCGUGAUGGCCAGGUUCUUACUGCUGCUGCUCUGCCCGGCGCUCAGAUCUCGUUCAGCGAAGGCCGCGCUGUUCUGAGGAUCCCUGCCGUGACAGUUGCACACAGCGGAAGAUUUUCUGUGAGAGCCACUAAUGGCGCUGGACAAGCCACUAGCACCGCUGAACUCCUGGUUACAGCGGAAACUGCACCGCCAAACUUCAUUCAGAGACUACAAAGCAUGACUGUGAGACAGGGAAGCAGAGUGAGACUGGAUGUUCGUGUUACGGGAAUCCCUACACCUGUGGUGAAGUUCUACAGAGAGGGAGCUGAGAUUCAGAGCUCCGCCGACUUUCAGAUUGUUCAGGAUGGAGACCUUUACAGUUUGCUGAUUGCUGAGGCCUUCCCUGAAGACUCUGGAACAUACUCUGUCAAUGCUACUAACAGCAGCGGACGUGCUACCUCUACUGCAGAACUACUGGUUCAAGGUGAGGAGGAAGCUGUGCCUGCUAAGAAAACAAAGACAGUUAUUUCAACUUCUCAGAUUUCAAAGACCCGCCAAACCAGAGUAGAAAAGAAAAUGGAGACUCACUUUGAGUCCACAGCUUUGCAAAUGCAAGUUGAAGGAGGCAUUGUAACUCAACAGCUAGCCCAUAAGACCCCUCCUCGUGUGCCUCCUAAACCCACGUCCAAAUCCCCUCCAUCACAUUUGACUAAAGUUUCAGCUACUCGCCACCAGUCGCCCUCUCCUGUGAGGCACGUGAAGGCCCCCACGCCGACUCCUGUCAGAGCUGUAUCGCCCUCCACAAGACUGUCAGUAUCACCCAUCAGACCAGUCAAAUCCCCAGUUCUAACUCGCAGGCAGGUCACUCCAGGUGCUGAGGUCCUGCCCCCUUGGAAGCAGGCAGGCUACGUGUCUGAGUCUAGCUAUCAGGCUAGCCUGAAGGCCAAGGUCACAGAGAUGCACUGGGAGACAGCUGUCACUGAGCAAAAACAACCUGUCCCCAAAGAGGUAUGGGCACUGCUCUGGAUAGGGGACGUUGCCUUCUUGAGAUGUGAAAUAAAUUGCUUUGUGCGUAUGGAACAGCAAAGCAUGGAUGACAAAUCUGGUGCAGUUGCCACAGUUGUGGCAGCAGUAGACCAGGCUCGUAGCCGCCACCCUCCCUCUGGCUCUACAGAGCCUCACAGUGUAGAAAGCAGCACUGCUACUCUCCUUGCACCUACGAUUGACCAGCAGAUGAAACCCAUGGUGGACGUUUCGCCUAUGGCAGUGCAUGAGCAGGCUAACAUUAGAGAGAUCACAGGGGCUCGCUCUGAAUGCAUUAUGGAAACUAUGGAAACAAGCUCUGCCUCUUACACACUUGUCUCUCAGGAGAAGGGUGAUGGUAAGAAGGCAGGUGCCGUGGCUACGGUGCUUGCUGCUGUGGACCAGGCGCGAGUUCGAAAGCCUGUGCAUGUUGAGAGUACUGUGACUCAAGAGGAAACCGCUAUAAAGCAGCAGGCAGUGCUCACGGCUAAGCAACAGGUCACAAGUAGAACAGAAGAGUUUCAAAUUUCUCCUGCUAUGCUGAGGGACACGUCUGAAAAAUCUGUUCCUGUCAUACAGAUCCCAAGAACUACAGAGAUUAGUCCGCAGGUGGACACUGGCCUUGCGCCAUCCCCGAUUCCACAUUUCACAGUUUCAAAAGUUACUGUCCCUAAACCUGAUCAUAGCUAUGAGGUCUCGAUAGCUGGCUCUGCUAUUGCUACUCUGCAGAAAGAGUUGUCCUCCACUUCUGGUGUUCAAAAGAUCAUCAAGCCCGUCAAGCCUCCAACUCAUAAAGCCGUGGAGAUGAGAGUGACCCCAGAGCUGACCCUUCCUCCCUUUAAAGACAUUACUGAGAAAUAUCAGUCACAUUUCAACACAGAGUUACAGAGACAGAUAGGUGCUUCAUAUGCAGGGGAAUGGGAGAAGCAGGUUGUUGAGACAGCAGCAGUUCCUUCAGCUGUCAAGCAACCAGUUAUGCCUCCAACAGUUGUUGUUGGCUUGAAGAACAUGACUGUUACUGAGGGAGAGUCAGUGACUCUGGAAUGCCAGAUCUCUGGCCAUCCCACACCAGGCAUUAUGUGGUUCAGGGAGGACUACCGGAUUGAGAGCUCCAUUGACUUCCAGAUCACAUAUGAGAAAACUUAUGCCCGCUUAGUGAUCCGGGAGGCCUUUGCUGAGGAUAGUGGCCGAUUCACUUGCACUGCUACCAGCGAGGCUGGAACUAUAAGCACCUCUUGCUACCUGCUUGUGCAAGUAUGUGAAGAAAUUGAGGGUCGAGAAGAGAUUAUGAUGGAGAAACAUAUUGAAACUAAAGAAGAGGCCGUGUCAGAAGUGAGCGCUGUGUCCAAGACCAUCGAAGUCGGAACAGCUGUGGCUCCAUUUUUUGUGAGGAAGCUGGCUACACAGAAACUGGUGGAAGGUGGAAGUGUGGUCUUUGAUUGCCAGAUUGGAGGGAACCCCAAACCCCACAUCUACUGGAAGAAGAAUGGUGUCCCACUCACCACCGGAUACAGGUAUAGAGUUAGCUACAAUAAAGACACAGGGGAAUGCAAAUUGGAGAUCUCUAUGACUUUUGCUGACGAUGCAGGAGAGUACACCAUCUCUGCUAGGAAUCAGCAUGGAGAGGUUUCAGCCUCCACCAGCCUGCUGGAGGAAGAGGAAUAUGAAGCUUACAUGAAAACACAGGAAGUGAUAUACAAAACAGAAGUAACUACAGCAGUGGUACCAGAGCCCAGAGUGGCAGAUGUAGCCCCUGAGAUGCUAAGGAGAUUGCCUCAACAACCACAGAUGAUGCAGACUUUUAUCUCAGAGAAGGAAUUCCAUAUAUCUGCUAUUGAGCAGAGAAUAAUCCAGGAGAUUGAGAUUCGGAUCCUAAAGAUUACCUAUCGGGAGCUGGUAAUAGAGGAUGGAGAGGAGAUGCUGAUGAACGUGGCUGAGCAUGAGGCUGUAGGAUCCUCAUUCAGUACUCCAGUCAAAAGCUACAGAAUCAUGGAGGGAAUGGGGGUUACAUUCCAUUGCAAAAUGGAAGGAACUCCCUUGCCAAAGAUUGCAUGGUACAAAGAUGGGAAGCGCAUCAAGCAUGGAGGUCGUUAUCAGAUGGAGGUUCUUCAGGAUGGUAGAACCAGUCUGCGUAUUCCGGUGGUGCUUCCAGAAGAUGAGGGAGUCUACACAGCUUUAGCUAGUAACAUGAAGGGUAAUGCAGUCUGCUCUGGAAAGCUCUAUGUGGAGUCUACAGCUUCUGCUCAACCCUACUAUCCUCAGGCAGAGGCAGUGAGGAGAGUACAGUCUGAAUCGCCCAUGUCUGCACGGUCAAUUAGCCUCUCUCCUGGACACUCGCCGGCUCGUUCUGUUAGUCGUUCUCCUGGACGAUCACCUGCUCGUAGGCUGGAUGAGACAGAUGAAUCCCAGCUGGAAAGGCUUUACAAACCUGUGUUUGUUAUGAAACCAUCAUCUUUCAGGUGCUCUGAAGGACAAACUGCAAGAUUUGAUCUGAAAGUUGUUGGAAGACCCAUGCCUGACACUUUCUGGUUUCAUAAUGGGCAACAAGUGGUUAAUGACUACACCCACAAGAUUGUGGUGAAGGAAGACGGAACUCAGUCAUUGAUUGUGGUUCCUGCUAUGCCUCAAGACUCUGGAGAAUGGACAGUUGUUGCUCAGAACAGAGCUGGAAAAACUACUGUUUCUAUGACUCUUACUGUAGAAGCUAAAGAAAACUUGGUUAGACCACAAUUUAUUGAAAAGCUGAAAAAUCUCAGUGUCAAGGAGGGAACUUUGGUUGAACUGGCUGUCAAAGCCAUUGGAAACCCUCUCCCUGACAUUGUAUGGCUGAAAAACAGUGACAUCAUCUCUCCUCACAAGUACCCUCAUAUUAAGAUUGAGGGUACAAAGGGUGAGGCACAUUUCAAGAUCCCCCAAAUCACUGGUUCUGAUAGUGCAUGGUACACAGCCACUGCUAUUAACAAAGCUGGCCGAGAUACAACACGCUGCAGAGUCAAUGUUGAGGUGGAGUUUGCCGAACCUGAACCAGAGAGAAAACUCAUUAUUCCUAAGGGAAUCUACAAGGCUAAGGAAAUUGCUGCACCAGAACUGGAGCCGCUGCAUCUCCGCUAUGGUCAAGAACAAUGGGAGGAGGGUGACCUUUAUGACAAGGAGAAACAGCAGAAGCCUCAUUUCAAAAAGAAACUGACUUCUGUCAGACUCAAGCGUUUUGGUCCUGUGCAUUUUGAAUGCAGACUGACCCCUAUUGGUGAUCCCAACAUGGUUGUUGAGUGGUUGCAUGAUGGGAAACCCUUGGCAGCUGCUAAUAGGUUACGCAUGAUUAAUGAAUUUGGCUAUUGCAGUCUUGACUAUGAAGUUGCUUAUUCUAGGGAUAGUGGUGUCAUUACUUGCAGAGCCACCAACAAAUUUGGUGUUGAUCAGACCUCUGCUACCCUAAUUGUGAAAGAUGAGAAGAGUCUUGUUGAGGAAAGUCAGCUGCCAGAGGGUAGGAGGGUACCGAGAAUUGAUGAAAUGGAGCGCAUUGCUCAUGAAGGAGCUCCUUCAGGUGUUACUGCAGAAGAACUGAUGGAAAAAACUAAGCCUGAGAUUGUCUUGCUCCCAGAACCCAUUAGUGUUCUGGAGGGGGAAAAUGCAAAAUACCGUUGCAGAGUAACUGGCUACCCAACCCCAAAAGUCAAUUGGUACCUAAAUGGACAACUUAUUCGCAAGAGCAAACGAUUCAGACUACAGUAUGAUGGCAUUCACUAUCUUGAGAUUACAGACUGUAAAUCUUAUGAUUCAGGGGAAGUCAAAGUAUUGGCUGAGAACCCUGAGGGUACUGCUGAGCAUAUCGUUAAGCUGGAAAUCAAACAGAGGGAGGAUUUUAGGUCAAUGCUGCGGCGUGCCCCUGAGGUGAAGGUUCCAGAACUUCCUGGUCCAGAGGCUGGUAAAGUAUCCUUUGAUGUUAUAAAGGUGGACAAACCUGUUGAGCCAUCACAAGCCAAAGAAGUGGUAAAACUGAGGAGGGCAGAGAGAGUUAUUCACGAAAGAUCUCCAGAAGAGACAGAGGAAUUGAGAAGCAAAUUCAAACGCAGGACUGAAGAAGGCUAUUAUGAGGCCAUCUCCUCAGUGGAGUUUAAAUCUCGCAAGAAGGAUGAGUCCUAUGAAGAAAUGUUGAGGAAAAGAAAGGAGGAGCUUCUGCACUGGACCAAGGAAAUACCCGAAUCUGAGAAGAAGAAGGAAGAAGAAGAACGCAAACUUACUAUUCCUACUAUCAGACCUGAGAAAAUAACUCUCUCUCCCAGCAUGGAGGCACCAAAAAUCUUUGAACGAAUUCAGAGCCAAACUGUUGGCCUGGGUGAAGAAGUCCGCUUUCGUUGCAGAGUUGUUGGAAAACCAGAUCCAGAAUGCCAAUGGUUCAAGAAUGGAAUCUUGCUAGAAAAAUCAGACCGUAUUUACUGGUAUUGGCCUGAGGACCAUGUCUGUGAGCUGGUUAUUAGGGAUGUCGCAACAGAAGACUCAGCUAGCAUCAUGGUGAAAGCCAUUAAUAUCGCAGGAGAGACCUCAAGCCAUGCCUUCUUGCUUGUCAAGGUAUCCAAGCAAGUUGUCAGCUUCACUCAACAACUGGAGGAUAUGUAUGCCAAAGAGAAGGACACCAUUAUGACCUUUGAAUGUGAGACAAAUGAGCCUUUUGUCAAGGUCAAAUGGCUGAAGAACAAUGCAGAGAUUUUCUCUGGAGACAAGUACAGGAUGCACUCUGACAGAAAGGUGCACUUCCUGUCUGUACUUGUCAUCGACAUGAGUGAUGAUGCUGAAUACAGUUGCACUCUUGUUGAGGAUGACCACAUAAGAACAUCUGCGAGACUCCAUGUUGAAGGUGCACCACUGGAAAUUUUGAAGACUAUGGAUAACAUUGAAGUACCAGAGACUUACUCUGGAGAAUUUGAGUGUGAACUGUCCCGAGAGGACGCUGAAGGCACCUGGUACUUUGAAAACAAAGAGAUCACCCCAAGCCUUAAAUAUGUUGUGUCCUCCCGUCGUGGACGCCACUGCCUGUGUGUAAAAGAUGUGAAGAAGGAAGACCAAGGCAAAUACACAUUCAAAGUGGGGGAUCUAAAGACCACUGCCUCCUUGAAGAUGAAAUUACGCCCAGUUACACUACUGCAAGGCCUCUCUGACCUGACCAUCUGUGAAGGUGAUAUUGCUCAACUGGAAGUCCGAUUCUCUCAGGAGAAUGUGGAGGGAACUUGGAUGAAGAAUGGUCAACCUAUCUCUGCUACUGACAGGGUUCACAUUGUUAUUGACAAAUUUGUACACAAACUCCUGGUUGAAAAUGUCAAAGACGAUGCUGGAAUGUACUCCUUUGUUGUUCCUGCUCAGAACAUUUCUACUGCAGGAAAACUGAUUGUGCAGACUAUUGGUAUUAUAACUCCUCUAAAGGAUGUUAGCACAGUGGAAGGCACAAAGGCUGUUCUAGAAGCGAAAAUUUCAGCUGCUGAUGUGAUCUCUGUGAAGUGGUACCAAAAUGAAAAGCUGCUGACGGCUAGUGACAGAGUCCAGAUGGUUGCUAAGGGUUCCAAACAACGUUUAGUGUUGAACAGGACCUAUGCCUCUGAUGAAGGACAGUACAGACUGGUUGGCAGAGUUGAUUCAUCUUGCAGACUUUCUGUCGAGAAGGUCAGUAUCGUAAAGCACAUGGAGGACUGUGUUUGUACUGAAACCCAGAAUGUCACCUUUGAGGUUGAGUUAUCUCACUCUGGCAUUGAUGCUUUCUGGACUUUUAAAAAUCAACCUCUUAAAGCUGGUCCCAGAUACAAGAUUGAGUCCAAGGGCACAAAAUAUAGCCUCACAGUUAUCAAUGCCAUGAAGGAUGAGGAGGGAGUUUAUACUUUUGCAGCUGGUGAAAAGACAUCAAGUGCAAAACUUAUUGUAUCAGGUGGUGCCAUAAACAGACCCCUGCAGGAUGUAACUGUUGCUGAGUCCCAGACUGCUGAGCUGGAGUGUGAAGUUGCCAACCCUUCUGCUGAGGGCAAGUGGCUUAAGGAUGGACAUCCUGUUAGCUUUAGUGACAAUGUAAGGAGCGAAGAGAUUGGUGCUGUGAGACGCCUUGUUAUUGUCAUCACCCGACCACAGGAUAUUGGAGAGUACACUUACCAGGUGGCAAACUCUAAGACCUCAGCCAACCUGAAAGUUGAAGCUGUGAAGAUCAAGAAGACACUAAAGAACCAAACUGUUACUGAGACACAAGAGGCAGCGUUCAGUCUGGAACUUACCCAUUUGGAUGUGAAAGGUGCCCAGUGGAUCAAGAAUGGAGUGGAAAUUCUCCCAAGUGAUAAAUAUGAGAUUACAAUAGAUGGAAUGGUGCACACCUUAAAGAUCAAAGACUGUAACGCCCAGGAUGAAUCGGUUUAUGGAUUCAAACUGGGCAAGCUUUCUGCUAAUGCUAGACUGAACGUUGAGACAAUUAAAAUUGUGAAGAAGCCAAAAGAUGUGACUUCACUGCUCAGUGCCACUGCCUCCUUUGAGUUGAGCUUAUCCCAUGAUAAUAUCCCAGUUAAAUGGAUGUUCAAGAACCAAGAGCUCAAGCAAACUGAAAAUAUUCAGAUAUUUUCAGAGAGGAAAGCGCAUAAGGUGGUCAUAGCCAAUGUUGAUGAAGACAUGGCAGGAGAAUACACAGCUAUAGUAGGACAUUUGCAGUGUAGUGCAUUUUUGCAUGUUGAAUCUUUGAGGGUCACAAAAACCAUGAAGAAUGUUGAGGUUCCAGAGACCCAUACUGCCACCUUUGAAUGUGAGGUUUCACAUUUCAAUGUCCCAUCUACCUGGCUGAAAAAUGGAGUUGAGAUUGAGAUGAGUGAGAAGUUCAGAAUUGUGGUGCAGGGCAAGCUCCACCAGCUCAAGAUCAUGAACACCAGCAGAGAUGAUGCUGCAGAGUACACGUUCGUGUGUGGAAAUGACAGAGUGUCAGCCACCCUGACUGUUAACCCUAUACUCAUCACAUCAAUGCUCAAGGACCUCAAUGCUCAGGAGAAGGACACCAUAACAUUUGAAGUAACUGUCAACUAUGAAGGCAUCACCUACAAGUGGUUGAAGAAUGGUGUAGAGAUUAGGUCAACUGAUAGAUGUCAGACCCGUUCUAGGCAGCUCACUCACACGCUCACCAUCCGUAAUGUGAAUUUUGGUGAUAGUGCAGAGUACAAGUAUGUUGCUGGAUCUGCUGAGACAUCAGCAAACUUGUUUGUUGAGGCUCGUGUCAUUGAGUUCACCAAACACAUCAAAGACAUCAAAGUUACAGAAAAGAAAAAGGCCAUCUUUGAAUGUGAGCUCUCUGAGCCUAAUGUUCAGGUGACAUGGAUGAAAGAUGGACAGGAAAUUGAGAUAACAGAAAGGUAUAAAGUUUCCACAGACAAAUACAUACAGCGCUUGAUGAUACAGAGUGUUCGCAUGUCAGACACUGGUGAAUACUCUGUCGUCGCUGGAUCAAGUAUUUCUAUGGCUCACCUCACAGUAGAGGGCAAGGAUGUUCGCAUUACUGAACCUGCUCAGAAAGAAAUAACUGUGCUGGAAAGGCAGCGAGUAGUGUUGGAGUUCGAAGUCAAUGAAGAUGACAUUGAAGGCCGCUGGCUGAGAAACGGUGUUGAAAUCCAACUUGCAAUUGAUAAGCGUUUCAGCUAUGCCACUAUUAGGAAAAUUCAUCGCUUGACCAUUGCUGAAACCUACAGGAGUGAUGCAGGAGAAUACACUUUCAUUGCUGGGAAAAACAGGAGUGUGGUCACCCUGCAUGUCAACAUCCCUGAGCCUCCCCAGAUCCUCAGACACAUGUUGGAUCUGUCUGUAGAGGCUGGAAAACCUGCACGCUUCUCUGUGGAAGUGACUGGCAUCCCUCAGCCUCAGGUGUCAUGGUAUAAGAACUCUCAGAUGCUGUCUUCUGGAUUCAAGUGCAAGUUCCUGAGGGAGGGAAAUGAGUACACUCUGCUGCUCAUUGAGGUCUUCCCAGAGGAUGCAGCUCAGUACACUUGUGAGGCCAAAAAUGACUAUGGUCAGGCCACCAGCUCUGCUUCACUGAAUGUUGAAGUUCCAGAGGUUGUUUCCCCUGACACUGGCGCACCUUUGACCCCACCUGUGAUUAUAUCUCCAAUACAAAACACCUCAGCUAAAGAAGGAGCAUCUGCGAGAUUCCAGUGUCGGGUGUCUGGAGAGGAUCUGACAAUUACCUGGUAUUGCAAAGACAAAGAGAUCAAGCAGUCAAGCUUCUUCCGAAUGUCUCAGUUUGAUGAUAACUGCCUGCUGGAGAUUGCCAGAGUUUAUGCGGAGGAUGAGGGAGAGUACAGCUGUGUUGCUCGCAGUUCUGCUGGAAUGGUCUCUUGCUCUGCAGUACUGAAUCUGGAAGUUAAAAAAGUGCAUGAAGAGAUUGAAACUAAAAUUGAAGAAGAAUUCAAAGAAUUUUCUAGCUUGACAGUGAAGACCAUGGGGGAAGAAGAAGAAACCUACAGUUCUACUCUACAAUUACCUGAAAAAGCUAAAACACUUGAACUCAAGCCAGAGCAAAAACGUUACUCUAGUUCUUUGGAAAAGAAAAAGGAAAAACCCAUUUUUCUAACCCAACUUGCACCUUCAGAAGUCACUAUUGGGAGCUCAGCUAGGUUUACUGUCACUGUAUCUGGUUUUCCAAAGCCUAAAGUUCAGUGGUUCCACAAUGGCAAAGUCAUUACUUCUUCAUCUGUAUACAAGUUUGUUGAAGAAAGAGAUGAGUACAGUCUGAUUAUCACUAAGGUAAAAAAAGAAUAUGAGGGAGAAUACUCAUGCACUGCAAGUAACAGAUUUGGUCAAACUACUUGCACAACAACCCUAAAAGUACAAGUCACUGAUUUAUCACCAGCAGAGAAGUGGGUUGAGCACAUGUUUAAAGUACCUGGAGAGCCACCGCGGUUUACCACACAGAUCGUACCUGUUCAGUGUGCUGAGGGGUGUGAGGCUAAAUUUGAAUACAAAGUGACAGGAACUCCCUGUCCAAAAAUUCAGUGGUUUAAAGGUAGCGAUGAAAUUCUGCCCAGCCCAGACUUUUGUAUUGUAACUGAUCCAGAUGGUACUGGUUUUCUUAUAAUGAUUGAUAUCCAGCAGAGUGAUAGAGGCCUUUACACUUGCAGGGCUUCCAAUCCCUUUGGGGAGGCUACUUGUAGUGCUGAAUUAAUUGUGUUCCAGAAAAGUUAUUCAGUAUCUCAUCAACAGCAGCUGACUCAACAGAAAACUUAUAAAAUGUCCAUGACUGAAGAGGCGACUGAAUCUCGCUUGUACAGUGUGAGUCUUCCUGGGCAAGCCAGAGUCAGUCUGCAGGAAGGGCAAAAGAUGAUUUAUACCAUUGGCACAGAAGAUAGGCAGACUGUAGCAAGUGAGCAAGUUGGUUCUCUUCAUGAAAUAGAUGUUUCAUCUGCCACUGUGCACAAGGAGCAGGUGACUCACCAGGCUGCAGUUCUGCAGUCUCAUGAGAUGCAGGAAAGAGUAACUGUAGCAUCCAGACAGCCACAAACAGCUGUGGCAACACCUUUGAGACAGCUCCACAUGGCUGCAAUGACAUCUGCAGUUCAAGAAAGCCAAGGCUUCACAGAGGAGCACCUUGAUCGCAUUAAAAGUCCUGAGGUUACGGAAUUGAAGAGUGCAAAGGAGCAGACUUCAAGGCUAAUGUCUGCCAUAACAGAGAGUGUAAUGCCUCUAACAAUUGUUAAAACACAGCCACUAACCAGUCAAGAAAAAGAGCAAACAAAAGCAAUUACUGAGCCCAAAUACCCAUUUUCAAGUCAUCAGGUAGAAUCAACACUCCCAAUUGUAAAAGAGCAAUCAAAGACUAUACCACAGACAGAGGCAGAAAAGAGCUAUCAAGUUAAGGAGGGUAUGAAAAUAUUGUAUGCAGCAGUUUCAGAUGAGAAGCAACAAAUAACAGAUGUCCAUGCUAAAGAUUUGUCAGUGUUAGAUAUAGCCUCUCAGUCCUCAGUAAAGAAGGAAUCCCCCAAACCAGCCAUUCUUUCAGUGAGUGAGACCAAACAAAUGCUAUCAAAAGAGCAAAAAUUCUUUAUGCACAGACCUGAUAAGCAGACUGCAGCUCUGGCUAAGGAUACAGUAUUAAGAUCAGCUCUUGUUGCUGAGGAUGUUAAUGAAUUUCAAGCUGAAAAAACAAGUGUAAUUCCAGGUUUGGAUAGUAUGGUUUCAGUUCAGGCACAGAGGGAAGAGGAACAGAUACUUAACUUACAGAUUUUUGCAGAUCAGACUAGUCUUCCUUCUGAGGGUAGAUUCAGUAGUGAGAAGCCAAGUCCUGAGCAAGCAGACUCUAGAAAAAGUCCUACUCUUUUGCACACAGUGUCAACAGAUGAACAGCAGACCAUUACUUGUGAAGGGUCAUCACAGUUCUCAACCGAAGAGACAUCAGUUUUUAUACAGCCUCAUAAAGAGGCCCUGGCCCCUUUGCAUCUGCAGGCAGUUCAAGCAGAGAGCAUGUUAUCAAAAGAGGGGAUCCUCUCAAUAGAAAAAACAGACCAACAGAUGGCAGUGCAGAGACAGGAAAAGGCCCGUAAACAUGCAGUUACCACAGAGGAGAAAAGGGAACUCACAGCAGAUUAUUCCAGAGGUCUGGAAGUUUCUGCUACAGGAGUUCAUUCUGAUAUCAAGAAAGAACCAAAACCUCAAAGCAAUUUGCAAGUCAUCACAGAACCAAUGCAGCUACCAAAGGAGACACCAUUUUCAAGUGAAACUAAGCAGCAACGUGCAUUAGUGCAAAAGGAGGAUCGCUGGAAUAUUAUUAAUGCCAUGUCCAUAUCAGACAUACAAGAUCUGGAGGAAGGACACACAGAGAAUUUAUGCGCACCAGAAAAAUAUACAUGCUUGGCUGAAAUGGAGCCUAAAAUACCAUUAGAAUCUCUUCAUGUUGAGGAGAAGGAAAUCUCAACUGAAAGCAGCGUUACUCUUGAUGCCGCGGAGCAAGACUUUGCUGUUCAAAUUCAAGAGGGUCAGUCGAUUAGAAAGUCAAUAUUAAUGGAUGAAAAGCUCCUUUUAAGAGGUGAACUGUCUCAGGAUAUUACAAAAUCACAAACAACUACAGCAACAGUUAGUCAACAGCAGAUGGAUGUUCUGUUACUAUCAGAGUCCAGAGAAAGCCAGACCCUUCCAAAGGAACUUACUUUUGUGAUUCCAGCACCUAAAGCACACAGCUUAGACAUAAAGCCUCAGUUGAAAAAUAUGCUUGCAUCAGCUGUUGCUCAAGAUCAACCAUUAAUACUGGCAGAUGUGGUCAAGCAAUUGGAUGUUGUUGAAGUACAGGAGGUCAGAGUUCAAAGGCAGCUUAGGUAUACCAUGUUCACAUAUCUCAUCACAACUGCAGGAGCCCCCAUAGAGAUCACAAUUUCUUUCGAGGGCGAGUACCCUCAGACUGCUGAUCUUAAGAGUGAACUUCAGGCUGCUUUGUAUUCCAUUAUCUAUCGUGAGCAGCAGGUUCUCACCUCCGAACAACCUGGAGCAAUGCACAUUGACAGGCCUCAGAGAUUACAACUUAGUAGGGCUGCUGCUAAAGAAAAGCUCUCACCAAUGGUUGAGACUGUGCAAUUAACUGAAAAUACAGAAACUUUUUUUCCACCUAAAACACAAUCAGCUGCUCUGAAGUCUGAAGAUGUAACCUCUUUCCAGUCUGUAAAGGCUCAGAAACAAACUGUUGUGCAAGGCUCAAAAAGUCUAGUGAUUCAGGAAACCACUACAAAAAUGGAAUUAAAGCAGUCUGUUCAGGUUGAAAGACAGGAAAUCAGAUCUGUGACAGUAAAAAGCCAAGAUCGAGAUAUUGGUACUGCAGAUAUCACCACCGAUGGGUCCUUUGUGCCAGUCCCAGUUGAGCAGUCUGACAUUCUCAUUCAGAGGGAAGACACACAGGAAUAUCUGACAGAAGAGACCAUCAAAUUACAAAAAGCAAAGGUUAGGGAGGAAUACCCAGUCUUUGAAAGCUCUUUGAAAGAUGUCAUCAUAGAUGAACACUCUAAAGUCACAUUUUCUGUGACUACAAGACAUGUCUCAAAAGUGAAUUGGCUUUUUAAUGGAAAACCAGUUAAGUCUGGCAAAGAGUUCAAGUGUUUACAAGAUAAGGACACUUAUAUGCUUGUAAUCAAUAAAGUUAUCAAGGAAAAACAUGAAGGAGAAUACACGUUUGAGGCUGUGAAUGAAGCUGGCAAGACUUCAACAACAUCAAGGCUCACAGUGGUCUCAAGAGUUCCACCUGUUUUCAAAAGAAAAAUCAAUGCUCUGGAGGCCAGUGUAGGAAGCCCUGUCACUUUUGAAUGUGAGAUUGAAGAUGCACCCAACGUGACCUUCAAAUGGUUCAAGUAUGGCUCAGAGAUCAGACACAGUGACAAGUACAAGAUCAUCAGCCAUUUAACCACAUCAUCUCUAGAGCUCUUGAGUCCAACAAAGGCAGACAGUGGCGAGUACACCUGCACAGCUUUGAACCAACAUGGUAGAGACAGCUGCUCUGCUAACCUGAAUGUGACAGAGGUUUUUCCUCCAGAAUUUGUAUCAAAGCCUGAUCCAAUUACUUCAUUUGUGGCCAAACAAGCAAAAUUCCAUUGUGUAAUCACUGGUUCGGCACCAGUGAAUGUUGUCUGGCACAAGGACAACAUUGUCAUUUCACAUAAUGAGCACUACAAAGUGUUCGUUGAAAAGAACAAGUAUUGUCUUGAGAUCACAAAUCUUGAGCAAAGUGACCAGGGAACAUACCUUUGCAAAGCUUCAAAUAGUGUUGGCACAGCUACGUGCUGCACUGAGCUGAGAGUUAUCGACAAACCCAGCUUUGUGAAGACCUUUGAGCCAACUUUUGUAGCGGUGGAUAAUUCACUGCGGCUCGAGUGUCAGGUGAAUGAAGAUACAGGUGUGUUCAUCACCUGGAUGAGGGAUGGCAAGAGACUCCAUAAUACAAUGGAUAGCAAAAUUUCUUUUGAAGACAGAGUGGCGUGCCUUGAGAUACCAAAGGCCAAGCUUAAAGAUACAGGCACUUAUGUUUGUACUGCUGCAAAUGACGCUGGAAGCAGCAUUCACUCUUCUGUGAUAAAUGUACAAGAACCUCCCAAAUUUGUAAAGAGAUUGGAGUCUAAGGUCUUAUGGAAACAGGGAACAUCUGCACGAUUGUUGUGUACUGUUAAAGGAUCUCCUGAGCUCCAUGUCUCUUGGUUUUUAAAUGACAAGCAACUCAGCUCCAGUGAGAGACAUAAAAUUACCUUCAAAGAUGGUCAAGCUGCACUUGAGAUUAUUGGCCCUACUGUGUCUGACAGUGGAAAUUACACUUGUGAAGUAAUGAAUGAGGCUGGCUGUGAAAGCUGCAGUACCCAGCUCACUGUCAAAGAACCCCCUGCUUUCAAAAAGGAAUUGGAAACAGUGGAGGUGGUGAAGGGUCUUACAGCCCAUCUUGAGUGUGAAGUUACAGGCACUGCUCCAUUUGAAGUGACCUGGUUGAAGAAUAAGAAAACAGUGAACACUGAUAAAAAACACAAAAUUGUGUCAAAGGAUACCAUUUUGUAUUUGGAAAUACAGUCCUUUGACAGCACGGAUGUUGGAGAUUACCAGUGUUGUAUUUCUAAUGAUGUUGGUAAAGUAACUUCUAAAUCAGUGGCAAAACUGAAAGACCCGCCAUCUUUUGUAAAGAGGGUCGAAAGCACAACUGCAAUUUUGGGCAGUGCUGUAAAACUGCAGGGUACUCUUAAAGGCUCCACCCCUAUUACUGUUAAAUGGCUCAGGGACUCUGAGAUACUCAGAGAUGAUGACCCUAAUAUUACCAUGAUUUUUGAAAGUAACAUUGCUGUUUUGGCAAUCAAGGAAGUAACCAUAAAACAUGGUGGAAAGUAUACAUGCCAAGCUGAAAAUGAGGCUGGUCAACAAAAAAGUGAAGCCACAUUAUCAGUUCAAGAACCUGCUAGAAUUGUUGAUAAAGCACCAUCCAUCAGUGUAACAGCAGGAGACUCUGCAACUUUGGAUUGCACUGUCUCAGGAAGUCCAGAUCUCAAAGUAAAAUGGCUCCGUGAUGGCAAGGAGAUGACAGCGAGCCGAAAAUAUAAAAUCUCUUUUAAAGACAAUGUAGCAAGCUUAAAAUUUCUCUCAGCAGAGAGGGGAGACAGCUGUGAAUACACACUUGAAGUUUCUAAUCGGGUCGGAAAAGACCAUUGUUCUUGCUCAGUCACAGUUCUUGAUAAAAUUAUACCUCCAACCUUCACAAAAAUUCUUAAAAAGGUUGAUGGAAAUGUUGGGGGCAGUGUUCAGAUGGAAUGCAAGGUGUCAGGGUCACAGCCCAUGACAAUAUCUUGGUUUAAAGAGGAAAAGGAGAUCACAACUGGGAUGAAGUACCAAACUGAAUUCAGAGAAAGCACUGCUACAUUGAAAAUAUCUAAUUUAGAGACUGCUGAUACUGGGGUUUUCACCUGCCAUGCUACUAAUGCAGCAGGGCACAGAGAGACAAGUGGAACAGUAUCUGUUAAAGAGCCUCCAGUCUUCACAUUAAAGCCUGAAUCCCAAGAAGUAAUACCAGGCUCUACUGUUGUUCUGAAAGCCACUUUCACUGGAACAGCACCUUUUACUAUCAAAUGGUUCAGAGAAGAGAAUGAGAUGUUAACCGGAGGCACUUGUUUCAUUAAGAAAGAAGCCUUUUCAAGUACACUGGAGUUGCACUCUGUGAAGCCAUCUCAUUCUUCGACAUAUACUUGCCAAGUGGCUAACGAUGCAGGGAAGGUUUCAUGCACCGCUGUCUUAUUUGUAAAAGAACCUCCAAGGUUUGUGAUGAAACUUGACCCAGCCAAAUUAGCAAUGAAUGGAACUGCUGUGUUUUUGGAGUGUAAAGUAACUGGCAGUCCUGAGAUUACUAUGAAGUGGUACAAAAAUGAGAUGGAAAUCACCCAAAGUGCUAAAUAUCAAAUGACCUUCAGUGACUCAGUUGCUACACUGCAGGUGCCCAAUUGUAGUGUUGAAGAUAGUGGAGAUUAUAUUUGCGUAGCAUCCAGUGAUGCUGGCAGUGACAGAUGCAGUUGCUUGGUAACAGUUAAAGAACCUCCUGUAUUUGUGAAAUUAUUCGAAUCCAAAGAAGUUGUCAAAGGCUCUGAUGUUGUGCUGGAGGGAUCUAUCUCAGGUUCACCUCCAUUUGAAGUCUCAUGUAUCAAAAACUCAAAGCAGAUCAGAAACGAUCGGCGGCAUGUCAUUAGCAUGAAGAACGAUGUAGUGAGUCUCCAGAUUCUCAAAUUUGAAGUCGGAGAUGCUGGCAAAUAUCAGUGCACUGUAGGGAAUGAAGUAGGACAGACGUCAUGUGAUUGUGAAAUUGUACUGAAAGAGCCACCAUCAUUUGUGCAGAAGCUAGAUACCAUGAACAUCCUUCUUGGCAGUGAGCUUACUAUGCAGUGUGUUCUGAAAGGCUCACUGCCUAUGACAGUGUUAUGGACAAAAGAUGACCAUGAGGUCAAAGACACUGAGCAUGUCCAGAUGUCCUUUGAAAACAGAACAGCACUUCUGCAUGUGUCUAGUGUACAGUCAAAACAUGGUGGAAAAUACACUUGCCAUGCGCAGAAUGAAGCUGGAAGUCAGAAGUGUACAGCAGCCUUGGUGGUCAAAGAGCCAGCAAAUAUCACAGAGCAGGCAAAGUCUAUCAGUGUCACUGUAGGAGACCCUGCUACUCUGGAGUGUAGGUUCUCAGGCACUAAAGCCUUAAAAAGCAAGUGGAUGAAGGAUGGAAAAGAGCUGACUUCAGGCAAAAAAUACAAAGUACAUAGCACUGAUAAGAACUGCACAUUAAAGAUCCUGUCUGCGGAGCGGUGUGAUGAAGGCGAAUAUAUGUUUGAAGUUUCAAAUGAUGUUGGCAAGAGCACUUGUGAGGCUUUUGUAACUGUACUAGAUCAAAUAAUUAAGCCUUCUUUCACAAGAAAACUGAAGGAAAUGGAGAGUAUUAAAGGAUCCUUUACACAAUUGGAAUGUCUGGUGUCUGGAUCCCUACCUAUAAUGAUCACUUGGUUUAAGGAGAACAAGGAGAUAGAGACAGAUGAAAAACACAAAUGCAUUUUCUUUGAAAAUGCAGCAUCUUUGGAAAUCAAUCGUCUUGAUAGUUCUGAUAGUGGCAAUUAUACUUGCAUUGCUACAAACAAAGCAGGCAGAGACCAGUGUUCUGGUGUCUUAAAAGUUAAAGAACCUCCCAGUAUCAUUGAGAAACCUGAGUCACAGGAGGUCAUACCUGGAACCAGAGUGAAGUUCAAUGUACUUGUAAUGGGCACUCCCCCACUGAACAUCAAGUGGUUCAAAGAUAAGAAAGAGAUCUUAUCAGGAAUUGAUUGCUCUGUUCAGAAAGAUGACUCUUCAAGCUUUCUUGAACUCUUUUUCACUAAACCAUCGGAUUCUGGAGACUACAUAUGUGAAGUAACCAAUGAUGUUGGUUCAGAUACUUGCCAGGCAACACUCUUUGUCAAAGAACCUCCAAAAUUCACCCGAAAACCAGACAAAGUUUCAGUGGUGAAACCUGGCCAUCUUGUAGUUUUUGAGUGUCAGGUAGCUGGCACUCCAGAGAUAGACACAUAUUGGUUUAAAGAUGGCAACGAAAUAAGCCCAAGUGACAAGUAUAAAAUGAGUUUUGUUAACUCAUUGGCAUGUCUUGAGAUCACUGGUUCUGAUGUCAAGGACAGUGGUGUAUAUUACUGUGAGGCACGAAACGAUGCAGGCAGUGAGAGCUGUAGUAUGGAGCUGAAAGUGAAAGAGCCACCUGUUAUUGUGAAGCCGUUCACUCCUGCAGAGGUUGUGAAAGGCUCGAAUGCUUACUUUGAGUGUCAAAUCAAAGGCUCCGCUCCGUUUGAGAUUACUUGGCAAAAGGAUUCCAAGGAAAUAAAAGCAAGCACUAAACAUUUAUUCUAUCAGAAGAAUGCUUCAAUAAUAGUUCUUGACAUACAGAAGUGUGAUGACUUGGAUGUUGGGGAAUAUCAGUGUAUUGUUUCAAAUGAAGUGGGCAGUUGUUCAUGUAGAACAACACUACAUAUAAAAGAACCACCAUCUUUUGUAGAGAAGAUCCAAAAUGUUGCCACAGUGUUGGGAGAUGUAGCUGAGUUUAAGUGUAUUGUGAGGGGAUCACCUCCUCUGAUUAUUCAAUGGCAAAAAGAUGAGACCUGGAUCUUGGAAGACCCUAAAAUAAUGAGGACAUUUGAUGAUAAUGUUGCUACCUUAAAAAUCCCUGUGUGUGAUCCUAGCCACAGUGGAAGAUACACCUGCCAGGCAAUGAAUGAAGCAGGGCAGGAAAAGUGUUUUGCCACCCUUUUGGUGCAAGAGCCUCCCCAGAUUAUUGAAAAGCCAGAAAUUAUUAAUGUCACUGCUGGAGAUCCAGUCAGUUUUGAGUGUAAGGUAAAAGGCACUCCAGAACUGAAAGUGAAAUGGACUAAAGAUGGCAAGGAGGUGAUGCCAUCCAGACAAUGCAGCCUCAGCUUUGUCAAUAAUGUCAGCAAUAUUAAAAUUCAGUCUGUGCAGUUAGAUGAUGGGGGAAUAUAUCUUUUUGAGAUUUCCAAUCACAUCAGUGUCUGCCAGUGCACCGUGACUUUGAAUGUCCUAGAACAAAUAAUUCCUCCGGCCUUCAUCAAAUCUCUCAGUGAUAUGGAGGAGAUUCUGGGGUCCUCUGUGAAAAUUGGAUGCAGUAUAUCUGGCUCUCACCCAAUCUCUGUAGAGUGGUUAAAAGAUGGAACUAAAUUGUCAGGUAGAACCAAGCAUAAACUGAUUCAGGAUGAUAACAGCGUGUCUUUGGAGAUUGAGCGACUAGAGAAGGCUGACACUGGAACCUACUCUUGCAAACUUACAAACAGAGCAGGCAGUUGUGAAUGCAGUGGAACACUGAGGGUGAAAGCGCCCCCGAGCUUUGUGGUGGUGCCAGAGCCCCAGGCUGUCAUACCCAAUACCACUGUUCGCUUUAAGGGUACUUUUACGGGCACACCUCCCUUCACAGUGAAAUGGUUCAGGGAAGACACUGAACUGAUCACUGGACCAUCCUGCUUUAUUGGCCUUGAAGGGCUUUCAUGCUUCAUAGAUCUUUAUGCAGUUGGACUUUCAAAUACUGGGACUUACUCUUGCCAAGUUAGCAAUGAUGCUGGUUCAGUGAAAUGUACUACAAGCUUACUGGUGAAAGAACCCCCUGAGUUUGUACAGAAACUGCCAGCAACAAAGUUUACAAAGAUGGGAGAGCCUCUUCGUCUUGAGUGCAAAGUUACUGGCACUCCUCCUUUAAAAAUUAGCUGGUACAAAAAUGACACCAUGGUCAGCGACACUCCCAAUAUGAAGAUGACGUUUGAUGACGUGAUGGCAGUGCUUGAGAUUUUCAGCACAAGUCAUGAUGAUGAAGGAGUGUACACAUGUGAAGCCCAGAAUGAUGCAGGAAUUAAGAGCUGCAGCACCACUCUCUCAGUCAAAGAACCACCGACUUUCCACAAAGCACCCACACCUCCUGAGGGAUUGAAGGGAAAAGAUGCCAGUCUUAGCUGUGAGUUAAAGGGAACAGUGCCCUUUGAGAUAACCUGGUUUAAAGACAAAAAGCAACUGAAAGAGAGUAGAAAGUACAAGUUUGUAUCUGAAGGACACUCAGCAACUUUGCACAUCCUUGGACUGGAAGCAUCAGAUGCUGGGGAGUAUGAAUGCAAAGCCUCAAACAAUGUUGGAAGUGACACCUGCUCAGCGAUGGUGAAACUUAGAGAGCCACCAGGUUUUGUCAAGAAACUGUCCAAUACUACAGCAGUAUCUGGAGAGGAAGUGACUCUGGUAGCCACUGUCAAAGGCUCUGAGCCAAUUGAUGUGUCUUGGGUUCAAGAUAAGGAUCAUAUUCUCAGAGACAGUGACAACAUGAAAAUUGCAUUUGUGAAUAACCAGGUCACUCUUACAGUCUUUAAAGCUGAUUCUACCACUGCUGGGAAGUAUACUUGCCGGCUUAAAAAUGAUGCUGGUGUGGCCGAAUGCAUGGCAAACCUUACAGUCCUAGAUCCUGCUGCCAUUUUGGAUAAGACAGAGUCUGUCAGUGUCACAGCAGGUGAUGCAGCAACUUUAGAAUGCACGGUUACUGGAACCCCUGAGCUCAAACCUAAAUGGAUCAAAGAUGGUGUUGAGCUGUCUUCUAGUAGGAAACAUAACAUCACCUUUUCCAACAAGAUAUCCAGUCUUAAGGUGUUGUCAGCAGAGAAAGGUGAUACUGGAGAGUACACCUUUGAGAUCAAGAAUGAGGUUGGCAGUGAUAGCUGCAAAAUGAACCUCACUGUCUUUGAUAAAAUUAUCCCUCCCACAUUCUCACGAAAAAUGAAAGACACUCAAAGUAUUGUUGGAAAACCAGUUGAAAUGGACUGUAAGGUCUCAGGUUCUGCACCCCUCACCAUUGCUUGGUAUCAUGAUGGGGUGGAGAUCAUGAGUGGGCCAACUUAUCAGAUUAGCUUUGCUGAGAACACCUGUACACUUAAAAUGCCCAUUUUGAAAUUGUCAGACUCUGGUUCAUACAAGUGCAUAGCAGCGAACAGCGCCGGCACUGCUGAGACUACUGCCUCGCUUGUUGUUAAAGAACCUCCAUCUUUUGUGAUGCCACCUCAGCCAGUGGAAGCACUCCCAGGUUCACAUGUAAAAUUCAGUGCCACUGUGAAAGGAAGUGCCCCAUUAAAGGUAAAAUGGUUCAAAGGCACUAAGGAGAUUGUUCCUGGCAGAGCAUGUGAAAUUGCCUUAAGAGGAGAUGUAGCCACAAUGGAACUCUUAAAUAUCGACAUAUCUCAUUCUGGAGAAUAUACGUGCCAGAUUACUAACGAUGUAGGGAAGGAAAGUUGCCCUGUCACUCUCUUUGUGAAAGAGGCUGCACGUUUUGUCAAGAAGCUAAAGAAUCUCUCAGUUGAAAUUGGAAAGUCAAUGAUACUUGAGUGCACAUACACUGGAAGCCCAAAGAUUCUUGUAAAAUGGCAGAAGGAUGACCAAGAAAUCUUCUCCUCUUACAAAUAUAAUAUCACAACCACUGAGACGUCCUGCAUCUUAGAGUGUCUAAACAGUGAUAAAGAGACAGCAGGAAAAUACACUUGUGAGGUUACCAAUGAUGCUGGACAUGAUACCUGUGAUGCAACAGUGUCCAUAUUAGAGCCACCAUUCUUUAUUGAGAGCUUGGAGCCAAUGGAGGUGACUGCUGGUGAUGCAGUCUGUCUGAAAUGCCAGAUUGGGGGUACUCCUGUGAUCAAUGUGGCUUGGUUCAAAGGAGAUGGCAAAGUCCGAUCUUCUCCAUCCUGUAGAAUUGAGUAUUCCAAAGGCACUGCUUGCUUGAAAUUAACUAAAGUUUUAAAAGCCGACACAGGGGAAUAUAUUUGUAAGGCAGAAAACAGCAUUGGAGCUGCAUCUUCUAGCUGCUAUUUAACUGUUCAAGAGGCCAAAACACCACCUUCUUUCCCCAAGAAAAUUACUAGCAUUCAGCAAAUCGAAGGACAUAGUGUCCAGUUUGAAUGUCGUGUUUCAGGAUCUUCUCCUAUUGAGAUUUCAUGGCUUAAAGAUGGUGAACCUCUGAGGAGUGACUCAGAGUACACAAUGACUUUUGAUGAUAACUCUGCUGUCCUAAAACUUGCCAAGGGUGAAAUGAAACACUCUGGAGAAUACACUUGUGUUGCAACAAAUAGUGUUGGAACCGCCUCUUGCAGAGCCAAGCUCACACUUCAAGAGCCAAGAUACCCACCUGUAUUUGACAGAAAGCCUUUGCCUGUGGAAGUUUCAGUUGGAGAUACUGUGGAACUGGAAUGCCACAUGACUGGAUCAUUGCCAAUAAAAGUUACUUGGUCCAAAGAUCACAAAGAUAUCCGCACAGGGGGCAAUUAUAAGAUAUCCUGUGUGGAAAAUACCCCACAUCUGACUAUUCUGAAAGUUGAUAAGGCUGACUCUGGCCGCUAUUCUUGCCAUGCUAGUAAUGAUAUGGGGAAGGACUCUUGUUCAACAGAGGUUACUGUGAAAGAGCGCAAAGUUCCACCAAGCUUCACCAAAAAGCCUUCAGGAACCAUUGAAGAGACCGAGGGCAAGUUAGUGAAGAUUGAGGCACGUGUUGCUGGAUCACAGCCCAUGACGGUUAACUGGUACAAAGAUGGCACAGAAAUCUUCAGCUCUGACAGUUACGACAUAACCUUCAAGACCAAUGUGCCUGUGCUCUGUAUAAAGAAUUCCAGAGUCUCACAUAGUGGUACUUACACAUGCAUGGUCAAUAAUGAUGCUGGCUCUGCUUCUUGCGAGGCUUCAGUCCACAUUAUAGAGCAAAAAGUACCUCCAAGAUUUGACUUGCCUCUUAAACCUGUGACGGUGAAUUUGGGUGAUACACUCUCCCUUAGUUGCCACGUAUGUGGUUCUCCUCCUAUUAAAAUUCAGUGGAUGAAGGAUAGAAGGGAACUGAUGACCUCUGCCAGUACGAACAUCACAUUUGUAGAUGGCAAUGCCAUACUAGAGAUAGGCAAUGUCUCUAAAGCAGAUGCUGGAGAUUAUCUCUGUAAGGCAACCAAUGAAGCUGGUAGUGAGUUCUGCAAGUCUAGAGUCACUAUCAAAGAGAAGCCAGGAGUCCCUGCACCCACUCCCACAGCUCCUGCAGCUGCUGAGCCAGUUAAGAAAUUGGACAACUUGUUCUUCAUUGAGCAACCCAAGAGUGUCCGUAUCACUGAGAAGGGCCUUGCAACAUUCAUCGCUAAGGUUGGUGGUGAUCCCAUUCCCAACGUGAAAUGGAUGAAGGGCAAAUGGAGGCAGAUGACUCACGGUGGCCGCGUAACUCUUGAUCAGAAAGGACAAGAGGCCAAGAUGGAGAUCAGAGAAGUGACCAAAUCUGACUCUGGCCAGUAUAGAUGUGUAGCAUCUAACAAACAUGGAGAAAUUGAGUGUAGCACUAACCUCACUGUUGAUUUGAAGAAGGAGAUUGCACCUGAAACAGUGACACUGAAGAAAACCCCUUCAAAACAGAAAAGCCCUAAAGAGGACAAGGAUAUUGACAUUAUUGAACUGCUCAGAAAUGUGGAUCCCAAAGAGUAUGAGAAAUAUGCUCGCAUGUACGGUAUCACAGACUACCGUGGUCUUCUCCAAGCCAUUGAGUUCCUGAAGAAAGAGAAAGAAGAACAAUAUGGAAGACCGGAAGUGGAUCGUACAGGUCGUGAUUCAGAAGAGGAUUUGUCCAAACUUGUGGCUGAUUUGCAGAAGAGAAUGGAACAGACUGAGCCUGUAACACUGAUUAAUGACAUCACGGACCAGACCACAGUUGCCAAUAAGGAGGCUGUGUUUGAAUGUGAAAUCAAAAUCAACUACCCAGAAAUUACACUAUCCUGGUACAAAGGGACCCAGAAACUCGACACAAGUGAUAAAUAUGAAAUCAACAUUGUUGGUGACCACCAUAUAUUGAAGAUCAAGAACUGCCAGUCCCGAGAUGAAGGAAGUUAUCGAAUUGUAUGUGGACCCCAUAUCUCCAGUGCCAAACUAACAGUGUUGGAAGGUGAAGUGGAGCAGCACAUGGAAGAUGUAGCUGGUAAGGAAGGCGAGACCUGUGCAUUGACAUGCCAGUUCUCCAUACCUAAUGCAAAGACGCAGUGGUUUAGAAAUGGAAAGCUUUUAGAACCUCAUGGCAGAUACACAUUCACUGUGGCCAAUUACACUCAGAAGCUCUCAAUCAAAGAUGUUAGGCCUGAAGACCAAGGAGAAUAUACCUGCAAAUAUAAAAACCUUGAAACAACUGCACAUCUUUGGGUCGAAGCGGAGCAAAUACAUUUUACUAAACGCAUCCAGAACAUUGUGGUCCGGGAACGCCAGUCCGCUACUUUUGAAUGCGAAGUGUCUUUCGACAAUGCAGUCGUAACAUGGUACAAAGACACAUGGGAGCUCAAAGAGAGCCCAAAGUAUACAUUCAGAAGUGAAGGGCGACGACACUUUAUGAUCAUCCGCAAUGUAACCUCUGAUGAUGAAGGCGUAUAUUCAGUGAUUGUCAGAUUGGAGCCCCGAGGUGAAGCAAAAAGUACAGCAGAGCUUUACUUGUCAGGGAAAGAAAUUGAUUUAGGAAGGGUGCCUUAUGAAAUCCCCGAUUCAUCAAUACAAGUCCCUGAAGCACCAUCUGCAUUUACCAUUGAAGCUGAAUCCUCUGCUGAAUACUAUCAUUAUGAAGAAAAAAUGGAAGUACAAGAGUAUGAGAUCAGGAGAGAAGAAAAGGUAGUAGAGGAAAUCUCUGUGGCAGCACUAAGAAUUCCUGUGGAAGAGAUGAUUGAGAGAAAAGCACUUGGAAUGAGAGAGGAAGUUCCAGCCAAAGUUCCUGAAGCUGUAAUGGAAUCAGAGGAGACACCUAAACCGGUAGAGGAGAAGGAAUUAAUACCACCUAAAGAAGCCAAGAAAUAUGUGGAGGAAAUAAUCAUACCAGUAAAGGUGGAAGAACCAAAAGAACGUCCCACACCAGAAGAACGUGAAGAGGUACCUACUCCUCAGCCAACUCCAGUCACUCCUAUUAAAGUUCCAGAAUCUGUGGUUCCAGAGCCUAAACCACGGGUGCCACCACCUAAACCUGCAUCAGUAGCUGAACCCAAACCAGAGGCCAAACCUAAGCCUACUGCAGAAGCCAAGCCAGAACCACAGCCUGAACUGAAGCCUAUACCUCCACCUGAAGUUCCUGUGGAGGCCAUGAAACCUAAAACUAUUCAACCAGAGCCACCAAAGGCAGUACCAACCAAACCAGAACCAGAACAGGCCAUUGUGGCUCCUAAGGAAGUAACUCCACUAAAAGUUCCUGUGGAGGCCAAGAAAGCUAAACUGACUGAACCAGAGCCACCAAGGGCAGUUCCAAGCAAACCAGAACAGGUCAUUGCGGUUCCUAAGGAAGUAACUCCUCAAAAAGUUCCCAUGGAGGCUAAGAAACUUAAACCAGCUGAACCAGAGCCACCAAGGGCAGUACCAAGCAAACCAGUACCAGAACAAGUCAUUGUGGUUCCUAAGGAAGCUCCACAAAAAGUUCCUGUGGAGGCCAGGAAAGCUAAACCGACUGAACCAGAGCUACCAAAGGCAGUACCAACCAAACCAGAACCAGAACAAGUCAUUUUGGUUCCUAAGGAAGUAACCCCUCCAAAAGUACAAGAACCUUCCAAGAAGCCAGAGGUUCUGAAAAAGACAGAUGCUCUUCCUACUAAAAUUGAUGACAAACAAACUGAAGUUCGCAAGAAGAAAAAGGAAGAUGACCCUUCUCUUAAAAAAGAAGAAAGUCCUGCACCUCAAAAACUAAAGCCUGAAUUUUUAUCAGUUGAUCCCAAAGAGCUCAUGCUGGAUGCCAGGCUAGUAUUUAAACCUGAGGUAAAACCUGUGCUUAUAACUGAGGUCAAACCAGAACCUAAACCUGAGAUCAAACCUGUCCCUAAACCUGAGGUCAAGGCUGAACCUAAACCUGAGUUCAAACCAGAACCUAAACCUGAGGUCAAACCAGAGCCUAAACCUGAGAUCAAACCUGUCCCUAAACCUGAGGUCAAGGCUGAACCUAAACCUGAGGUCAAACCAGUGCCUAAACCUGAGGUCAAAGCUGAACUUAAAUUUGAGGUUAAGCCUGAACCUAAACCUGAGGUCAAACCUGAACCUAAACCUGAGGUUAUGCCUGUGCUUAAACCUGAGGUUAAACCUGAAAUUAAACUUGAGGUCAAGCCUGAGCGAAAGUUGGUCAAGUCUGAACCUAAACCUGAGGUUAAACCUGAGCCUAAACCUGAGGUUAAGCCUGUGCCUAAACCUGAAGUUAAGCCUAUGCUUAAACCUGAACCUAAACUUGAGGUCAAGCCUGAGUGUACAUUGGUCAAGCCUGAAUCUAAACAUGAACCAGAACUGAAACCUGCAUCAAGGAAAACUGAGUCACCUCCAGCAAAAGCUCAUGUGGAGGAGGAGACACCAAAACCAACUCGACCAGAACCACCAAGGGCCAUGCCAACAGAACCAGAAAAGGUCUCAGUUGUACCUAAAGAAGUAGCCCCUCCAAAAGUUUAUCUGGAACCUACAGAAGAAGAGUUGGCAAGAAAACUUGUUGCAAGUUUUGUCCCACCAAAGGUGGAUGACCAAGCUGAAGUGCCUGAAGCAGAGAAGAAGCCUCUCCCAGAAAAGGCACCUGAGAAAAAAAAGGAAGUUGCUCCCAAAGUUGAAAAGAAACCAUCUCCAGUACCUGCAGAGAAAAUCUCUCCAAUUGAAGUUGAAAGAAAAAAAGAACUACCAGAGCCUGCAGUAAAGCCACGAGAAAAGGAAAUUUCUCCUGUUGAAGAUGCUGAAAAGGGACCUGUUGCAGCACCUGCACCUGUAAAGAAAGGGAAACCUCUUAGUAAGGAGGAAGAAAAACUAGAAAUGCCAACUCUAAAGCCAACUAAAAGGAUAUCCAAAGACAAGGAGGAAGAACAAGAAAUGUUGAAACUGAAGAAAGUUCAUAAGCCUCCACCAGAAAAGCAUGAAGAAAGCGAAAAGGUCUGUGCUGAAGCAGUCACAGGGGUUUUAAUUACUGACUCUUAUGAAGCUGAAAUGUACUUUGAGAAAUAUGAACGAAUCAAGAAACCUGAAGAAAUAAGACCUGAAAAGGACAAAAAGGAGCCAGUUAAACAUGCUCAAGAACCAGAGAAGAUGAAACCAAAGGAAGACAAGGAAGAAAAGCCUGAUUUGAAGAAAACAGUCAAGAUUCCAAAACAGGGCACAGCUGAUGAGCCAGACCUGGCUCUGAAGAAAGUAAAGAAAUUACCAUCUGAAACAAAAGAACCAGAAACAGUGAAGUUAAAACCUUUUGAAAAACCUAGAAAACCAGAGCUUGAACCAGAAAAAGACACUAAAAAGGAAUCAAAAGAGAGAGAACCUAUAUCUUUUGGAAGGGAGAGAGAACCUGUUAGUUUUGAGAAAGGUGAACGAUCUCGGAAAGAAGAUAUUCCGAAAGAGCCAGAGGUUCCUCCCAAAAUAGUGGAGCCUUCUAAACUCCAGGAAAAGAAACCAGAUGAGGCUGUAUGUAAACCUGUUGAUAAAGAUAAAAAAGGUGAAAUGCUGGACACACCUGAUACACCAUCAUGGAAAGGCAAGAGAAUCCCCCAAAAAGAUGAGGAGCCUGAGAAGGUUCAGCUAAAGCCAUUUGCAAAAAAGCCUUCAGCUGGCUCACCUGCAGAAAAGGAGACUCCUGAGCCCAAGGAACGAAAGCCUAUAAAAAUAUCACCACCAAGUAAACUGCCCAAGGAUGGAAUUAUAAAAGAACCACAAGCUCCUGUGAAAGAAGAUGAAAAGCAUAAAAUACCUGACAAAGAGUUUGAUAAGAGACCCGAUCAUGUACCUCAAGAAAAGGAAAAGAAGGAGAUUCCCAAAAAAAUAACUCCUGUGAAAAAGGAUGUGACUCCAAAGCAGGAAGAGAAGAAGCCUCUAAUAACCAAAAAAGGUAGUUUACCCAAGGAGCCUGAAAAGAAAGAAGAAAUUGUACUUAAACCUGUUGAACUGGCAAAAAAGGGUUUAGAACCCAAAAAGACUCCUUCACCCAAGGUUGACCAAGGAAAACCAAUUGAAUUAACUCCUGUGGCUCCUGUGGAGAGGAAACCAAGUGGAACUGUGGCUGUGGCUAAGAAACCACUCCCUGAAAAGGUAUCGCCCAAAGACUUAAUUGAAGCUGUUACCCUGAAAAAGGUACCUAAGAAAGUUUCACCUAAGGAGGAAAAGACCAAAGAAACUCUUCCAAUAAAAGGAAAAGGAGAGACUCCUGUAAUUAAAGAGCUGUCCCCUACAGCUGUAGAGAUGAGAAAAAUCUCAACCCAAAUGGAAGAAGAAGUAUUUGAAGAAGAGAUGAUUGAGGUUGGAGAUGAGGAAGAAGAGGAGACCUGGGGAUGGGAGUUGGCUCCUCGUGAUAGUUAUGGCUCUGAAGACUUAAAGUAUUUGGAAGAAGAUGCACUUGAGACUCCAGGGAUACCAGGAGGUAGACGAGAGGGAAAACCAAAAGAGGAGGUGGGUAGAGGGAGAGGUUUGACACCAAGGCAAACUCCCUCACCUGGUGAAGUUGGACGUAGAAAGGGUCUAAAACCCGGCGCGGGUGGUGAGAAACCUCCAGGAGAGGCAUUUGGUUUCCAGCUCAAGGCUGUCCCUCUGAAGUUUGUGAAGGAGCUUAAAGACAUAGUGCUGCUGGAGGCUGAGUCAAUUGGAUCAUCUGCUGUAUUUGAGUGCCAGAUUUCACCUUCUACUGCCGUUACAUCAUGGAUGAAAGAUGACAGCAACCUGAGAGAGAGUCCAAAGCACAAGUUUACCUCUGAUGGCAAAGACCGUAAACUGGCAAUUAUUGAUGUCCAGCUCUCAGACACAGGAGAAUACACAUGUGUAGCCAAGCUUGGAAAUAAAGAGAAGACCUCUACUGCCAAACUUAUUGUUGAAGAGUUGCCUGUGCGAUUCACUAAGACCCUGGAGGAGGAAGUUUCUGUGAUAAAGGGACAACCAAUGUAUUUGACCUGUGAGUUAAGCAAAGACAGGGAUGUGGUCUGGAAAAAGGAUGGAAAGCCACUCUCAGAUAUUCCUGGCAAGAUAGCCAUCAAUGUAAUUGGUCUGCAGCGUGCACUGACGAUUCAAGACUCCAAUGAUCUUGAUGCUGCUGUUUACACAUGUGAAUGCGAGAACCUCCAAACCCAGUCAAAUGUCAAAAUUACGGAAAUCAUUAGAGACUGGUUGGUGAGACCACUGAGAGACCAGCAUGUGAAACCAAAGGCCACAGCUACCUUCAAGUGUGAGCUCUUCAAAGACACUCCCAACUGGAAGUGGUUCAAAGGAGAUGAAGAAAUUCCUACCGAACCCACAGAUAAGACUGAGGUUAAAAAAGAAGGAAAAGAAAUCACAUUGAGCAUAAAGAAUGCUCAGCCAAAUGAUGCUGAUGAGUUUGCUAUUGAGGUGGAAGGUCGGAGAUACCCAGCAAAACUCACGCUUGGAGAGCGUGAAGCUGAGAUUCUGAAACCUCUGGCUAGUGUGGAAGUGGUGGAGAAAGAAGAGGCCAGCUUUGAUACAGAAAUAUCAGAGGAUGAUGUGCCUGGGGAAUGGAAACUUAAAGGACAGGUUCUUACAAGAUCACCGACUUGUGAUAUUAGGGUAGAUGGAAACAAACGGUUCCUUACUCUGAAAAAUGUUCAGCUUGAUCAGGCUGGAGAAGUUACUUACCAAGCCCUGAAUGCCAUCACUAGUGCAAUGCUAACAGUCAAAGAAAUUGAAAUGGACUUCACAGUCCCACUGAAGGACGUUACAGUUCCUGAAAAGAAACAGGCAAAGUUUGAGUGCAGCAUCACUAAGGAUGUGCCUAAAGUGUUGUGGUAUAGAGGAUCUGAUAUUGUAAUAUCAGACCAGAAAUACGAUAUCAUUAAAGAUGGAAAGAAACAUAUGUUGGUCAUAAACCUGUGUGAAUUUGAAGAUGAGGGCGAUUACUCUAUAGAGGUUUUGGGUAAAACUUCAACAGCUAAACUGACAGUGGAGGGUAUGAGGCUGAAGUUUAUUUCGCCAAUGUCGGAUCAAACUGUGAAGGAAGGUAAAACAGCUUUGUUUGAGGUUGAGCUGUCUCAUGAGAAUGUGCCAGUGACGUGGUACAAAAAUGAAACAAAACUGCAUACGAGCAGAACAGUGCUUACCCAUGUUGAUGGAAAGAGACAUAUAUUAGAACUCAAGGAGGUCACUCUAGAUGAUAUUUGCCAAAUAAAGGCAGAGGCAAAAGGAAUAUCAACUACAGCAAACCUGACGGUGCUAGAGGGAGAUGCCUACUUUACUGUUAAAUUGCAAGACUACACUGCAGUCGAAAAAGAUGAGGUCAUUCUUGACUGUGAGUUGAGCAAAGAUGUUCCUGUGAAGUGGUUCCAUAAUGAGAUGGAAAUUAAGUCCUCUAAGAUGGUUUCCAUGAGGGCAGAAGGUAGAAGGAGAAUCCUAACCAUUAAGAAAGUGGCAGACAAAGACAAGGGCCAGUAUGUCUGUGACUGUGGAACAGACAAAACUUUGGCUACCAUGAAUAUUGAAGCUCGCGACAUCAAGGUUGUUCGACCCAUGUAUGGUGUUGAACUUUUUGAUGGUGAGACUGCACGUUUUGAAGUGGAACUGUCAGAGGAUGAUGUCCAUGGUCAGUGGAAACUUAAAGGAGAAGUUCUUGUUCAGUCACAGGAUGUCGAAAUCAUUGAGGAUGGAGCUAAACACAUUUUAACACUGUACAACUGCAAAGUUCCCCAGACUGGCGAGGUUUCAUUCCAGGGUGCCAAUGCAAAGUGUUCUGCAAAUCUGAAAGUGAAAGAACUCCCAAUUACCUUCCUAACACCUCUGAGUGAUGUGCAAGUGUAUGAGAAAGACGAAGCAAGGUUUGAGUGUGAAAUAUCUCGAGAACCAAAGACCUUCCGUUGGCUAAAGGGAAGCCAGGAAUUGAAGGCUGAUGAUAAAUUUGAAAUCCUCUCAGAGGUUAAAAGGCACACUCUAGUUGUCAAAUCUGCAGCCUAUGAAGAUGAGGCCAAAUAUAUGUUUGAGGCUGAAGACAAGAGAACCUCUGGCAAACUCAUCAUUCAAGGCAUUCGUCUUGAGUUUGUCAGACCCAUCAAGGAUGUUACUGUGAAGGAGCGUGAGACAGCAGAGUUCCGCAUUGAACUGUCACAUGAGAAAGUUCAGGUCACGUGGUACAAAAAUGACGUGCGUCUGCACCCGAGUAAAGUGGUGCACAUGUCAGAGGAUGGCAAGAUCCAUACUCUGUCCUUCAAGGAAGUGUCCAUUGAUGAUACCUCUUUAAUUAAAGCCGAGGCCCUUGGGAAAAGCUGCGAGGCCAUGCUUACUGUUCUUGAGGGAGAAGCUUACUUUACAACCAAGCUUCAGGAUUAUACAGCCGUUGAGAAGGAUGAGGUGGUGCUGAUGUGUGAACUGAGCAAGCCCACUGCUGAGGUAAAAUGGUUCAAAGAUGGCAAAGAGAUCACUCCAUCAAAGAAUAUCCUCAUCAAGGCUGAUGGGAAGAAACGAAUUCUAAUAGUUAAGCGUGCUGACAAGAGCAAUAUUGGCGAGUAUGCUUGUGACUGUGGCUCUGACAAAACAACGGCAAAGCUGAAUAUUGAGGAUCGUGACAUUAAAGUGGUCCGACCACUGUAUAGUGUGGAGGUCACAGAGACUGAAACUGCUCGCUUUGAGACUGAGAUCUCUGAGGAGGAUGUGCAUGGCAACUGGAAACUCAAAGGAGAUGCUCUACACCAGUCUGCGGAUUGUGAGAUUAAGGAAGAAGGCACCAAACAUAUGCUCAUUCUCUACAAUGUGCAAAUGGACAUGGCUGGUGGUGUGGAUUUCAGUGCUGCCAAUGCUAAAUCUAGUGCUCACCUCAGAGUUAAAGCACGAGUAAUAGGCCUUUUGCGGCCUCUCAAGGAUGUUACGGUUACAGCUGGGGAGACUGCUACCUUUGACUGCGAGCUUUCAUAUGAGGGCAUAUCUGUUGAGUGGUUCCUUGGGGGUACAAAGCUGGAACCAAGUGACAGGGUUGUCACCCGAGCAGAAGGCAGAAAUCACACGCUGACCCUUAGAGAUGUGAAGCUGACUGAGGCAGGAGAGAUAAAACUCACUGCAAAGGAUUUCCAAACUCAGGCUGAGCUCAUUGUAAAAGAGCCUCCAGUCGAGUUCACCAAGCCCCUCGAGGACCAGACUGUAGAGGAGGAAGCUACAGCCAUACUAGAGUGUGAAGUCUCCAAAGAAAGUGCAGAGGUCAAGUGGUUCAAAGAUGGACAGGAAAUCCAUAAAACUAAGAAGUAUGAGAUGGUUGCUGAUGGUCGCCAUAGAAAACUCAUCAUUCAAGACUGCACACUUGAUGAUUCAAGGACAUAUACCUGUGACGCCCUACACUUCAAGACUUCUGCAUUCUUGAAUGUUGAACCCCCACAUGUUGAGUUCACUAAGCCACUCCAUGAUGUUGAGGUCAUGGAGAAAGAGUCUGCCAAGUUUGAAUGUGAAGUUUCCAGAGAAAGUGCAAAGGUUCGUUGGUUCAAGGAUGGAAAUGAAAUCAGAAAGGGCAAAAAAUAUGAGAUCAUUUCAAAGGGAGUUCAACGCAUCCUCAUCAUUAGCAAGGCAGUAUUUGAUGAUGAGGCAGAAUAUGAAUGUGAUGCAAAGACCUCCAGGACCUCUGGCAUGCUGACUGUUAUAGAGGAGGAGGCAAGAUUUACGAAGAACUUGGCUAAUGUUGAAGGAACUGAAACUGACAGUAUCAAACUGAUCAGUGAGGUCUCCAAGCCCAGUGCAGAGGUCACAUGGUACAAGGGUGACAAGGAACUGCCUGAGGGUGGAAGAUAUGAGCAAAUUACAGAUGGCAGAAGAAGAAUCCUUAUUAUCCAGAACCUUCGUAUGGAUGAUGCUGGAGAAUACCACUGCAAACUGCCCAGCUCACAAACCACAGGGAACCUCAGAAUUAAUGAACUUGCUGCUGAGUUUACUUCCAGACCUCAGAGUCAGGAGGUGGUUGAGGGUGAAAAGGCUCAGUUUGUGUGCUCAGUGUCCAAAGACUCCUAUGAAGUCAAAUGGCUCAGAGGCAACAAAGAACUCCAAACAGAUGACAAAUAUGAAAUUAUUUCUGAUGGCAAGAGACGAGUCCUUGUGGUUAAGAACUGUGACCACAAUGAUGAGGGACCAUUCUUGGCUCUCAUUGGAUCCACGAGAGCGUCUGCUGAUCUGACAGUGAUAGAGAAACUCAGGAUUAUCACUCCCUUGAAGGACACAAAGGCAAGUGAAGGACAAGAGAUUGUCCUCAACUGUGAGGUGAACACAGAAGCAGCCAAGGCCAAGUGGUUGAAGAACAAUGAGACAAUGUUUGAGAGCAGCAAAUUCAUCAUGGGCCAGAAAUAUAAUGUGUUCUCUCUACGGAUUAAAAAUGCUGAUAAAUCAGAUGCAGCUGCUUACACCGUUACACUGACCAAUCAGCGUGGUGAAUAUGUCAGCAGUUCAGCCAACAUUACUGUACAAGAGGAAGAUCUGAGGAUCAUUGUUCCCCUUGAUGACAUUGACACGCAAGAGAAGAAGAUUGUUAGCUUCUCAUGCAAAGUGAACAAGCUAAAUGUGACCGUGCAAUGGAUGAAGGCUGAUCAGGAGAUCACCUUAAACAAGCGUGUUGUGUACCGUGUUGAUAAGGAUAAGCACACUUUGACCAUUAAGGACUGCAGUCUUGCAGAUGAGGGUGAAUACACUGUUAUUGCUGGUGCUGACAAGUCAACAGCAGAGUUGAUCAUCAGUGAAGCACCAACUGACUUCACCACCCAACUCCAAGACCAGACCAUCAUCGAGUUCGAAGAUGCUGAGUUUACAUGCCAGCUCUCCAAAGAGAAAGCUGACGUUAAAUGGUACAGAGAUGGCCGAGAAAUCAGAGAGGGCCCAAGAUAUCAGUUUGAGCGUGAUGGAAACAUAUGCACACUGCGCAUUAGAGAGUGCCGACUGGAUGAUGAGUGUGAAUAUGCCUGUGGAGUAGGCGACAAAAAAUCCAGGGCUCGUCUCUUUGUUGAAGAGAUUCCAGUGGAGAUCAUCAGACCACCCAUGGAUGUAUUUGAGCCACCAGGUUCUGAUAUUGUGUAUGAGGUUGAGCUCAACAAAGAUAGAGUUGAAGUUAAAUGGCUAAGGAAUAACAUGACCAUUGUCCAGGGUGACAAAUACCAGAUGAUGAGUGAAGGCAAGAUUCACAGACUCCAGGUCUGUGAGAUCAGGCCUCGUGACCAGGGUGAAUACAGGGUUAUUGCCAAGGACAAGGAUGCAAGAGCCAAGCUUGAGCUUGCAGCUGUGCCAACGAUCAAGACUUUGGAUCAGGAUUUGGUGACAGAUGCUGGAACUCCAUUGACCAUGUCAGUUCCCUUUAAUGCAUACCCACAAGCUGAGGCUGAAUGGUUCUUUGAUAGCAUCAGCCUGCCAAAGGAGAAUGUUCAUGUCUCUCCUGAUAAGACAGAGUACAGGCUGAAGGACCCCAAAAAAUCAGAAGAGGGCCAUUACAAAAUCAUUAUAAAGAAUAAGCAUGGACAGGGAGAGGCUUUCAUUAAUUUGAAAGUUAUUGAUGUUCCUGGGCCAGUCAAGAAUCUAAGCGUUAUUGACACAGCAGACGGUGAGGUCAGCCUGGCAUGGGAUGAACCUCAGAGUGACGGUGGAAGCAAGAUCCUGGGUUACGUAGUAGAGAGACGUGAUGUCAAACGCAAGACUUGGACUCUCGCCACUGACAGGGCUGACAGUACAGAAUACACUGUCAUUGGGUUGCAGAAGGACUCUAUGUAUUUCUUCCGGGUUUGUGCACGCAAUAGAGUUGGUUGUGGACCAAAUGUUGAGACAGAUGAAGCUGUGUUAGCCAAGAAUAAGUUUGAUGUACCUGAUGCACCACAAAAUGUCACAGUUGGAAAUGUCAGCAAGUUUGGUGCCACAGUCUCCUGGGAUCCACCUCUGUUUGAUGGUGGAGCUGAAAUCACCUCAUACAUCAUCGAGCUCCGUGACAGAACAUCUGUGCAGUGGUCUCCAGUCAUGGUGACUAAACCACAGGACCGUAAAGCAGUAGUCAAUGAUGUUAUUGAGAACAAGGAAUAUAUCUUCCGUGUUCGAGCAGAAAACAAGGCUGGCCCUGGCAAACCAAGUGCUGCUACAAACCCAGUUAAAAUUAUGGACCCAAUAGAGAGGCCAAGCCCACCCCUGAAUCUGACACACUCUGAACAGACCAAGGAGGGCUGUCUGUUGACAUGGGAGCCUCCUCUUAGAAAUGGUGGUAGCAUAAUCACUGGCUACAUUAUUGAGAGGUGUGAGGAAGAUUCAGACAAGUGGAUGAGAUGUAAUGCCAGGCUUUGCCCAGACCUACUCUACAGGGUUUCUGGACUUAAAUGUGGAAAGAAGUACAAAUACCAAGUCAUUGCUGAAAAUGCAGCUGGCCAGUCUGACCCCUCCAAUAUUGUUGGACCUGAGCUGGCAGAUGACCCACACUUUGCACCUACACUCGACCUGAGUGCCUUCAAGGAUGGCCUGGAGGUCAUUGUUCCUCAGCCUCUUAUUAUCCGGGUCCCAAUCACUGGAUACCCAACACCUACUGCUAAAUGGACCAUUGGUGACACAGAGCUCACCGCUGGUGACCGUGUUUCCAUGGUCACAAAGCCCACCUUCACCGAGUUAGUCAUUACCCCAAGUGUGCGUCCAGACAAAGGCAGAUAUUUUCUGACACUGGAGAAUGAUGUAAGCAGUGUCUCUGGGGAGAUUGAUGUCAAUGUUAUCGCAUCACCAAGUGCACCCAAGGACUUUAAGGUUGCAGAGGUAACCAGAAAUCAUGUCCAUCUUAUGUGGGAAGCACCGGACCAUGAUGGAGGCAGCCCGAUUACUGGAUAUCAAGUGGAGAAGCGUGAUGUCUCAAGAAAGACCUGGGUCAAGGUCAUUGUUGGCUUACAAGACCAGGAGUACACUAUCACAGAUGUUGUCGAGGGAAAGGAGUACUUGUUUAGAGUUAUUGCUUGCAACAAGUGUGGCCCAGGAGAGCCCGCAUACAUUGAUGAUCCAGUAAAUGUGUCUUCACCAGCUACUGUUCCAGAUCCACCAGAGAAUCUUAAAUGGAGAGAUAAGACUGCCAACACAAUCUUCCUGUCAUGGGAGCCUCCAAAGUGGGAUGGUGGUGCUCCAAUUAAAGGUUACACUGUUGACAAAUGCCAGCGUGGCACUGACAAAUGGGAGCCAUGUGGUGAGCCAUUGCCAGACCUCAAGUUUGAGGUAACUGGUCUGACAGAGGGCCAAUGGUAUGCAUAUCGUGUGAGGGCCUUGAAUAGACUGGGCUCGGGUAGACCUAGCAAGGCAACUGAUGAGAUCCUGGCUGUUGAUCCUAAAGAGCCUCCAGAAAUUCACUUGGAUGCAAAACUACUGGCUGGCUUAACUGCAAAGGCUGGCACAAAGAUUGAACUCCCUGCUGAUAUCACAGGCAAACCAGAGCCUAAGAUCAAAUGGACCAAGGCUGAUCUUAUCCUGAAGGAAGAUGAUAGAAUCUCUAUUGUUACCAAGCCAGGCCACUCCACAGUGUACAUUGCUAAGACAACAAGGGAAGACUCAGCAACAUACAUUGUUGAGGCAGUCAACAGCAGUGGCCGUGCCACAGCAACUGUUGAUGUCAACAUCCUAGAUAAGCCUGGACCUCCAGCUGCUUUUGAUAUCUCUGAAAUUACCAGUCAGUCCUGCCUAUUAUCAUGGAAUCCACCAAGAGAUGAUGGUGGUUCAAGAGUGACAAACUACAUUGUUGAAAGGAGAGCUACAGAUAGUGAGAUAUGGUACAAGCUGUCCUCCACUGUGAAGCAAACCAACUACAAAGCCACCAAACUCAUUAAUUUCAAAGAAUAUAUUUUCAGAGUCUAUGCUGAGAAUCAAUUUGGCAUUGGUUUGCCAGCUGAGCAUGCACCAAUAACUGCCAAAUAUAUCUUUGAUUCACCUGGACCUCCGUACAAAGUCACAGCAUCAGAUAUUGCAAAGGAUGCUGUAACUUUGUCUUGGUAUGAACCCGAUGAUGAUGGUGGAAGUCCUGUCACAGGUUACUGGGUUGAAAGAUUUGAGCCGGAAGCUGACAAAUGGAUAAAAUGCAACAAACAACCGAUCAGUGACACAACCUUCAGGGUGAAAGGUUUGCCCACAAGGAAGAAGUAUAAGUUCCGUGUCUUGGCUGAGAAUCUUGCUGGACCUGGAAAACCAAGCAAGGAGACUGACCAGAUCUUGAUCAAGGAUCCAAUUGAUCCUCCAUGGCCUCCUGGCAAGCCUAGUGUUAAGGAUGUUGCCAAGACAUCUGCUUUCCUGCAGUGGACAAAGCCUGAGCAUGAUGGUGGUGCCAAGAUUGUGUCCUAUAUUGUUGAGCUCCUAAAGAGUGGAACUGUUGAGUGGGUCCGAGUGGUAGAUGGUAUUCCUUCUCUUGAGUAUUUCUUGAAGGGACUGAUGGAGAAGCAGGAAUAUUCCUUCCGUGUCAGAGCUGUGAAUGCAGCAGGCGAGAGUGAACCUAGUGAGCCUAGCGAUCCUGUGCUAUGCAAGGAAAGACUCAAUCCUCCAUCACCCCCAAGAUGGCUAGAGGUGGUAAAUAUUUCCCGGAGUGGUGCUGAACUGAAGUGGACAGCUCCUGAACGAGAUGGCGGUUCUCCCAUCACCAACUACAUUGUUGAAAAGAGAGACGUCAAGCGCAAGGGCUGGCAGGCAGUUGACACCACCGUGAAAGAACUGACAUACACUGUCACUCCACUAAAUGAAGGCUCCCUCUAUGUCUUCCGUGUGGCAGCAGAGAAUGUUGUUGGGCCUAGUGAAUACUGUGAACUUCUUGACUCUGUUCUGGCAAAGGAUACAUUCACUACUCCUGGACCUCCAUAUGCUCUGACUGUCACAGGGGUUUCAAAGACCCAUGUUGACCUAAAAUGGGAGGCACCUAAGAAUGAUGGUGGCAGACCUAUUUUGAGGUAUGUCAUUGAGAAGAAAGAGAAACUUGGAACUCGAUGGGUGAAAUCUGCAAAGACAUCAGGCCCUGACUGCAAGUACAGGGUAACUGAUGUCAUUGAAGGAACUGAGGUGCAGUUCCAGGUCCUUGCUGAGAAUGAGGCUGGAGUUGGUCAUCCAAGUGAACCCACAGACAUUGUGGUAAUUGAGGACCCAACAGGACCACCAUCUCCUCCUCAGGAUCUCCAUGUCAUUGAGGCAAACAGAGACCAUAUCUCUAUUGCCUGGAAAGCCCCAGAAAGGAACGGAGGAAGCCCAGUCAUUGGCUACCACAUUGAGCUCUGUGAGGCUGGAACAGAGAAAUGGAUGAGAGUUAACUCACGCCCAGUUAAAGAGCUGAAAUACAGAGCUGGGGAGGAUGAAGGCAUUCUUCCUGAGAAGCAGUACAUUUUCAGAGUCCGUGCUGUUAAUUCUAUUGGUGCUAGUGAUCCCUCUGAGAUCUCUGAGAGUGUUUACGCCAAAGACUCAGACUGCAACCCUACAAUUGAAUUCCAAACCCAGGACCUCGUUGUUGUGGAGGGUGACAAAAUGCACCUCCCAAUUCCAUUCAAGGCUGUACCAUCACCAAAGAUCACAUGGCACAAAGAUGGCAAGGAGAUGAAGGCUGAUGACAGGAUCUCAUUCAGAUCAGAUUACAUUUCCUGCCACCUGGAAAUUCCAAGCUGCGUGCAUGCUGAUGCUGGGCAGUACAAAGUUACCCUGGAGAACAGCCUUGGAGCAACUAGUGGGACAAUUAACGUUAAAGUUAUUGGUCUACCUGGACCAUGUAAGGAAAUUGUUGCUAGUGAUGUCACUAAGAACUCCUGCAAAGUGUCAUGGGAACCUCCAGACUAUGAUGGUGGCUCCCCUGUUCUUCAUUACAUCUUGCAGCGCAGAGAGGCAGGCAGGAGAACAUAUGUCAAUGUCAUGUCUGGAGAGAACAAAAUCAGUUGGCCUGUCAAGGACCUGAUCCAAAAUGGAGAGUAUUACUUCCGUGUCAGAGCUGUGAAUAAGAUUGGUGGUGGAGAGUUCAUUGAGCUACGCAAUCCUGUGAUUGCUGAGGACCAAAAGCAUCCACCUGAUCCACCUGUUGAUGUGGAAACGCACAACCCCUCUUCUGAGUCUGUGACCCUCACUUGGAAGCCACCCAUGUAUGAUGGUGGAUGCAAGAUCAUGGGUUACAUUCUGGAGAAGGCAAUGAAAGGUCAAGAGAAGUUUGAGAGAUGCAAUGAUUUCCUUGUGCCAGUAUUGUCCUACACAGUUAAAGGCUUGAAACAAGGAAAAGAAUAUCAGUUCCGUGUGCGUGCAGAGAACGCAGCAGGCAUAAGUGAUCCUUCACGGAGCACUCCUAUGAUCAAAGCCACUGAUGCAGUUGACCGUCCCAAGGUGUUCCUCAGUGGUAGCCUGCAAUCAGGCUUAAGUGUCAGGAAAGGUGAAGAGAUUCGAUUGACUGCCUACAUCUCCGGAUUUCCAUACCCAGAAAUAACAUGGACAAGAAACAAUUCAACUAUUAGGCCAGAAGCUUUGAAGAAGAGACCAGAAAGGCCUAUUAGGAAGAAAAAAGAAAAGGAGCCAGAGAAGGAAGAGGAAAAGAAACAAGAGGAAAUUAAAGAAGACGACAAGGAGAAAAAGGAAAAAGAAAAGGAGGUGGAGGAACCUGAGGAGCCAGAGGAAGAAUACCACCCAUCUCUGAAUGAGCGUCUUACCAUUGAUAACAUUAGGGAGGGUGAAUCCUUAAUUUGUGUGAAAGAUGUUAUCAGAGGUGAUCAUGGUGUAUUUACUAUCAAGGUGGAGAAUGAUCAUGGUAUUGCCUCUGCAAGCUGUGUGGUUAACGUUCUUGAUACACCUGGGCCCCCUGUGAAUUUAAAAUUUGAGGAAGUCAGGAAGGAUUCACUCCUCUGCAAGUGGGAUCCUCCUCUAGAUGAUGGUGGCAGUGAGAUCCUUAAUUACAUACUGGAGAGAAAAGACAACUCCAAGGUUGAGAUGGGAUGGGUUACUGUUACAACAACCCUCAGAGCCUGCAAAUACCCAGUAACAAAACUCAUCGAAGGAAAGGAAUACAUAUUCCGUGUUACUGCAGAGAACAGAUUUGGCCCAGGAAGACCUUGUAUCUCCAAACCCGUCAUUGCCAAGAAUCCAUUCGAUCCUCCAGAGGCUCCUGAGAAGCCUGAAAUUGUGGACAUCACAUCCAAUAGCAUGGUUGUCACUUGGAAAGAACCCAAGGACAAUGGUUGCCCUAUUCAAGGAUACUGGGUGGAGAAACGAGAAAUUAAUAGUACACAUUGGACAAGAGUUAACCGCAGCAUCUUUAAUAAACUGGAACUAAAUGUAGAAGGCCUCUUAGAAGGCUUGACAUACAUUUUCAGGGUCUGUGCAGAGAACAUGGCUGGAUGUGGAAAGUUCAGUCCACCAUCUGAGCCGAAGACAGCACAGGCUCCAAUCUUGCCACCGGGUCCACCAAUUGCACGUGUUGCUGACACCACAGACCAUUCAAUAAUAGUUGAAUGGGACCCUCCUGUAGAUAAUGGUGGUUCAGACAUUUUUGGUUACCAUGUGGACAAGUUAUUGGCUGGCACCAAAGAAUGGACCCGAGCCACAGAAAGACCACAAAAGAGUCUUACAUUCACUGUGUAUGGUGUCAGAGAAGGUGCGAAGUACACUACUCGCGUUAUGGCAGUCAACUGUGCGGGUGAAGGUGCUCCUGGCAUUACUGAAACCGUCAUUGUGAAGAAUCCUGCCGUGAUACCUGUAAUUGAACUUGAUGUCAGUGUGAAGGGUGGUUUUGUUGUAAGAGCUGGAGACACACUGAGGAUCCCUGCAAAUGUGACUGGUAGACCUAAACCAUCAAUUUCAUGGAUGGUAAAUGAUCGUGCCCUUGAUAAGAAGCGUGUAGAAAUAGAAGAGGUUGGACAAUCUAACACCCUUAUCAUCAAGAAUGCACAGAGAGGUGAUAGUGGCAGAUACCAGAUCACUGCAGCAAACCCAAGUGCUAUUAAAUCUGCAUGGACCACAGCUGAAGUUGUGGAUGUUCCUGGACCUGUCCUUGAACUCAAGCCUGUUGUAGUCACUAGAAAGUUGAUGAUGCUUAACUGGUCUGACCCUGAUGAUGAUGGUGGCAGUGAUCUGACUGGCUUUAUUAUUGAAAGAAAAGACCCUAAAAGUCACACUUUUAGACAGCCCAUUGAAACAGUUGCAUCCAAGUGUGAAAUUGGGGGUAUUGUCGAAGGACAUGAGUACAUUUUCCGAGUUGUGGCCAAAAACAAGUAUGGCUGUGGACCUCCUGUUGACCUUGGACCUAUCCUUGCAGUAGAUCCUCAAGCUCCACCAACUUCCCCUGAGAAAUUCCACUACACUGAAAGAACUAAGUCUUCCAUUACCCUUGUGUGGAAGCCACCUCGCAAUGAUGGUGGCAGUCCAGUCCUUGGCUAUGUGGUUGAGAAGAAGAGACAAGAUCAACCUGCUUUCCAGCGUGUCAACCCAGAGUUGUGCACUGACCUGACAAUGACUGUGGAAAAUCUAGAUGAACUGCACAUGUAUGAGUUCCGUGCAAAAGCUGUUAAUAGCAUUGGUGAAAGUGAUCCUUCUAUACCGAUGAAUGUUGUGAUUCAGGAUGAUGAAGUUCCUCCACAUUUGCACAUGCUGAAACACUUCAAAGAGGAUAUAAUCAGAGUAAGGAAGAAUGAGCCGGUUGAGAUCCCCGUUGAGAUCACAGGCCUCCCAAUACCAAAGGUUGAAUGGCUGAAGGAUGAUGUUCUUAUUCCCAAAUCCACGGAAAGAGUCCUGAUAGAGACCAAAGAGAUUGACAGACUCACAGAACACACAAAACUCACUAUCCCUGCUGUUGCAAGGCUAGACAAGGGAACCUAUACUAUAACUGCUUCAAAUUGCAUGGGCACGGUCAGCCAUCAUAUCACAUUGGAAGUACUGGAUCGACCAACACCACCAAGAAACGUUGCUCUUUCAAAUAUCCGAGCUGAGUCUUGCUAUCUGACCUGGGAUCCACCACUGGAUAUUGGUGGCAGUAUGCUAACCAACUACAUCAUUGAGAAGAAAUGUCUUGAUGUAAAGGAUGCUGAAAAAGCUGAAUGGGUCCUGGUUACUAAUACCAUCAUAGACAGAAAAUAUGGGGUACGGGAACUUGAAACAGGUGGCAGAUAUCAGUUCAGAGUCAAAGCUGAGAAUAAGUAUGGAAUAAGUGAUGCCUGUAAAACAGAGGAAGUACAUAUCAAGGAUCCAUUUGCACUACCUGGUCCACCUGAAAAGGUCACUAUCGCAGAGCACUCCACAAAUGAUAUGUUGGUGACAUGGGAACCACCCAGGGACUGUGGUGGAUCUAUGAUUAUUGGCUAUUGGCUAGAAAAGCGAGAGAAAGGCACUUCUUACUGGGCUAAAGCAAAUAAGGCCAUGGUGUCCAAACGUGGCAUGAAAGGCUGGGAAUUUCAGGUCACACGCCUCGCUGAAGGAGUUGAGUAUGAAUUCCGUGCAAUGGCUUGCAAUGCUGCAGGAAUUGGCCCCCCUAGUGCUGUCUCUGAGUCUGCCUUUGCUAUUGAACCUAUGACUCCACCUAGCAUGCCAGCAGCUCCUGAAAUUGCUGACAAAACCAAGCGCAGUGUCACUCUAUCAUGGAUCCCUCCUGCCAAAGAUGGUGGAAGCCCCAUCAAAGGUUAUAUCAUUGAGAAACAGGAUGAAGGGACAUCUGAGUGGACAAGGGUCAAUGAUGCGGAUAGUCUACACCCUACCACUACGUUCACUGUUCCAAAUCUUCAGGAGCUAAAAAAGUACAGAUUUAGAAUCAUUGCAGUCAAUGAUAUUGGAGAGUCUGAGCCAAGUCCUAGAACCCCAGAAGUUCUCAUGGAGGAUGUUCACACUGAGCCAAAGCUGUUUUUGGACAUUGGCGCUCAUGAGUUAGUAAACAUCCCUGCUGGAACUCCAAUCAAAAUCCCUGUAACUGUUAAGGGUCGUCCCACUCCCAAGGUUACAUGGGAUUUUGAGGGCAAAGCAAAAACCGAAAUUAAAGAUCGUCUUCACAACCUGCCAGUGGAUUCACAGGUGGAAUCUACUGAUACUACUUCUGCUUUAACAAUUCCUGUGAGCUUGCGGUCCCACUCUGGCAGAUACACUGUAACUGCAAAGAACAAGUCUGGACAGAAACAUAUUAAUAUCAGAGUUAUUGUGCUUGAUGUUCCUGGACCACCUAAGGAGCUCAAAAUUACUGAUAUUACACGAACUACAAUGAGGCUUAUCUGGAAACUCCCAGAUACUGAUGGUGGAGAGAGAAUCAAGAGUUACUUCAUUGAAAAGAGAGCUGUCACAGCAAAAGCCUGGACAAAGGUGAAUGCAUCCUGUGCCAGUAUGGCCUUUGUAGUGCCUGACCUCCUCGAAGGCCAGGACUACUUGUUCCGUGUUUGUGCAGAGAAUCGUAUUGGAAUGGGACCAUUUACUGAGACCACCGAGCCAGCAAGGGCAAGGGAUCCUAUCUCACCCCCUGAUCCUCCAGCUAAGGUGAAGAUCAAUCUUGUUACCAAGAACACUGUGACCCUAUCAUGGCAACCUCCAAAAAAUAAUGGUGGCGCACCAGUAACACAUUACAUUAUCGAGAGGCUGAGCUGGGACACCAGUGGUCCGCAGAAAGAGACCUGGAAACAGUGCAAUAAGAGGGAUGUGGAAGAAACUACCUUCAUAGUUGAAGACCUUAAAGAGGGUGGUGAAUAUGAGUUCCGUGUCAAGGCAGUGAAUGAAGCUGGCCCAAGCAGACCUUCUGUUACUGUGGGACCCAUCAUCAUCAAGGACCAGACCUUCGCUCCAACCAUUGAUCUUAGAGAAGCCCUGGAGGGUGCUGAAACAUUUGACAUAAACAUAACUGCCAGGAUUCAGGGCUGCCCAUUCCCAACCCUUGUUUGGCAGAAAGCUCCACUUGACAAGCCUGAUGAAAAAACUAAUGUUCAUUAUGAUCAGCAUAUCAAUAAGCUGGUAGCUGAUGACAGAUGCACUCUGCUAAUUCAGCAGUCCAAGAGAGAUGACAGUGCAGUUUAUACACUUACAGCUACCAACAGUUUUGGCACAGCAUCUAAAGAUAUCAGACUCACCAUUUUGGGGCGACCUGGACCACCAGUGGGACCUGUUAAAAUUGGGGAGAUUUUUGCAGAAAGGAUUGGUCUAUCAUGGAAGCCACCCAUAGAUGAUGGUGGUUCCAAGAUCACUAACUAUGUUAUUGAGAAACGUGAGGAGAACAGGAAGUCAUGGGUCCAUGUCUCAAAUGAUCCUAAAGAAUGUGCUUAUACAGUUCAAAGGCUCACGGAAGGGCAUGAAUAUGAGUUCCGCAUUAUGGCUCAGAACAAAUAUGGUGUAGGACCACCACUUUACAGUGAACCUGAGAAAACAAGGAACUUAUUCACUGUUCCAGGCCAAUGCGAUAAACCAACUGUCUCAGAAAUCACACGUGAAUCUAUGACUGUUGAAUGGGAGGAGCCAGAAUAUGAUGGCGGAUCCCCAGUUACUGGCUAUUGGCUGGAGCGCAAGGAAACUACAUCGAAACGCUGGACUAAAGUGAACCGUGACCCCAUCAGAAUCAGGCCCCUUGGUGUCUCUCAUGUUGUGACUGGUCUCUUGGAGGGAGCUAUCUAUCAGUUCCGUGUUAUUGCCAUUAAUGCUGCUGGAUGUGGACUUCCAAGUCUUCCAUCAGACCCUGCUGUUUCUAGAGACCCAAUUACUCCUCCAGGACCUCCAAUACCAAAAGUAAUUGACUGCACUAAAUCAACUGUAGAACUUGAAUGGAUUCCUCCAAUGAAUGAUGGGGGAUCUAAGAUUACAGGAUAUUUUGUUGAAUUCAAAGAAGAAGGAAAGGAAGAAUGGGUGAAGGCUAAAGAUAAAGAGAUUAGAGGCACCAAGUUUGUUGUACCUGGACUCAAAGAGCUUGGACUUUACAGAUUCAGAGUGAGAGCAGUGAAUGCUGCAGGUGCUGGUGAACCUGGUGAAGUCACUGAAGUGAUUGAGGUCAAAGACAGGACAAUUGCUCCUGAAGUGGACCUAGAUGCAACAGUGAAAGAGAAGAUUGUUGUUCACGCUGGUGGAGUAAUACGCAUCCUUGCCUAUGUGUCUGGCAAGCCUGCGCCAGAGAUUACAUGGAAUAGAGAUGAUGCUCCUUUGCCCAAAGAGGCUAUUGUUGAAACUACUGCUAUCAGUUCAGCUCUGGUGAUCAAGAACUGCCUAAGAAAGCAUCAAGGCAUUUAUACCCUAACAGCUAAGAAUGAAGGAGGAGAAAGGAACAAGGCAAUAAUUGUGGAAGUGCUAGAUGUUCCUGGCCCUGUGGGUCAGCCCUUCUCUGGUACGAAUCUUACCAAUGAUUCUUGCAAGCUGACAUGGUAUUCCCCUGAGGAUGAUGGUGGCUCAGCCAUCACCAACUACAUUAUAGAGAAGAGAGAAGCUGACCGCCGAGGCUGGACUUCAGUGACAUACACGGUCACCAGACAUAAUGCUGUGGUUCAGGGUCUCAUUGAUGGCAAGGCUUACUUCUUCAGAAUUGCUGCAGAAAAUAUAAUUGGAAGAGGCCCAUAUUCUGAGACAGCAUCAGAAGUUUGCAUUAAGGAUCCAGUUUCUGUGCCUGAGCGUCCAGAGGAUCUGGUGGUAAAAGCUAUCAAGAAGGAUUCAAUCACCGUAGCAUGGAGACCACCAAAAUAUGAUGGCGGGGCAGAGGUGACGAGUUAUGUUCUUGAAGUUCGUCAGCUUGGAAAGGACAACUAUGUCCAAAUUGCCAGUGACAAUAAGCUGAUGGAUCGCCAGUUCACUCAUGAGGGUCUCAAAGAGGGCGCUAGUUAUGAAUUCCGUGUGAGUGCUGUGAAUCAAAUUGGCCAGGGCAAGCCUUCCUUCAGCACCAAACCAAUUAUGUGCAAGGUAGAGCUUGAACCACCUUCCCUUGACCUGGAAUUCCAUGAUACACUUUUGGUACGUGUUGGGCAACCCUGCACUCUCCAAGGUCGCUACGGAGGGAAACCAACACCAACAAUUAAAUGGUUCAAAAAUGAUGAGGAACUUCAGGCAAAUGAGGACAUUGUGCUUACUAGCACUAAGAAGACACUGUGCUUAUCUAUUGAGAAAGCUAAGCGUGAUCACAGUGGCAAAUACACUGUGGCUGUGGAGAACUCAAUUGGCACAUGCAAGCGCAUCUGCACUGUUACUGUUGUUGAUCGUCCCCAACCUCCAGAGGGCCCUGUUGUCUUUGAUGAAAUCUACAGGGAUCAUAUGGUCAUUUCUUGGAAGCCCCCACUGGACGAUGGUGGAAGCGCUGUCUCUAAUUAUAUUGUUGAAAAGAGAGAUACCAACCGGGAUCUCUGGAUGCCUGUCAUAUCGUCUUGUACUAGAACAACAUGUAAAGUUCCUAAACUCAUUGAGGGAAGGGAGUACAUAAUUAGAAUCUGUGCUCAAAACAUCCAUGGCAUUAGUGACCCAUUACUGUCUGCAGAGACAAAAGCAAAAGAUGUCUUCAAGGUGCCAGAUGCUCCUCAGCAACCAGUGGUGAAAGAAGUCUACAAAGACACAGCUCGGAUUUCAUGGGAACCACCUGCUGAUGGCGGAAAACCAAUCACAAACUACAUUGUUGAAAAGAGAGAAACAAUGUCAAACAGAUGGGUCCGUGCUGGAACCGAUCGCAUUUUCCCUAAAACAGAAUACUGGGUUCCUGAUCUUCUCAAGGGUUGUGAAUAUGAGUUCCGUGUGAUGGCAGAGAAUGUGAUUGGUGUUGGUGACCCUAGCCCACCCACAAAACCUGUCUUCGCUAAAGAUCCUAUUGUGGUUCCAAGCCCACCCAUAAAGCCAAUGGCAAUUGACAAGACAAAGAACUCUGUCACUCUUUCUUGGGAGCCACCCAAGGACUCUGGUGGAGGCAAAAUCUUUGGCUACCUCCUUGAGUACCAGAAAUCUGGUACUGAGGAAUGGCUCCAGGUUAAUCAGACUCCUGACUCCUGCCAGGAAACUACAUUUAAAGUUAUCAGCCUUGAAGAUGGAGCACUGUAUAGGUUCAGAGUAAAGGCUGUUAAUAAAGCUGGUGAAUCUGAGCCUGCAAAUGUUCCAGAGCCUAUUCGAGCACAAGACAGACUUGAGCCCCCAGAGUUGUUGCUGGAGAUGGGCAUGCCUCGCGAGAUUAAAGCACUGGCUGGAACCCAUAUUAAAAUUGUUGCUGGAAUUAAGGGUAUGCCUAUUCCUAAUGUCACAUGGAAGAAAAAUGAUGCAGAUGUGCCUCCAAGAGCAGAAAUUCAGACCACUGGAGUAAGAACCAAGCUUGAGAUGCGUUACUGUAACCGAAGUGAUUGUGGAGACUACACACUGAAUGUUGAAAAUCCAGCAGGAUCCAAGACAGCAACGUGCACUGUGCUUGUUCUAGACAAACCUGGACCGAUUCAGCAUUUGAGAGUAUCUGAUGUUAGAAGUGACUCUGCUCAGCUGUCCUGGAAAGAUCCUGAAGAUAAUGGUGGUACACGUAUCACGAACUUUGUGGUGGAGAAAAAGGAUAUUGCUUCUACACAAUGGGUGCCAGUCUGUUCAACAUCUAAAAAGCGAAGCCAAACUGCCAAGCACUUGAUGGAAGGCACAUCAUACAUGUUCCGUGUAGCUGCUGAAAAUCAGUUUGGUAGAAGUGAAUUUGUUGAGACAACCAAACCUGUGAAGGCGAUGAAUCCACUGUUUCCACCUGGUCCACCAAAGGAUCUGCAUCACGUAGACGUUGACAAAACAGAGGUGUGGCUCCAAUGGAACUGGCCUGAUCGCACAGGAGGAAGUGACAUCACAGGCUUCUUGGUUGAGUACCAAGAGGAGGGUGAAAAAGACUGGAUUGUCUUCAAGACUGUUAGCAUUCCUGAAUGCCAUGUGACUGGUCUAGAAGAGGGAAAAACCUAUAGAUUCCGUGUUAAGGCUGAGAAUGCUAUUGGACUUAGCCGACCAGACACAACUGUGCCAGUUCUUUGCCAUGAGAAACUUGUGCCACCCAUUGUUGAAGUGGAUGCAAAACUGAUUGAUGGAAUCAUUGUGAAGGCAGGAAGUACUAUCAGACUACCUGCAAUCAUGAGAGGCAUUCCCAUUCCCAGUGCAAAGUGGGUGCUUGAUGGGGAAGAAAUUAGAACUGGAGGAAAUAUAAAGAUUGACACAGACAACUUUUCAACUGUUUUGAACAUUGCAGACUGCACAAGAAAUCACACUGGAGUGUACAUUCUCACAGUGUCUAAUCCUGCAGGAAGUAAGACUGUUUCUCUGAAUGUCACUGUACUGGAUGUCCCAGCUGCACCCAUAGGUCCUGUGAACAUCCUUGAGGUCACUCCAGAUUCGAUGGUCAUUGAAUGGCGUCCCCCCAAAGAUGAUGGUGGAAGUCCUGUAAUGAAUUAUGUUGUUGAAAAGAGAGAGUCUAAUAAGGAAACCUGGGGAGGUGUUAGCUCUGGUAGUACUGCCACAAGGCUCAAGAUUUCUCGUUUGCAGAGUGGUGUUGAAUAUGUUGUGAGAAUUCGCGCAGAAAACAAGAUGGGAAUAGGUGCACCUCUUGAAAGUGCACCAACUGUAGCUAAACACCAAUUUGAGCCACCUGGUCAUCCUGGAAAACCUGUUGCUUCUGAUAUUGCUGAGGAUGCAGUAACUCUUGCUUGGACAAUGCCAUUAUAUGAUGGUGGCAGUCCGAUUAAUGGUUACAUUAUUGAGCGCAGACAUAAGGGAGGCAAAUGGAUCAGAGUGAAUAAAACACCUUGCAGGGACCUCAGAUUUAGAGUGCUUGGACUUUUUGAGGGUAAUGACUAUGAGUUUAGAGUAUUUGCUGAAAAUAUUGCUGGCUUCAGUGGACCCUCACCUAUUUCAGACCCAGUCAAACCUUGCAGACCUAUCACAGUUCCUGGACCUCCAGUUAACCCAAAAGUUAAGGACUACAGCUGUAAUUAUGCAGAUUUAGUCUGGAUAAAACCUACAAGAGAUGGAGGAAGUCCAAUUUUGGGAUAUAUUGUAGAAUGUCAGAAAGCUGGUGGUGAAUGGGAGAAAGUAAAUGCAGAUGAUUUGAUUAAACAGUGCACUUACAGAGUCAAGGGAUUAACUGAAGGCACAGAAUACAGGUUCCGCAUAAGAGCUGUCAACAUGAUUGGAGAAGGUGAGACAAGAGAAGUGCCAGAAUCAGUUAUUGCUCAAGAUAUCCUUAUCCCCCCAGAGAUUGAGAUGGACAUCACAUGUCGCACACAUUUGACUGUCCGUGUAGGACAUAACAUUAAUAUUACUGGAUAUGUAAGGGCAAGACCUGAUCCAGUGAUUACUUGGUCCAAAGGUGAGACAGUUUUGGAAAGAGAUAAACGGACAACUUUGACAAAUAACUUUCCUGUAGUACAUAUGCGCAUCAAAGAAGCAACCAGAGCAGAUCAUGGAAAGUAUACUCUUAAGGCUGUGAAUGACAGUGGAGAAGCCUCAGUUACCAUCACUGUAAAUGUACUGGAUAGACCUGGACACUGCAGGAAUCUUACAUUGACAUAUGUGACCAAAAAUGCAUGCAUGGUGAAUUGGGAUGCUCCAGAAGACAAUGGAGGCACUGAGAUUACAAACUAUAUUGUUGAGUGUCGUGAGCCAAGUGUUAGAACAUGGUCAAUGAUCUCCUCUGACUGCACAAAUCGCAAGGUAAAGGCAAAACUACUGGAGAAUCAUGAAUAUUUCUUCAGAGUGACUGCAGAGAACAAAUGUGGUCCUGGACCAGCAACAGAAACCAAGACACCUAUACUUGCAAUCGAUCCACUUCAGAAGCCUGGUGAGCCAGAGAAGUUCCAUGUCGCGGAUUUUGGCAAGAACUUUGUGUUCCUGAAAUGGCAAAGACCAGAUUAUGAUGGUGGCAACCCUAAUCUGGGGUACAUAUUAGAAAGGAAAAUCAAGGAUGCUGAAAAAUGGGAAAGCUUACAUGAUGGUGUACUCAAAGACACAUUCUUUAUGGCAGAUAAGUGUACUGAGAACCAGACCUAUCAGUUUAGAGUUAAGACUACAAAUGAUGCCAGAGAAAGCAACUGGGUGAUGACAUCUGAAGUUCUUGUCAAAGAAGAAAUCCAGAAACCAGUCCUUGACCUCAAAUUUGCUGGUACUGUUGUGGUAAAAGCUGGUGAAUCAGUCAGACUUGAGGCAGCACUGAGAGGAAAGCCACAACCUGAGGUCAAAUGGGUGAAAGACAAAGCCACAGGACAUAACCCCAGAAUCAGCAUUGAUACUGGAGCUGACUACUCAAAAUUCCUCAUGACUAAAGCCAAACGCUCUGAUACUGGAAAAUAUAUUAUCACUGCCACUAACCUAGCUGGGAGCUUUACUGCUUAUGCAACUUUAAGUGUUCUGGACAUACCAGGGCCUGUAAGAGAUGUCAGAGUUUCUGGCAUGUCCACUGACAAAUGUAGAGUGGUAUGGGAUCCACCAGAGGAUGAUGGUGGUUGUGAAGUUGACAGUUAUAUUCUAGAAAAAUGUGAGACUAGAAGAAUGGUCUGGUCUACUUAUUCUGCUUCAGUGGUCACUCCCUAUUGCAAUGUGACGCGCCUUGUGGAAGGUAAUGAAUACAUAUUCAGAGUCAGAGCAGAAAACAAGAUGGGAACAGGUCCUCCCAUGGAGAGCAAGCCUGUUAUUGCCAGGACACAGUUCAGCCCACCUGGUCCACCUGAUCCACCAGAGGUCACCAAAAUUGGCAAGGAUGAAAUGACUGUUAUAUGGGCUCCCCCUGAAAAUGAUGGUGGAAAAUCCAUUACUGGCUACAUUCUGGAAAGAAAGGAGAAGCGUGCUGUACGAUGGGUUGCAGUCACAAAGAGUCCUAUCUCUGAGAGACGUAUGAAAGUAAUCAAUUUGAUUCCUAACCAUGAAUACCAAUAUCGUGUGAAAGCUGAAAAUGAAGUUGGAUUGGGAGAACCAAGCAAACCAUCAAGACCAACUGCUGCAAAAGAUCCAAUUGAGCCCCCUGGUCCCCCUGGCAGCCUGAAGGUGGUUGACAGCACAAAGACUUCAGUUACUCUUGGCUGGUCUAAGCCAGUGUAUGAUGGUGGUGCUCCAAUCAUUGGAUAUUUGGUUGAGAUGAGGGAUAAGAUUGAAAUGGAAGGUGAAAAAGAGAGAGAUCCAGAUGAGGGCUGGGUGAAAUGUAAUGUUGGUAUACAGCUUGUCCUCACUGAAUUCACAAUCAGCAAUUUGGAUGAGAGGAAACAAUAUGAAUUUCGUGUUUCUGCACAAAACCAAGUCGGCAUAGGCCGUCCUGCAAGACUUAAAGAUGCUGUGACACCAAAGGAAAUUCAUGAAAUACCUGAGAUUGACCUGGAUGCCAGUUUGAGGAAAGGUCUCAGUGUAAGAGCAGGAUGUCCCAUUAGGCUAUUCGCUACAAUCAGAGGAAGGCCAGCACCUAAAGUGACCUGGAAACGCAUAGGUGUUGACAAUGUUCUCAGGAGAGGUCAUGUGGAUCAGAUUGAUACAAUGACCUUCCUUGUCAUCCCAGAGAGCACACGUGAAGACUCUGGAAAAUACUCUCUGACACUGUCAAAUCCCUCAGGAGAAAAAGCUGUAUUUGUUCGUGUUAAGAUUUUAGAUACUCCUGGACCUGUUGAUGGACUGGAAGCAACAGAUGUUACAAAGACGUCUUGUCAGCUCUCCUGGUCACCCCCAGAAAAUGAUGGUGGCAGUCCAAUUCUGAACUACAUUGUUGAGAAGCGUGAAGUAGACAGGAAGACAUGGACAAAUUGUACCAAUGACCUAAAGAAGACUAGCUUUAAAAUCACAAAUCUGACACCAGGAAUUGAAUAUUACUUCAGGGUCAUAGCAGUCAACAAGUAUGGUAUUGGGGUACCAAAGGACUCCCCAAAAUCCUAUUUGGCCACAGAUCCAAUGAGUGAACCAGAUCCUCCCAAAAAGAUGGAUGUCUUAGAGAUUACAAAGAACAGUGCUACAGUUGGGUGGCUGAAGCCUCUGAGAGAUGGUGGAGCAAAGAUUAAUGGAUACAUUGUUGAUUACCAGGAGGCUGGUCAACCUGAGGACAAAUGGACACCAUAUUCAGUUGUAAAAGACUUAAGUAUUGUCAUUGUAGGUCUGAAAGAAAACACAAAGUAUAGAUUCAGGGUUGCUGCAAGGAAUUCUAUAGGAUGCAGCCUCCCAAGAGAGGCUGAAGGAAUCUUUGAACUGAAAGAACACCUGAUGGCACCAAAGAUCAUUAUGCCUGAUGUGGUUACUGCAAAGGCAGGAACCAAACUGAAAGUUGAAGCACUUGUAUCUGGCAAGCCUGUUCCUGUCACUACAUGGAUGAGAGGAAGUGAUGAUGUGGUUACAUCUGAUCGUAUUUCUGUGCAAAAGACACUAUCCUCAUCCACAUUUAUGAUUAAAGAUGUUUCAAGAAAGGACAGUGGAUAUUACAGCCUUACUGCUGAGAACAACAUUUCUAAAGUCAACCAAAUCCUUAGACUUAUAAUUUAUGAUAUCCCUGGCCCUCCAGAGGGUCCCUUGGAAAUUCUUGAGGUAGACAUUGAUGCCUGCACUCUUGCAUGGAAUCAGCCCACAGAAGAUGGUGGUAGCAACAUAACAAACUAUGUUGUUGAGAAAUGUGAUGUGACCAGAGGUGAUUGGGUCCCUGCUGUGUCUAACUGCACCAAGACCAGUUGCAGAGUUGUAAAGCUCACCCCUGGAAAUGAGUAUGGUUUUCGAGUGCGUGCUGAGAAUCGCUUUGGAAUUUCAGAACCAAUCUACUCCGAAAAAAUGAUUGCCAGAUAUCCCUUUGACCCACCUAGUGAACCAAGGAAUUGCUAUGUCAAGAAUGUUCACAAAGAAUAUGUUGUUUUAUCCUGGGAAAGGCCAGCAAAUGAUGGUGGUAGUCCUAUUAUAGGAUACUCUAUUGAGCGCAAAGAGAGAAACAGCCUUCUAUGGGUCAAGGCAAAUGAGACACUUGUUCGUGCAACUGAAUACUCUUGCUCAGGCCUUAUUGAAGGUCUGGAGUAUAUAUUCAGAGUGUCUGCCGUCAACAAAGCAGGACAGGGCAAACCAAGCAAACCAACAGAGAUCAUUACUGCAAGGACUCCAGUUGAUCCACCUGGUAAACCUGAGGUCCUUGAUGUAACAAGGAAUUCUGUGUCUCUUGUCUGGAACCGUCCAAAACACGAUGGUGGUAGCAAACUUAUUGGUUAUUAUGUUGAGUCUUUGAAACUUCCAGGUGACAAGUGGGUACGUGUAAAUGCAAAUAGCCAAAAUGUGCCCAAAGAGGAGUAUGUUGUCACUGGACUUGAAGAGGGUGCCCAAUACAAAUUCAGAAUCAUUGCAAAGACAGCGAUUUCAGUCAGCCUGCCCUCAGAAGAAUCUGAUGCAAUCACAGUCAUUGCAGAGCAUGUUCCACCAAGGAUUGAGAUUAGUGUGGAAAUGAAGAACCUUAUCACUGUAAAAGCUGGAACUAAUGUCAACCUUGAGGCUGAGGUCUAUGGCAAACCACUACCAAAGAUUACUUGGAAGAGAGACGGCAUUCCAAUAAAACUUGUUGAAGGCAUAAAGAUGUCUCAGAAGAGACACCUCUUUAUCCUAGAACUGUUCUCUGUGACCAGGAAAGAGUCUGGAGAAUAUACCAUUGUUGCUGAAAACCCAAGCGGCACUAAGUCUGGCAACAUUAAGCUGAAGGUCCUGGACAAGCCUGGACCCCCAGCCUCAAUUAAAAUCAGUCAGGUUUUUGCUGACCGGGUCAAAUUGCGGUGGGAGCCACCUCUUUCAGAUGGCGGUGCUGAAAUAACUAACUACAUUAUUGAUAAACGUGAAACAAGCAGAGCUAACUGGGCUAUGGUUACUUCCAACCUUAGUGGCCAGCUCACAGAUUGCUCAGUUGAGAAACUAAUUGAGGGCCAUGAAUAUGAGUUCAGAGUCAGUGCUGAGAACAAAUAUGGUGUUGGUGACCCAAUUGUGACUAACUCUGUGAUUGCCAAGAAUCCAUUUGAUGUUCCUGGACCAUGUGACCCUCCAGUUAUUACCAAUAUCAUCAAAGACCACAUGACAGUGAGCUGGAAGGCCCCUGCUGAUGAUGGCAAGGCACCAAUACUUGGAUACAUGGUUGAGAAGCGUGAAAUUCAGGAACUCAACUGGUCCAAAGUAAACAGACGACCUGUCAUUGAUAGAACCAUUAAAGUUGGAAGUCUCACUGAGGGUUCUGAGUACGAGUUCAGAGUUAUUGCUCUCAAUAAAGCUGGUCUUGGCAAACCAAGUGAUGCUUCUAAGGCUGCACUUGCUGUGGAUCCAUUGUAUCCUCCUGGACCACCUGCUUUUCCCAAAGUUGUUGACUCUACACACAGCUCAGUCACUCUAUCCUGGACCAAACCUGCCUAUGAUGGUGGAUGUGAAAUCUUAGGCUACCUGGUUGAAGUCAAGAGAGCUGAUUCAGAGGAAUGGCUGAAGUGCAAUAUACCAAAAAAUCUCCAGGCAACAAAGUUCCUUGUCAGCGGUCUUAUUGACAACACUGAGUAUCAGUUCCGUGUAACAGCUAUGAAUAAAAUUGGCUACAGUGAGCCAAGUGAAGUUCCUGGGAAGCAUCUGGCACAGGACAUUUUAAUUGCUCCUGAAGCUGAACUUGAUGCAGACCUUAGAAAAGCAUUGGUAUUACGUGCUGGAGUCACAAUGAGAAUCUACGUACCAAUUAGAGGCCGUCCAGCACCAAAGGUGACAUGGAGCAAGGUCAAUGCCAACUUAAAGGAGAGGCAAGGUCUUACAAUCGACACAACUGAUUGGGAUACCUUUGUAUACUGUGAGAACAUCAACAGAUAUGAUGCUGGAAAAUACGUACUAACUCUUGAGAACAGCAGUGGAACCAAAUCAUACACUAUUGUCGUCAAGGUCUUAGAUACACCUGGACCACCACUCAAUCUGACAGUCAAAGAGACAUCAAAGAAUCAUGCAUCCAUCACCUGGUAUCCUCCAUUAAUUGAUGGUGGAAGUCCAGUGAAGAGCUAUGUUAUUGAAAAACGUCUUGCUGAGAGGAAGGCGUGGACUUGCGUUGCUCCAGAGUGUCCUAAAACUUCUUUCAGAAUCACUAAUCUAGAAGCUGGAAAAGCAUAUUGCUUCAGAGUCUCAGCUGAAAAUGUGUAUGGUAUUGGUGAGGGUGAGACAGCUGGACCAGUAAAAGCCUCAGAGCAACCUGGACCAGUUACAGAUUUCAAGCCAGUAUUGGUCACCAAAGAUUCUUGCAACCUUACUUGGAAGAAGCCCAUUAGUGAUGGUGGAAGCCAUAUUGUUGCAUAUGCUCUAGAUAUCAGUGAGGGUGAAGAUAAAUGGAAGCAGCUUAUGAGGUCCAAGCAAAUGCAGCACACAGUUAAGGACCUACAAGAAGGAAAGCAAUACUUAUUCCGAGUAAGAGCAUUUAAUGAGUCUUCUGAAGGACCUCCAACUGAACUCACUGUGGUUGCAAAGGAUCAAGUUGUUCUGCCAGACUGUGACCUUAAAGGCUUGCCAGACUCUUGUUAUGUAGCAAAGGAGGGAAGUACUAUUCACAUUACUAUCCCCAUUACUGGCAUUCCUGCUCCAACAGUCACAUGGAAGAAGGGUGGUGUUACUUUGGGAGAUAGUGGAAGAAUCUCUGUUGACUCCACAGUGGCAAGCACAACCUUGCUGAUAAGAGACUGCCAGAGAGGCGAUGCUGACAAAUUUUAUAUCAUUUUGAAAAACAGUGCUGGUACCAAAGAAUCUACCAUUAACAUCAAGGUGGUUGGAAAGCCUGGAAUUUGCUCAGGGCCCAUUAUUUUUGAUGAAAUUACAGCUGAUGGAAUUACUCUGGAGUGGGGUCCACCAAAGGAUGAUGGUGGAUCAGAAAUUUCCAACUACAUUCUAGAGAAGAGGCCUUCUACAAGUAAUAAGUGGGUCACUAUUGCUUCAGCUAUUCAGAAGAACAAUAUGAGGGUCACAAGACUUCAUGAAGGAACAGAAUAUCUAUUCAGAGUAUGUGCUGAAAACAAAUAUGGUGUUGGAGAGUUCCUCAAAUCUGAUCCAGUGGUAGCUAAGCAUCCAUUCAAUGCACCAGAGGCACCAGCUCCACCAAACAUCCUGAGUAUUCACCAUGAGUCUGCUAUUGUGUCAUGGUCUGAUCCAAGGGAUAAUGGAGGCUCUCCUAUUACAGGAUAUCAUGUGGAAUUCAAAGAUAGGAACAGUUUAUUGUGGAGGAGAGCCAGCAAGACACCUUUGAGAGUAAAGGAGUGCAGAGUGACUGGUUUAGUUGAAGGUCUUGAGUAUGAAUUCAGAGUUAUGGCUAUAAAUAUGGCUGGACUUGGAAAACCAAGUAAACCCACAGAAGCACUUGUUGCACUUGAUCCAAUUGAUCCUCCUGGCAAACCAGAAGUGAUCAGUGUUACAAGAAACACUGUAACACUCAUUUGGACUGCACCUAAGUAUGAUGGAGGACACAGGCUGACUGGAUAUAUUGUUGAGAAACUGGAGCAUCCAGGAAAAGUCUGGAUGAAAGCUAAUCAUGUCAAUAUCCAGAGCUGUGCCUUCACAGUUACAGACUUGCAAGAAGGCAGCAUGUACAAUUUCAGAAUUAGAGCAAAGAAUGCAGCUGGUGCCAUCAGUGCUCCUUCAGAACAAACUGACACACUUGUCUGCAGAGAUGAAUAUGAGCCACCAACUAUUACAAUUGAUCCUGAAAUGAAGGAUGGUGUCACUGUCAAGGCAGGAGAAACAAUUGUUAUUUCUGCAUCAAGUAUUCUUGGAAAACCUCCACCUACAGCUGUAUGGUCUAAGGGAGGAAGAGAAUUAAAGCCAUCUGAUGUUGUCCAGAUUACAAGCACACCCACAUCUUCAACUCUGUCAAUCAAAUAUGCCAACAGAAAGAACACUGGAGAGUAUACAAUUACUGCAAGCAAUCCAUUUGGUAUUAAGGAAGAAAAAGUGAAAGUGAAAAUCCUAGAUGUGCCAGGUCCUCCAGGGCCCAUUGAGGUCAGCAGUGUCUCUGCUGAAAAGUGCACACUGACAUGGUUACCACCAAUAGAGGAUGGAGGCUGUGCUAUCAAAUCUUACAUUCUUGAAAAGAGAGAAACUAGCCGCCUGCUUUGGACAAAACUUGCUGAAAAUAUAAUGGAUUGCCGUCAUGUAGCCACCAAGUUGAUUAAAGGCAAUGAAUAUAUCUUCCGUGUUUUAGCUGUGAAUCAGUAUGGUAUUGGCGAUCCAACCCAGUCUGGUCCAGUCAAAAUGGUUGACAGCUAUGGACCCCCUGGCCCACCAUCAAAACCAGAAAUUGACAAUAUCAGCAAAAAUGCUGUAACUAUUUCCUGGAAAAGGCCAGCUGUGGAUGGAGGAAGUGACAUUAGAGGGUACAGUGUUGAGAGAAAAGAAAAGAGAGGUAUGAGAUGGGUUAGAGCUUCAAAGAAGACCAUCUCUGAUCUACGAUAUAAAGUAACAGGCCUCAGUGAAGGAGUUGAGUAUGAGUUCCGUGUAACUGCAGAGAACAAAGCUGGUUUUGGAGAACCUAGUGAGCCAUCACAACCAGUGCUGACAAAGGAUAUUUCAUAUCCACCUGGGCCUCCAUCUAACCCAAGAAUUACUGAUACCACUAAAACAACAGCAACAUUUAACUGGGGAAGACCCUUCUAUGAUGGUGGACUUGAUGUGACUGGAUACAUUGUUGAGCACAAAAAGGAAGGACAUGAUGACUGGGUCCAAGACACAGCCACGCCGUUGAGAAUAACUGAGUUUGUAGUUCCAAACCUACAAGCAGGAGGCAAAUAUAGCUUUAGAGUCCGUGCAAUUAAUUCUGAAGGACGUGGGGAACCAGCUGAAGUUGAGAAAGUUGUGGAACUUGUUGAUCGUGAAGAACUCCCUGACUUUGAGCUUGAUGCAGAGCUGAGAAGAACACUUGUUGUGCGCUCUGGUGCUUCCAUUCGUAUAUUUGUGCCAAUUAAGGGUCGUCCAACUCCAGAAGUUACAUGGAUGAAAGAGGAUGUUCCUCUUAAAGGUCGUGCCCAUAUUGAUACUACUGAGUCAUACACUCUUGUAGUUAUCCCAGAGUGCACAAGAUAUGAUGCUGGAAAAUACAUCUUGACAUUAGAAAAUGUUGCUGGAAAGAAGACAGGAUUUGUCAAUGUCCGAGUUGUGGACACACCCGGGCCUCCAGUCAACUUAAAACCAAGAGAAAUCACCAAAAAUAGUAUCACUCUUCAGUGGGAGAUUCCAAUUAUUGAUGGUGGAUCUAAGAUCAUAAAUUACAUCAUUGAGAAGCGUGAGGCAACUAGAAAAGCCUUCUCCACAUUAACUACAAACUGUCAAAAGUGUUCUUACAAAGUUACCAAUUUGGAAGAGGGGGCUGAAUAUUACUUUAGAGUUUUAGCUGAAAAUGAACGAGGUAUUGGUGAGCCAGCAGAGACACCUGAGCCCAUCAGAGCCUCUCAAGCUCCAUCUGCACCUGACAACCUAAUAGUCACAGACGUGUCAAAGGACACAGCAACUCUUGCAUGGACCAAGCCAAGACAUGAUGGUGGUAGCAGAAUCACUGGCUAUGUGAUUGAAGCGCAGAAGAAGGAUUCUGACCAGUGGGUACAUGUCACAGCAAUAAAGGCUUUGGACUACACUGCAACAGAUUUGACUGAGAAUGCAGAGUAUGUAUUCCGCAUUUUUGCUGUGAACAGUUCAGGCAGAAGUGAACCUCGUGAAUGCCGGCCAGUUGUAAUCAAGGAGCAGACCACACCACCAGGAUUUGACCUCAGAGGUGUCUAUCAGAAGCUGGUGGUAGCCAAAGCAGGUGAUAAUGUGAAGGUGGAGAUUCCUAUUUUGGGUCGUCCAAGGCCAUCUGUUGUCUGGAAGAAAAAAGAUCGGGAACUUAAGCAGACACAGAGAAUUAAUAUUGACAACACAGCAACAUCUACGAUUCUCAAUAUAAAUGAUAUCAAGCAGAAAGAUGCAGGACAGUAUUCAAUGACUGGAAAGAACAUACUGGGAACUGUGACAGAGACCAUUACUGUUCAAGUGCAUGACAUCCCAGGACCUCCAACUGGACCAGUAAAAGUAGAUGAAGUGUCUUCUGACUAUAUAAUCAUAUCUUGGGAUGCACCAGAGAAUGAUGGAGGAGUUCCUAUCAAUAAUUAUAUAGUUGAGAUGAGGGAAACAACAGGCACAAAUUGGGUGGAGUUGGCAGCUACUGUCAUUCGCACAACAUUCAAAGCUGCUCGUCUUACAACUGGAAUAGAAUAUCAAUUCCGUGUUAAAGCUCAAAACAGAUAUGGUGUUGGCCCCUGCAUAAUAUCUGAGCCGGUUGUUGCUGCUUAUCCAUUUGAUGUACCAGGCCAACCAGGAAUUCCACAAGUUGUUGCCUUUACAAAAGAUUCAAUUACAAUCAGCUGGAAUGAACCUUCCUCAGAUGGUGGAAGCCCAAUUUUGGGCUAUCAUAUUGAGAGAAAAGAGAAAAACAGCAUACUCUGGCAACGGAUUAGCAAAGCCCUUGUGGUUGGAAAUAUUUUCAAAUCAUCAGGUCUGAUGGAUGCUAUUGCAUAUGAAUUCCGUGUUAUUGCUGAAAACAUGGCUGGCCUUAGCAAACCAAGCAAGUCAUCUGAAAUGGCAUAUGCACUUGAUCCAGUGGACCCUCCCAGUCAACCCGUGGCAAUUAAUAUAACUAGACAUGAGGUUACCCUUCAGUGGUUGAAGCCAGAGGGUGAUGGUGGUUUCCCAAUCACUGGGUAUACAGUGGAAAAGAGAGAACUGCCCAAUGGUCGCUGGCUCAAAGCAAAUUUCAGCAAUAUUCAUGAGACAAGCUUUACUGUAAGUGGCCUAACAGAAGAUGCUUCAUAUGAAUUCCGUGUUUUUGCAAGAAAUUCAGCUGGAUCUAUUAGUCGGCCCUCCAAACCCUCAGAAGUCAUAAUCUGUAGAGAUGAUAUUCAGGAACCCAUGCUUGAUGUUGAUUCGAGUUUCAGUAGUAUUGUGGUGGUGAAGGCAGGAGACAUCUUUAGACUAGAUGCAAAUGUUACUGGCAGACCUAUCCCAUCCUUGGUAUGGACAAAAGAUGGAAAGGACCUUGAGGAUACAGCAAAAAUAGAAAUCAAAACAGCUGACUUCUACACAUGUUUGAUCAAUAAAGACUCUUCACGAAGAGAUGGAGGUGCAUUUACUCUCACUGCCAGCAACCCUGGAGGAUUUGCGAAGUAUGUCUUCAAUGUUAAGGUUCUUGACAGACCUGGGCCUCCAGAAGGCCCACUUCAUGUUACUGACAUGACAACAGAGAAAUGUAUUCUUUCAUGGUUGCCACCACUUCAAGAUGGAGGUGCAAAGAUUGACUAUUACAUCAUUCAGAGACGUGAAACAAGCAGACUUACUUGGACAAAUGUAGCUACAGAUUUACAAGUCAACCGCUAUAAGGUUACCAAAUUGCUGAAAGGAAAUGAAUAUAUCUUCAGAGUUAUGGCUGUGAAUAAAUAUGGAGUUGGAGAGCCUCUUGAGUCAGAGCCUGCUGUUGUCACUAACCCAUAUGUAGCUUCUGAUCCACCACAAGCUCCUGAUGUGACAACAAUUACAAAGGACUCUAUGGUAGUUUGCUGGGGACACCCUGAAUACAACGGCGGAAGCCCCAUAAAUACUUACAUAAUUGAAAGAAGAGAUAAAACUGGUCUCCGAUGGGUCAAAUGCAACAAGAGGACAAUAACUGAUCUGCGCUUCAAAGUGUCUGGACUUACACCAGGGCAUGAAUAUGAAUUCAGAGUGCUUGCUGAGAAUGCUGCUGGUUUAAGUGCUCCAAGCCCUUCAAGUCCAUUUUACAAGGCAUGUGAUACAAUAUUCCAGCCUGGACCACCAGGAAAUCCAAGAAUUUUGGACACAACCAAGUCAUCCAUAACUGUUGCAUGGAACAAACCAGUUUAUGAUGGAGGAUCAGACAUCACAGGAUAUAUUGUGGACACCUGUCUCCCAGAGGAAGAUGAAUGGACAGUUGUCACUCCAAGAGAGGGACUCACAGGAACAUCAUUUACCAUAACAAACUUAACAGAAAAUCAGGAAUAUAAGAUUAAUAUUUCUGCUCUGAACAGUGAGGGUGUUGGAGAACCUGCAUCUGUACCUGGCUCACCAAAAGCAGAGGAUAGAUAUCUCCCUCCUGAAAUUGACCUUGAUUCAGACCUUCGCAAAGUAGUGAAUGUUAGAGCUUCUGGCACUUUGAGAUUAUUUGUGCCAAUUAAAGGAAGACCUGCACCAGAAGUUAAAUGGUCUAGAGAGCAUGGUGAACCUCUUGAUAAAGCAUGUAUUGAGGCAACAUCAUCAUUCACAUCACUUGUUGUUGAUAAUGUUGACAGGUUUGAUAGUGGAAAGUAUAUGUUAACAGUGGAAAACAGUUCAGGGAGCAAAACAGCAUUUGUGAAUGUCAGGGUGCUUGACACACCGGGGGCACCACAAAAUCUCACAAUUAAAGAAAUUACAAAAGAUUCAGUCUCACUUAUCUGGGAUCCUCCCAUCAUUGAUGGUGGCUCAAGAGUCAGACACUAUCUUGUGGAAAAACGUGAAUCAACAAGAAAGGCAUAUUCUAUUGUAAAUGCCUCCUGCCCCAAAACAAGCUGUAGAAUUGGUGAUCUUCAAGAAGGUAGUUGUUACUUCUUUAGAAUUUUGGCUGAAAAUGAGUAUGGUAUUGGCCUUCCAGUGGAAUCUGCUGAACCUGUCAAGAUUUCUGAAAAGCCUCUUCCUCCGGGUAAAGUGACUCUUAAAGAGGUAACUGGCAGCACUGUAACUCUAUCUUGGGAAAAGCCAGAGCAUGAUGGAGGCAGCAGAAUCACUGGAUAUAUUGUAGAAAUGCAAGGGAAAGGCAGUGACAAAUGGACUCAAGUCAUGACUGUUAAAGUUACAGAGGCAGUUAUUGCCGGUCUGACUCAAGGUGAAGAAUAUUCAUUCCGUAUAUCAGCAACAAAUGAAAAAGGAACAAGUGACCCUCGUCCACUCAGUGUUCCUGUGGUGGCAAAGGACCUUGUUAUCACUCCUGCAUUCAAACAUUUAUUCAGUACAUUCAGUGUGCUAGCAGGUGAUGACCUCAAGAUAGAUGUACCAUAUGUUGCUCAGCCCAAGGCUGCAGUUACAUGGCUCAAAGAUGGCAUUGCCCUAAAAGAAACAACAAGAGUAAAUGCUGAAGUAACUGAAAAGCAUCUCUAUCUUGUAAUCAAGGAGGCUACAAGGGAUGAUGUUGGAAAAUAUACUAUCAAGAUUACAAAUGCAGUUGGAGAGGCUAUGACUGAUAUCCAUGUUGUUGUACUUGACAAACCUGGUCCUCCAAUUGGACCAAUAAAAAUAGAUGAAGUAACUGCAGAUAGUGUGACACUAUCAUGGCAACCACCAGAGUAUGAAGGUGGAUGUACAAUUAAUAAUUAUAUUGUGGAAAAGAGAGACACAUCCACCACAAACUGGCAGAUUGUGUCAGCAACAGUGGCUAGAACAACCAUUAAGGCUGCAAGACUGAAGACUGGCUGUGAGUAUCAAUUCAGGAUUGCAGCUGAAAACAGAUAUGGAAAAAGCUCUUUGCUCCUGUCUGAGCCUGUAAUUGCACAGUAUCCAUUUGAGCUCCCAGGUGCACCAGGACCUCCUACUAUUCAGUCUGUUACCAAAGAAAGUAUGGUUAUUGUUUGGAGCAAACCUGGCAAUGAUGGUGGGAGCAAAAAUCUGGGUUACCAUAUUGAAUGUAAAGAAAGAAAUAGCCUGCUGUGGGUAAAACAAAAUAAGACAAUUAUUCCAGACACAAGAUUCAAGGUUAGUGGUCUUGAAGAAGGAAUUGAGUAUGAGUUCAGAGUUUAUGCAGAGAAUAUUGUUGGUUUGAGCAAAGCCAGCAAAGUGUCAGACCUCCAGGUGGCAAGAGAUCCUUGUGAUCCUCCAGGCAAACCAGAAGCAGUCAUUGUAACCAGAAAUUCUGUCACACUAAGGUGGACAGCACCAGAGUUUGAUGGAGGCAGCAGAGUCACAGGCUAUAUUGUCGAGAAGAAAGAGUUGCCUAAUGGUCGGUGGAUGAAGGCCAGUUUCACUAAUAUCAUAGAAACUGAAUUUGUUGUCAGUGGCUUGGUGGAAGAGCAAAGAUAUGAAUUCCGUGUGAUUGCAAAAAAUGCUGCAGGUGUAUCCAGUGUACCAUCUCAAAGUACUGGUGCAAUCACAGCAAAGGAUGAGGUUGAGCCACCUAUGAUUGAUUUGGAUGCUAAAUAUGCCCAAACUAUUGUGAUUAAUGCUGGAGAAUCCUUCAGGAUUGAUGCUGGGAUAUUUGGCAAACCUGUUCCAUCAGUUCAUUGGAUAAAAUUAGGUCAGGAACUUGAAAAUACAGCUAGGCUUGAGAUUAAGAAUACAGACUUCACAACUUCUUUAAGUGUCAAAGAGGCUAUUCGCGUUGAUGGUGGCCAAUAUACACUGCUGCUGAAAAAUGUUGGUGGGGAGAAAUCAGUAGCUGUCAAUGUCAAAGUUCUAGACCGCCCUGGGCCACCAGAUGGUCCAAUUUCAAUCUAUGGGGUUACAAACGAGAAAUGUUGCAUAUCUUGGAAAGCACCAUUACAUGAUGGAGGUGCUGAGGUAUCUCAUUACACUGUUGAAAGAAGGGAGACCAGCCGAUUGGUUUGGACUGUUGUGGAAUCUAAAGUGCAAACUCCGAACUUGAAGAUUACCAAACUUCUUCCUGGAAAUGAAUACAUCUUCAGAGUGAUCCCAGUCAACAAAUAUGGAAUUGGUGAGCCCCUGGAAUCUGAUCCGGUCAUUGCAGCAAAUCCAUUCGUCACUCCUGAUCCACCGACUGGUGUUGAAGUAUCCAAUAUAACAAAGGACUCCAUGGUUGUUACAUGGGAAAGGCCUACUAAUGAUGGAGGAAAUGCAAUUACAGGGUAUGUAAUUGAAAAGCGGGAUAAAGAAGGUGUCAGGUGGAUAAGAUGCAACAAGCGUGUAGUCAGUGAACUGCGCUUCAGGGUGACGGGUCUUCUGGAAAACCGCAGUUAUGAGUUCCGUGUUAGUGCUGAGAAUGCAGCUGGAGUUGGCAAACCAAGUGCUCCUACUGUGUACUACAAGGCAACAGAUCCAAUCUUCAGGCCAGGUCCACCAAACAACCCCAAGGUUGUUGAUAUUUCAAGGACAUCUGUUGUACUACAGUGGGGCAAACCUAUUUACGAUGGUGGUUGUGAGAUUCAAGGUUAUAUUGUUGAGGCUUGUGAGAGCACAUCUGAUGAAUGGACCAUGUGCACUCCACCCACAGGAAUCAAAGAAACAUAUUUUGAAAUUAAAAAGCUUUUGGAAAAACAUGAAUACAAAUUCAGGAUUUGUGCCAUAAACAAGGUUGGAGUUGGUGAAAAUGCUGAUAUCAAAGGUUCUGUUCUUGUGGAAGACAAACUGGAAGCACCAGAUACUGAUCUUGAUGCUGACUUAAGAAAGAUCAUCACCGUUAGAGCUGGAGGGUCUCUUAGAUUGUUUGUUCCAAUCAGGGGCCGACCUACACCUGAGGUCAAAUGGGGGAAAGCUGAAGGUGAAAUUAAUGAAACAGCACAAAUUGAUAUUACAAGCAGCUAUACCUCACUUGUAAUUGAAAAUGUCAAUAGAUUUGACAGUGGAAAAUACACUUUACAAUUGGAAAACUCAAGUGGAUCAAAAUCUGCGUUCAUUAGUGUGAGAGUACUUGAUACUCCUGAUGCACCUACAAACUUCCAUGUGAAAGAAAUAACAAAGAAUUCAAUAACCCUAACAUGGGAGCCACCUUUGCUGGAUGGUGGAGCUAAAAUCAAAAAUUAUAUUGUUGAGAAGCGUGAGAGCACAAGAAAAGUAUACUCUACUGUUGCUUCUUGCAAUAAAAUGACAUAUAAGAUUGAACAACUUGAAGAAGGUAAAAUAUACUUCUUUAGAGUCCUUGCUGAAAAUGAAUAUGGUAUUGGACUACCUGCGAAGACUCCAGAACCACUGAAAAUCUCAGAAGUGCCACAACCUCCUGGAAAAAUCUCUGUUUUGGAUGUUACACGCAAGAGUGUUUCUUUGUCUUGGGAAAAACCAGAACACGAUGGGGGCAGCAGAAUAACUCACUAUGAAGUUGAGAUGCAAGCAAAGGAGAGUGAAAAAUGGUCUCUGUGUGCACAAGUUAAAUCACUUGACACCACUGUUACCAAUUUAGUCCAAGGUGAAGAGUACAACUUUAGGGUAAUUGCAGUUAAUGACAAGGGAAAAAGUGAUCCCAGACUUUUGGCACACCCUGUUCUUGCAAAGGAUCUAGUAAUCGAGCCAACUGUAAGGACAAAACUUAGUACUUAUAGUGUACAAGUUGGCCAUGACUUAAAAGUUGAAGCACGAAUCAGUGGUCAUCCAAAACCAACUAUUACAUGGACUAAAGAUGGCGCAGUUCUAAAACAGACCACAAGGGUUAAUGUUGCAGAUACUGCACAUCAUACAACUCUAUCCAUUAAAGAUGCAACAAGAGAUGAUGGUGGUAUGUACAAUGUUACAGUGGCUAAUAUACUGGGACAAAAAGAGGCCAUCAUUGAAAUCAUCAUACUUGAGAAACCUGGUCCACCAACAGGCCCUGUCAGAAUAGAUGAAAUAAGUGCAGAGAGUAUUACAUUGUCAUGGGAUCCACCAACCUACACUGGAGGUUGCCAAAUUUCAAACUACAUUGUACAAAAGAGAGACACUACUACAACCAACUGGGUAGUUGUUUCAGCUACAGUAGCAAGGACUACACUUAAAGUUGGAAAUUUGAAAACUGGAGCUGAGUAUCAAUUUAGGAUCUUUGCUGAGAACAGAUAUGGAAAAAGCUAUGCUUUAGACUCAGAGCCAGUUGUUGCUCAGUAUCCUUUUAAAGAACCAGGGGCCCCUGGAACUCCAUUUGUAUCUGCAUUCACAAAAGAGUCUAUGGUUGUUGAGUGGCACAAACCCAUUUCAGAUGGUGGCAGUGCUAUUCUUGGAUAUCAUCUUGAGAGAAAGGAAAAGAACAGCAUCCUCUGGACAAAGAUAAAUAAAACACUUAUUCAAGACACCAGAUUUAAAACUUCUCCUUUGGAGGAAGGUAUUGAAUAUGAGUUCAGAGUCUCUGCUGAAAAUAUUGUUGGAAUUGGCAAAGGCAGCAAAGUUUCAGAGGGCUGUGUAGCCCUUGACCCAUGUGAUCCUCCUGGUACCCCUGUGCCGAUUAUUGUCACAAGACACUCAAUACUACUCAGGUGGACACCACCAGAAUAUGAUGGAGGCAGUAUGGUAACUGGAUAUGUUGUUGAGAAAAGAGACCUCCCAGAUGGCCGUUGGAUGAAGGCAAGUUUUGCAAACAUUCUAGAAAAUGAGUUUACAGUCACAGGUCUGACAGAAGACUCAAAAUAUGACUUCAGAGUCAUUGCCAGAAAUGGUGCUGGAUCAGUCAGCAAACCUUCUCAGACCACAGGACCUAUCACUGCUAAGGAUGAGGUGGUACCACCAACCUAUGAGAUUGACUCACAGUACACCCAAAUUAUCUCUGUAAAUGCUGGAGAUACAUUUACACUGGAGGCAUCUGUACUUGGAAAGCCAGUUCCAACCAUGCAGUGGUUCAAAGGUGAUGUAGAAGUUGAAACUUCAGCAAGAACUGAGACCAAGAACACUGACUUCAAAGCAGUUCUUGUUGUCAAAGAUGCUAUUAGAGUUGAUGGAGGACAGUAUACUUUGCAUCUUACUAAUGUUGGUGGAACUAAAUCUGUGUCCUUCAAUGUUAGAGUGCUUGAUAGACCUGGGCCCCCAGAAGGACCUUUGACAGUUUCUAAUGUAACAAGUGAGAAAUGCUCAUUGUCUUGGCUUCCUCCCAUACAUGAUGGUGGCAGCAAUAUUUCCCAUUAUGUUAUUCAAAAAAGAGAAACAAGCCGUCUUGCUUGGACUGUAGUGUCUAGUGAUUGUGGAGCAACCAUGUUUAAGGUUACUAAGCUUCUUAAAGGAAAUGAAUACAUCUUCCGUGUUAUGGGUGUCAACAAAUUUGGUGUAGGCGAACCUUUAGAAUCUUCACCAGUAUUUAUGAGAAAUCCAUAUGUUCCCCCUGGACCACCACGAGAACUAGAAGUAACAAAUAUUUCAAGGGAUUCCAUGACUGUAUGCUGGACUCGUCCUGAGACUGAUGGUGGAAAUGAGAUUGUUGGUUAUAUUGUAGAGAAGAGAGAUAGAGUUGGGGUCAGAUGGACAAAAUGUAACAAACGCAGAGUCACAGACCUUCGUUUCAGAGUCACAGGUCUCACAGAAGAUCAUGAAUAUGAAUUUAGAUUAUCUGCAGAAAAUGCUGCUGGAGUUGGAACACCAAGUUCACCAACUGUGUAUUACAAAGCAUGUGAUCCAACAUUUAAACCUGGCCCACCAACUAAUGCACAUCUCGUUGACACCACAAAGAACUCAGUAACUAUUGAAUGGAGUAGACCAAUUUAUGAUGGUGGCUUAGAAAUCCAGGGCUACAUUGUAGAGAUUUGCAAAGCUGAUGAGGAGGAAUGGCUUACAUGUACCCCGCCUACAGGGUUGAAUGAUACUAAAUUCACCAUAACCAAACUGACAGAACAUCAAGAGUAUAAGAUUCAGAUAUGUGCUCUUAAUAGACUAGGAGUUGGUGAGCCAGUUGCUUUGCCAGGCACAGUUAAGCCUGUUGAUAAAAUGGAUCCACCUGAAAUUGAACUCAGUUCUGAGUUAAGGAAGGGCAUUGUAGUCCGUGCUGGAGGAUCCAUGAGAAUUAACAUACCCUUCAAGGGCCGACCCACUCCGGAGAUCAACUGGACUAAGGAUGAUGGUGAUCUACCUAGUAAAGCUCAAAUCGAAAAGGGUCUGGAUUAUACCCAACUCUCAAUUGACAUCUGUGACAGAAAUGAUGCUGGAAAAUAUACUCUGACUCUAGAGAACAGCAGUGGUACCAAGACUGCAUUUGUUUCAGUUAAAGUUCUGGACACACCAGGAGCCCCACAAAACUUAGUUGUAAAAGAUAUCACAAGAAAUUAUGUUACUCUUGUUUGGGAGCCUCCACUUAUUGACGGUGGUGCCAAGAUAAAGAAUUAUAUUGUGGACCAACGUAAAUCAACUAGGCCGGCAUUCUCUAACAUUACUACAAAAUGUAACAAGACUACCUUACGUGUUGGUGAUCUCACUGAAGGUGGCAUUUAUUAUUUCAGAGUCAUGGCUGAGAAUGAGUUUGGUGUGGGUCUGCCCAUAGAAACAGAAGAUUCUGUAAAAACAGCAGAUCCUCCUCUACCAGUGGGUAAAGUCACUUUGACUGAUGUGACUAAAACUACUGCAUCACUGUCAUGGGAGAAACCAGAUCAUGAUGGUGGUAAUAGAAUUAUAGGAUAUUUUAUUGAAAUGCAGCCUAAAGGUUCUGAUGACUGGGUAGUGGCAACAACUACCAAAACAUGUGAGGGAACAGUCACAGGACUUAGCACUGGUCGUGAGUAUCUUUUUAGAGUUUCAGCCUACAAUGAUAAAGGAAAAAGUGAUCCAAGGGCACUAGCUACUCCAGUGACAGCCAAAGACAUUACAAUUGAACCAACCCUCCAAGUGACUUUCAACACAUACAGUGUCAAGUGUGGCGAAGACCUCAAAGUAGAAAUUCCAGUAAGAGGUCGUCCAGUGCCAAAGGUUGCAUGGAGUAAAGAUGAGCAAGCAUUAAAAGAGACAACCAGGCUAAAUGUCUCAAGCACUGCAACAUCAACAAUCCUUAGCAUUAAAGAUGCCAAUAGAGAGGAUUCUGGCAAAUAUACAGUAACAGCUACAAGCAGUGUAGGUACAGCCUCAGAGGAAAUUGGCAUAAUCAUCCUGGACAAACCUGGACCACCAGUUGGACCAGUUAAAAUUGAGGAAAUAAGUGCCAAUUAUGUUGUUAUUUCCUGGGAGCCACCAGUGUACACUGGUGGUUGUCAGUUAAACAAUUAUGUUGUGGAAAAACGUGACACAACAACCACAAACUGGCAGACUGUCUCAGCAACAAUUGCACGUACAACAAUCAAAAUCUCUAAACUGAGAACUGGUGUAGAAUAUCAGUUCAGAGUGUUUGCUGAAAACAGAUAUGGAAAGAGCUCUUCACUGGACUCGGUACCUGUCGUUGUUAGCUACCCUUUCAGUGAACCUUUGGCACCAGGCACACCAUUUGUGUCCUCAGUGACAAAGGACCACAUGGUCAUUCAAUGGAAGCCACCUAGCAAUAAUGGAGGUAGUGCUAUUCUUGGUUAUCAUAUUGAGCGCAAAGAAAAAAACAGCAUUCUGUGGACAAAACUUAACACACUCCUCCUUGCUGAUACACAUUUUAAAACAAAUGGUCUUGAAGAGGGUAUUGAGUAUGAGUACAGAGUGUAUGCUGAAAAUAUUGCAGGAAUGAGUCCAUUUAGCAAAGUUUCAGAAAGUGUUGUUGCACGUGAUCCAUGUGACCCCCCCGGUACUCCUGAAGCUAUCGUUAUAACAAGGAACCUUGUCACAGUUCAGUGGACAAAGCCACAAUAUGAUGGAGGCACUACAGUUACAGGUUAUAUUGUUGAGAGAAAGAAGUUGCCUGAUGGCCGCUGGAUGAAAGCCAGCUUCGCAAAUAUAAUUGACACUCAAUUUACAAUCACAGAAUUAACAGAAGGAGACAGAUAUGAAUUCAGAGUAAUUGCAAGAAAUGCAGCUGGAAUUUUAAGUGAACCUUCUGAAAGCACUGGCCCAAUUACUGCACAGGAUCAAAUUGAAGCACCUUCAGCCACUUUGGAUUCCAAAUUCAAGGAUGUCAUAAUUGUGAAUGCUGGUGAGACAUUUACCAUUGACGCUGACAUUGCUGGUAAACCAAUCCCUGACAUAAUUUGGCUUAAAGAUGGAAAAGAAAUUGAUAGUGCUACUCCAAGAAUGGAAAUUAAAUCCACCAUCACACGCACUGUUCUUACUGUCAAAGACUGCAUAAGAGUAGAUGGUGGACAUUUUGUCCUAAGUCUUAGCAAUGUAGGUGGAACAAAACUGGUGCCUGUAAAUGUCAAAGUUCUGGACAGACCUGGUCCACCAGAUGGCCCUCUGAAGGUAACCGGUGUCAAAGCAGAGAAAUGCUAUUUACAUUGGAGCCAUCCAACACAUGAUGGUGGAGCUGCUAUUUCACAUUACAUCAUAGAGAAAAGGGAAACCAGCAGACUCUCUUGGACUAUGGUAGAACCAAAAAUUCAAGCUAUCAGUUACAAAGUCACCAAACUCUUACCGGGCAAUGAGUACAUCUUUAGAGUCAGGGCAGUGAACAAGUACGGUAUUGGUGAACCUCUUGAAUCUGAACCAGUCAUUGCAAGAAAUCCUUUCAAGACACCUGGUCCUCCUUCAACUCCAGAAGCAAGUGCAGUUACUAAAGACUCGAUGGUUCUUACAUGGGAAAGACCAGAGGAUGAUGGCGGUUCACCAAUUGAGAGCUAUGUCCUGGAGAAGCGUGAUAAAGAGGGUGUCCGAUGGACAAAGUGCAACAAAAAAACACUAAGCGACCUGCGUUUCAGAGUCACUGGAUUAACAGAAGGACACGCUUAUGAAUUCAGAGUAUCUGCUGAAAAUGCUGCUGGUGUUGGCACACCAAGUGAACCAUCAGAAUAUUACAAAGCAUGUGAUGCAAUAUAUCCUCCUGGUCCUCCAAGCAAUCCCAAAGUAACAGAUCAUUCAAGCACAACUGUUUCUCUUGCAUGGAGUAGACCUAUUUAUGAUGGUGGUGCACUAGUCUCUGGAUAUAUUGUUGAGAUGAAAGAAGCCAGUGAUGAUGAAUGGAUAGUGUGUACACCUCCAACUGGAGUCCAAACCACGCACUUCACAGUCAAAAUGCUGAAGGAGAAUGCUGAAUAUAAUUUCCGCAUUUGUGCAGUUAAUAUUGAAGGUGCUGGAGAUCAUGUUGAUGUUCAAGGCUCUGUAAUUGCUGCUGAGAAACUUGAGGCCCCUGAAAUAGAGUUAGAUGCUGACCUAAGAAAAAUUGUUACUGUUCGUGCAAGUGCAACACUGCGCUUAUUUGUCACCAUUAGAGGAAGGCCUGAGCCUGAAGUUAAAUGGUCAAAGGCAGAUGGUCCUCUAACAGAGCGUGCCCAAAUUGAAGUCACAAGCUCUUACACCAUGCUUGUCAUUGACAAUGUUGACAGAUUUCACACUGGCAAAUAUGUUCUGACACUUGAAAAUAAUAGUGGCACUAAGUCUGCAUUCAUUAAUGUCAGAGUCCUGGACUCCCCAAGUGCUCCAGUUAACUUAUUGGUAAAGGAUGUCAAGAGGGAUUCAGUCCAACUACAGUGGGAAGCUCCACAUAUUGAUGGUGGUGCUAAGGUUACUCAUUAUGUUGUGGAGAAACGUGAAUCCAAAAGAAUGGCAUUUACAACUGUGGCAAAUAACUGUGUCAGGAAUUCAUUCAAGGUUGAUGACCUCCAGGAGGGAGGUGUUUAUUAUUUCCGUGUACUGGCUGUGAAUGAAUUUGGUGUUGGCUUGCCUGUAUCCACCACAGAGUCAGUAAAAGUAUCCCAAGCACCCCUACCUCCUGGUAAGGUUACACUUGUUGAUGUAACUCGCCAUACUGUAAGUCUCUCAUGGGAAAAGCCAGACCAUGAUGGUGGCAGUAAAAUAACUGGCUACAUAGUAGAAAUGUUGACCAAAGGGUCAGAAAAAUGGACAGCAUGUGCAACAGUAAAAGCACUGGAAGCCAGAAUUGAAGGACUUACAAGAGGAGAAGAAUAUUCUUUCAGAAUUGUAGCAAUGAAUGACAAAGGAAAGAGUGAUCCUAAACCAUUAGGAGCACCUGUUGUGGCCAAGGAUAUCACAAUUGAACCCAUCAUUGAUUUGCUGUUUAACACUUACAGUGUAAAAGCUGGAGAAGAUCUCAAAAUUGAUGUUCCAUUCAGAGGCAGACCCCAUCCAGAAGUGACAUGGAAGAAGGAUGGCCACUCACUGAAGCAAACAACCAGAGUAAAUGUUCUGACAUCUAAAUCAUCCUCCAAGAUUACUAUCAAGGACACAAUAAGGGAAGAUGCUGGAAAAUAUGAAAUUACACUGACCAACUCAAUUGGUAUUAAAUCAGCUGAAAUAACAGUUAUUGUUCUUGACAAACCAGGUCCACCAAUUUCAAUCAGAGUAGAUGAAGUAAGUGCUGAUUUCAUCUCCUUAUCCUGGGAUCCUCCAGUGUAUGAUGGUGGUUGUCAAAUCAACAAUUAUGUUGUUGAGAAGAGAGAUACAACAACUACAACAUGGCAAAUUGUUUCAGCCACUGUGGCACGGACAUCAAUAAAAAUAUCUCGUUUAACUCAGGGAACAGAAUAUCAGUUCCGCAUUGCUGCUGAAAAUCGUUAUGGCAAGAGUCAUGUUGUUGACUCUCCUCCAAUAGUUGCACAGUACUCUUUCUCACCACCAGGUCCUCCAGCUGAUCUUCAGGUUGCUAACAUCACAAAGUCAGGCAUGUUAGUUACAUGGAAACAACCAGUCAGUGAUGGUGGAAGCCCCAUCAUUGGAUAUCAUUUGGAGUGCAAGGACCAAAGUAGCAUUCUUUGGACAAAGGUCACAAGGAAUCUAGUUCCUGAUACUCAGUUCAAAGUAACUGGUCUUGAAGAGGGUCUUCUUUAUCAGUACAGAGUGUAUGCAGAAAAUAUUGCAGGCAUUGGAACUUGUACAAAAGCUUGUGAUCCUGUAGCUGCAAGAGAUCCAUGUGAUCCUCCAGGUCAGCCAAUUGUUAUGAACAUAACAAGAACUUCUGUUUCUCUCUCCUGGACAAAGCCUGAAAAUGAUGGUGGAGCCAAGGUGACUGGUUACAUUGUUGAGCGAAAAGAACUUCCAGAUGGUCGUUGGUUGAAGUGCAAUUUCACCAAUCUCCAAGAGACAUAUUUUGAUGUGACAGGUCUUAUUGAAGAUCAGAGAUAUGAUUUCCAUGUUAUUGCAAAGAAUGCAGCUGGUUUACUUAGUGAGGCAUCUGAGGGUACAGGCCCUGUUACAGUAAAGGAUGAUGUAGAUCCACCUUGCAUCACAAUUGAGGACAAACUCAGGCAACUUGUUGUAAUCAAAGCUGGAGAUAUACUGAAAAUUGAUGCUGAAAUUUCAGGCCGUCCAAUUCCUGUGAUUUCAUGGACAAAAGAUGGAAAAGAAAUUGAUGCUAAGGCAAGAGUUGAAAUUUCAUCAACUCGUACUACCACAACAUUGAUUGUUAGAGAUUGUAUUAGAAGAGACUCUGGACAGUAUGUUCUGACAUUACAGAAUGUUGCUGGUACAAGAUCAUUAGCAGUGAACUGUAAAGUUCUUGACAGACCUGGCCCAUCAUCUGGGCCACUUGAAGUAAUUGGUAUGACAGCAGAAAAAUGCUCCUUAUCCUGGGGCCCCCCCCAAGAAAAUGGUGGUGCCGAAAUUCAGCACUACAUUGUUGAGAAACGUGAGACAAGUCGCCUAGCCUGGACCCUAGUCUAUGCAGACAUGAAAGCAACAACAUGCAAAGUGACAAAACUGCUUAAGGGCAAUGAAUACAUUUUCAGAGUUCUAGGAGUAAAUAAAUAUGGAACAGGUGAAGCUUUAGAGAGUGAUCCUGUUAAGGCCAUGGAUCCUUUUACAGUACCUGCUGCACCAACAAAUGUUGAAGUCACUAGUGUAACAAGUGACGCAAUGACAAUCUGCUGGGAAAGACCUGUCUCUGAUGGUGGCAGUAGUAUUAAUGGCUAUGUAAUAGAGAAACGUGAAAAAUCUGGGCUCCGUUGGGUACGUGUCAACAAAAAGCCUGUUUAUGAUCUAAGAGUCAAAGCUUCUAAUCUGCGUGAAGGUUGUGAAUAUGAGUACCGUGUCUAUGCAGAGAAUGCUGCAGGCUUGAGUGCACCAAGCUUGCCUUGCCCAUUGACAAAGGCAGAGGACCCAUUAUUCUUACCAUCACCACCUACUAAGCCAAAGAUCAUUGAUUCUACCAAAAGCACAAUAACACUGUCUUGGAACAAGCCCUUGUUUGAUGGUGGUUCCCCCGUCACAGGAUACUCAGUUGAAUACAGGAAAACCAAUGAGGAUGACUGGAUUGUUGGAGUCCAACACACUAAGAACACUGAGUUCACAGUUGUAGGGCUGACAUCAGGAGCAGAGUAUGUUUUUAUGGUUAGAUCAGUUAACAAAAUUGGUCCUAGUGAACCAAGCCCUGAAACUGAUCCACAAGUAGCAAAGGACAGAGAAGAUGAGCCUGUUUUCCUCAUUAGUAAUGAAAUGAGAAAGACUCUAAUUGUUAAAGAUGGCAGCUCAUUUACUUUAAGAGUUCCAUUCAAGGGGAAGCCAGUGCCAAAUGUAAUGUGGAAUAAGCCCGAUGUUGACCUGAGAGUUAGGGCAGCAAUUGAUACCACUGAUACUUGCACAUCCAUCACAGUUGAGCAAGCUACAAGAAAUGACUCGGGCAAGUACAAUGUAACUCUUCAAAAUGUUGCUGGAACAGUUACACUAACACUGACUGUAAAAGUUCUUGAUUCACCUGGACCACCUGCCAGUAUAGUAGUUAAAGAAGUAACUAAAAAUUCUGCAACUGUUACAUGGGACACCCCUGAAAAUGAAGGUGGUGCUCCUGUCAAGAACUAUCUCAUUGAUAUGCGUGAGGCAAGCAAAAAGGGAUGGACCAGGGUUACAGAUAGCUGCCACCGACUUACUUUCAAAGUAACUGACCUUCAAGAGGGAGGUGUUUAUUAUUUCAGAGUUACUGGUGAAAAUGAAUAUGGCACGGGGGUACCACUCGAAACCAAAGAUGGAACUAAAAUUACAGAAAAACCAAGUCCACCAGAAAAGCUUGGUGUAACAGAGGUCACAAAAGACAGUGUCUCCCUUGCUUGGAGUAAACCUGAGCAUGAUGGAGGUAGUAAGAUUACCAAUUACCAGGUUGAUGCACUGGAGAAAGGACAGCAGAAGUGGAUAAAGUGUGGUGUCACCAAAUCAAUGCACUUUGUUGUCUAUGGCUUGCGAGAAAAUGCUGAAUACUUCUUCAGAGUUUGUGCUGAAAACCAUGCUGGACUUAGUGACCCUAAAGACAUGGUUAUGCCAGUGCUUGUUAAAGAUCAACUAGAGGCUCCCGAGAUUAACAUGAAGAACUUCCAACGUAAUACUGUCUAUGUAAAGGCAGGGUCAAACCUUAAGGUUGAGAUUCCUCUUACGGGAAAACCACUGCCAAAGGUCUCUCUCUCGAAGAGUGAUCAGAUUCUGAAAUCAACCAUGAGGUUCAAUUCGGAAGUAACUCCCGAAUCCCUUAUCAUCACUUUACGAGAGAGUGUUGCUCAUGAUGCAGGAAGAUAUGACAUUACUGCGUCCAACUCAAGUGGAACCACCAAGUCCUUUAUUAAUAUUGUUGUGCUAGACAGACCAAGUCUACCUCUUGGGCCUGUUGAGAUUUGUGAUACCACAGAAGACAGUUUAAGUCUGAAGUGGCUCCCUCCUGCUUAUGAUGGUGGUAGCCCAAUAACAAACUACAUUGUCCUAAAACGAGAAACAACUACUGCAAACUGGAUUGAAGUUUCAUCUGCAGUUGCAAGAUGCACAAUCAAGAUUAUGAAACUGACUACAGGAGUUGAGUAUCAGUUCAGAAUCAGGGCUGAAAAUCGUUUUGGAAUCAGUGACCACAUUGAUUCAUCACCUGUCACAGUCAAUCUCCCAUAUACAAUUCCUGAUGCACCUCCAACACCAUGGGUAUCUGGUGUCACUAGAGAAAGUAUUACUGUUAAUUGGAAGGAGCCUUCCUCUAAUGGAGGAAGCCAUGUGUUUGGAUACCAUCUUCAAAUGAAAGACAAGAACAGUAUUAUGUGGAAGAAGUUCAACAAAACUGUGAUCCGUGCCACACAUUGCAAAGUGACAAAUGUCAGUCCUGGCCUCAUCUAUGAGUUCAAGGUUGCAGCAGAAAAUGCAGCUGGCACUGGUCCAUUCAGCAAAAUUUCAGAUGCUGUUCUGGCAAUUGAUGCAUGUGAACCUCCAACUGAUGUUCGUGUCACUGAUGUCACAAAGAGUUCAAUCAGCCUUGCCUGGCAGAAACCAUCAUAUGAUGGAGGCAGCAAACUGACUGGGUACAUCAUUGAGAAAAAAGAUAGUCCAAAAGACAGAUGGUCAAAAGUUAAUCUGACCAAUGUUUCAGACACCAAGUUCACUGUGUCAGGUCUGACACAAGAUGAAUCUUAUGAAUUUAGAGUAUUAGCCAAGAAUGCAGUUGGCUCCAUCAGUAACCCUUCAGCUAUUGUUGGCCCAGUUACAUGUGUGGAUACCUAUGGUGCCCCUGAAAUUGAACUUCCUCAGGAAUAUCUUGAUGUGCUAAAAUACAAAGCAGGAGAGGCAGUUCAGCUGAAAGUUGGUAUUAUUGCUAAACCUCAUCCAACUAUUGAAUGGUACAAAGAGGGAAAAGAGCUGGAGUCUGGAGCUCAGAUAAUAAUUUCAAAUGCCGCUGAUUCUACGUGCAUAUCAGUCAAGGAUGCCACACGUUUGAACACUGGAACAUAUGAACUGAAGGUCAGGAACUCCUUGGGCUCAGCUUAUGCUGCCAUUAGAGUACUCAUUCAAGACAAACCUGGACCCCCUGUGGGAGAGAUUCAGUUUAAGAAAAUUACAGCAGACACUAUAACCAUCAUGUGGGAUCCUCCAGCUGAUGAGGGUGGUGCAAUGGUCACCCACUACAUUGUGGAAAAACGUGAGAGUAGCAGAAUUAUGUGGUCCGUAAUCUCUGAGAAACUGGAGGACUGCAUUGUGUCUGUUCCAAGACUGAUCAAAGGCAAUGAGUACAUCUUCCGUGUCCGUGGGGUGAAUAAAUAUGGCAUUGGAGAUCCUUUAGAAUCUGAGCCUGUUGUUGCGCAAAAUGCCUUUGUACCUCCAAGUCAACCAUCCAAACCUCAGGUCACUAUGAUCACACGAUCAACAAUGACUGUGGUAUGGGAACGGCCAAGCCUUGAUGGUGGCAGUGAUAUUGAUGGAUACUAUCUGGAGAAAAGAGAAAAGAAGAGUCUUCAAUGGUUCAAGGUUAUUAAAGAUCCGAUUCGUGAUACUAGGCAGAAAGUCAGCAGUCUCACUGAGGGAAAUGAAUAUCAGUAUCGUGUCUGUGCAAUUAAUAAAGCUGGAACAGGUCAAUACUCUGAUGCAUCCAUCUUCUAUAGAGCACAUGAUCCUAUUGAUCCACCAAGUGAACCAACAAAACUUAAAGUUGUUGAUUCAACUAAGACAUCAAUUACCCUUGGAUGGGUGAAACCUGUAUAUGAUGGUGGCAGUGAGAUCACUAGCUAUGUAGUUGAGCAGAUGAAGGCUGAUGACAAAGAAUGGGUUACUAUUAGCUCUAAAGGUGAAGUAAGAACCACUGAGUAUGUGGUGUCCCAUUUGAAACCUGGAGUGUACUACUAUUUACGCGUUUCUGCUGUUAACUGUGCUGGAACUGGACGUGCAAUUGAAAUGAUUCAGCCAGUACAAGCAAAGGAUAUUUUAGAGGAAGCUGAUGUUGAUCUUGAUAUUUCAAUGUCAACUCAGUAUACAGUAAAGGCUGGAAGAGAUGUGGAAAUAAUGAUUCCUCUCAAGGGCAGACCAGCACCCAAUGUUACAUGGAGGAGGGGAGACAGGAAUAUUAGUGGUGAUGCGAAAUAUACCAUUAAUAACACAGAAUAUUCAACAACACUUAUCAUUCCAAAGGUCACUCGGGAUGAUUCAGGCAAAUACCUUCUUGAAAUUGAAAAUGGAGUUGGUGAGCCAAAAACAAUUUCUAUAUCUGUAAAGGUAUUAGACUCACCAUCUGCUUGCAAUAAGUUGGUUGUGAAAAAUGUAACACGUGGAAAACUCACUCUGAGCUGGGAACCUCCUCUUAUCGAUGGUGGUGCUCCAAUUACCAAUUAUAUAAUUGAGAAGAAGGAUGCUAAAAUGAAGGCUUAUUCUAUAGUUACAGCAGAAUGUUCCAACACAUCAUACAAGGUCGAAGGUCUCUCUGAAGAGAUAGCUUACUUCUUCCGGGUAUCUGCUGAAAAUGAAAAUGGUAUUGGUGAUACUUGUGAAACCUCUGAACCUGUUAGAGCAACUGAGACUCCUGGUGCUGUAAAGAACCUUGUCAUGUUUGACUCAACUAACACGUCGGUAUCUUUGGCUUGGACAAAGCCUGAUCAUGAUGGUGGCAGCCACAUUUCUGAAUAUAUCAUUGAAAAGAAAACAAAAGAGGAGGAUACAUGGAGUGUUUGUGGCACCUGCAGAUGCUUCAAGUAUGAGCUAACACAUCUUAAAGAACUCUCUGAGGUUUUCUUCAGAGUGUAUGCCAAAAAUGAGAAAGGUCGCAGUGACUUCUCUCAAAUUGGACCUAUUACUGUGAAGGAAUUCCUCAUCCCACCUGAGGCUAACCUUAUUGACUACCCUAGUGGUGAAUUAAGUGUCCGCAUUGGACAAAAUGUGAACAUUGAAUUACCAUACAAAGGCAAACCCAAGCCAACAAUUCAGUGGAUGAAAGAUGAUUUCCCACUGAAGGAAAGUGAACAAAUUCGCUUUAGACAAACAGACAAUAAAGCUAGUCUGAUUGUGAGAAACACAGGAAAGGAGAAUGCUGGAAAAUAUACCUUAGUUCUUGACAAUAAACUUGUCAAGAACUUCUUUGACAUCAAGGUUAUCACUCUUGGGCCACCAUCUGCACCAGUGGGCCCCAUCCAGUUUGAUGAAAUCAAAGCUCAGAGCAUCAUUAUUUCAUGGAAUGUGCCACAGGAAGAUGGUGGUGGAGAAAUCACCUGCUACAGUGUGGAGAAACGUGAGACUUCUCAAGCAGCUUGGAAAAUGGUUUGUUCAAGUGUGGUCAGGACCACAUUCAAAAUACCCAACUUAGUUAAGGGCACUGAGUAUCAAUUCAGAGUGCGUGCAGAGAACAAAUAUGGAGUGAGCGAGCCUCUAACCUCAUCAGAUGUUGUUGCCCAGCACCAAUACAAGCCACCAGGCCCACCAGGAAAGCCUGUCGUAUUUAACGUUACAAGUGAUGGCAUGACAGUUUCAUGGGAUGCUCCAAGCUUUGAUGGUGGUUCUCCAGUUACCGGCUACCAUCUUGAGAAGAAAGACAGAAACAGCCUUCUUUGGAUGAAAGUGAAUUCCACUGUCAUCUCUGGCAGAGAAUACAGAGUGAUUGGUCUCAUUGAAGGCCUGGAAUAUUCAUUCAGAGUGUAUGCUCAGAACAAUGCUGGGAUGAGUCCAGUUAGUGAACAAAGCAAGCACAAACUUGCAAUUUCUCCUGUUGAUCCUCCUGGCACACCUAAUUGUAUUGAUGUUACAAGAGAUUCCGUCACACUCCAGUGGGAACCACCCAAACGUGAUGGAGGCAGUAAGAUUGUGGCAUACAGUGUUGAGAGGCGCCAAGGAAGAGCUCGCUGGCUAAGAUGCAAUUUUAUUGAUAUUAGUGAAUGCCAGUUCACAGUAACAGGCCUUGCUUGUGGUGAUCGCUUUGAAUUCAGAGUAAUUGCCAGGAAUGCUGUUGGAACGGUCAGUCCACCAUCACAGUCAUCUGGCUACAUUAUGACCAAGGAUGAAAGUGUUAUUCCUGAGAUUCGGUUCAGUGCUGAAAAAACUCUGACCAUCAAGGCUGGAGAAAACAUCAAGCUGAGUUGCAAUAUUAGUGGGCGACCUGUACCUCAAGUUACAUGGUAUAAGGAUGGAAAAGAACUUGAUAAAAUGCUUGUUGAUAUUACAACUGUCAUUGGAUCAAGCUCAUUGUUCAUUAGAGAUGCUGAUCGUGAAAAUCGUGGAGUUUACACCAUUGAAGCCAAGAAUAGCUCUGGAACAAAGAAAGAGGAUGUUCUUGUCAGAGUUCAAGAUACCCCUGGUCCACCCGAGGGCCCACUUCGCUUUACAAAUAUCUCUGCUGACAAGGCAAGUCUUUGGUGGAGUCCUCCAGAAAAUGAUGGAUGUGCAGCUAUCACGCAUUAUGUGAUUGAAAAGCGUGAAACCUCACGCAUUACCUGGGCACUUGUUACAUCCAAGUGUGAAGAUUGCUCUUUCACAACCACAAGCUUGAUUAAGGGCAAUGAAUAUCAGUUCCGUGUUUCUGCUGUCAACAAGUUUGGUGUUGGUAAACCACUGGAAUCUGAUUCAAUUGUUGCUAAAAUGCAAUACACUGUACCAGAUGCUCCAGGUACACCUGACUGCACUCAUGUGACAGGAAACAGCAUCACCCUAUGCUGGACAAGACCAAGAUUUGAUGGUGGAAAUGAGAUCAAGCACUAUAUACUUGAAAGAAGAGAGAAGAAAAGCUUAAGAUGGGUAAAGGUUUCAGCAAAGAGACCAAUCACUGAGCUCAGGCACAGAGUUACAAACUUGACUGAAGGAAAUGAAUAUGAAUUCCAUGUUAUGGCUGAAAAUGGUGCUGGUGUUGGACCUCCAAGUGGCACCUCCAGAUUAUUUAAGUGCAGAGAACCUACAAGUGUGCCUAGUGCACCAACAGUGGUGAAAGUAAUUGACUCAACAAAGACAUCUGUUACACUGGAAUGGACCAAACCUGUCUUUGAUGGUGGUUUGCCUAUCAUUGGUUACAUGAUUGAAAUGUGCAAGGCAAGCCUUGAGGAAUGGCACAGAGUUAACAGCCAGACUUGUCUCCAUACCCAGUACACAGUUAUAGAAUUGGAGCCAGGGGAAGAGUACAAAUUCCGUGUAUGUGCUGUCAAUGGUGCCGGAAAGGGAGAGACAACUGAGAUUCCAAAUGCAGUGCAAGCAGUUGACAGACUAACAUCACCAGAGAUUGACAUUGGUGCAGAUUUCAAACAGACACAUGUUGUGAGGAGUGGAGGAACAGUUACUCUCCACAUUCCUUUCCGUGGAAAACCUGCUCCUCUAGCUACAUGGACAAAGGCAGAUGGAGACCUUGGUGUGAUGGUGGAUAUUAAUACAACAGACACAUUCAGCACUUUGACAAUUGAAAAUUGCACUAGAUAUGAUGCAGGCAAAUACACACUUUCUCUUGAAAACAACAGUGGUCGUAAAUCUAUUACAUUAACAGUAAAAGUACUGGACACACCUGGACCACCAGGUCCUCUGUCAUUUAAGGAUGUGACAAGAGGAGCUCUGACGCUCAUGUGGGAUGCUCCAUCCAGUGAUGGAGGUUCCCGCAUUCAUCAUUACAUUGUCGAGAAACGGGAGGCAAGUCGACUGACUUGGCAAGAAGUCAGUCUCAAGUGUACUCGUCAGAUUCUCAGGGUGACUAACCUUGAUACUGGUGUAGCAUACGUUUUCAGAGUCAUAGCUGAAAAUCAGUAUGGUCAAGGUGAGCCUUAUGAAAUGUCGGAGCCAAUUAUUGCCACUGAAGAACCUGCACCACCUAAAAGACUGGAUAUUAUUGAUACUACAUCUUCAACAGCUACCUUAGUAUGGAUGAAACCUGAACAUGAUGGUGGAAGUCGAAUCACAGGCUACAUUGUUGAAACCAGAAAGAAAGGUUCUGAUCACUGGGUUGUUGGUGGUCAAACUAAGUCUUUGAAGAUGAUUCUUGAAGGAUUGGUUGAAAACACAGAAUAUGAAUUCCGUGUCAAGGCCCAGAAUGACACUGGAGUCAGUUAUCCAAGAGAUGCUCUCACUUCUGUCAUUAUCAAAGAACCUCGCAUUGAGCCAACUGCUGACCUUAGUGGCAUCAACAAACAACUUAUUACCUGUAAAACUGGUAAUUCCUUUACUAUUGAUAUCCCUAUUAGUGGUAGACCAGCUCCAAAAGUAACAUGGAAGCUUGAGGAGAUGAAACUCAAGGAAACCGAUAGGGUUUCCAUCAAAACGACCAAAGACAGAACUACGUUGUUGGUUAAAGAUGCCAAGAGAGGUGACAGUGGAAAGUAUUACCUGACUCUGGAGAAUGCUGCGGGGGCAAAGACAUUCACCAUCACUGUAAUUGUCUUUGGAAGACCUAGCCCACCAAGUGGUCCAUUUGAAAUUUCAGGAGUAACCUCAGAGUCCUGUGUGUUGACAUGGUCAGAGCCUACUGAUGAUGGUGGAACAGACAUCACUAACUAUAUAGUUGAGAAACGUGAAUCUGGUCAAACCUCUUGGCAGGUUGUGAACUCAAGCGUGAAACGCCCAACCAUCAAAGUGACACAUUUGACGAAAUACAUGGAAUAUACUUUCCGUGUCUGUGCAGAGAACAAGUUUGGUGUUAGUAAGCCAAUUGAGUCAGAAGCCAUUGUUGCUGAACAUCCAUUCAUCCCACCAAGUCCACCAACUCGUCCAGAUGUGGUGUCUGUAUCUGCUAAUGCCAUUUCUAUUAAAUGGGAUGUGCCGUAUCAUGAUGGUGGAAGCAAGGUGACUGGAUAUUGGAUUGAAAAGAAAGAGCGUAACACCAUUUUAUGGGUGCGGGAAAACAAGAUCCCAUGCCUUGAGUGUCACUACAAGGUCUCUAGUCUUAUUGAAGGACUUGAAUAUCAGUUCAGAGUGUAUGCAAUGAACAUUGCAGGUCUUAGCAAAGCCAGUGAAGCUUCAAGACCAGUGCUGGCUUUGAAUCCUGUUGACCCACCUGGUAAACCAGAGGUUUAUGACAUUACAAGAUCCUCAGUUUCUAUCAGAUGGUCUGAACCACUUAAUGAUGGUGGCAGCAAGAUUGUUGGCUAUGUAGUUGAACGCAAGGCAUCCUCAGAUGAUGAUGAAACUCGCUGGUUGAAGUGUAACUACACUACUAUUACAGACAACUUCUUUAUAAUAACAUCUCUUGAAGAGGGAGUGGUGUAUGAAUUCCGUGUCAUUGCCAGAAAUGGUGCAGGCGUCCAUAGUAUGCCAUCUGAAUCAACAGGAUUCGUUACAUGCAAAGAUGAAUACACACCACCAAAGGCUGAGUUAGACAGCAAGCUUGUGGGUGAAAUAGUCACUAUUAGGGCUGGAUCUGACCUCGUUCUUGAUGCUGCAAUUGGUGGUAAACCUGAGCCCAAGGUCUUCUGGUCCAAGGGUGAGAAGGAGUUGGAGCUUGGUGACAAAUACUCACUAACAUACACCAGCACAAGAGCUAUGGCAAUCAUCAAAUCAUGUGACAGAAAUGAUACUGGAAAAUAUAUAUUGACUGUUAAGAAUGCCAGUGGAACCAAGGUGGCAGCUGUCAGUGUUAAAGUCCUUGAUACCCCUGGACCUCCAGAGGGUAAAAUCACAAUCAGCAGGGUCACAGAGGAAAAAUGCACAGUUUCUUGGAAAAUGCCCAUUGAGGAUGGAGGAGACACUGUCACUCAUUACAUUGUGGACAGGCGUGAGACCAGUAGACUCAAUUGGGUUGUGAUGGAAACUGAAUGCAAGACCCUGUCUUGUGUUAGCACAAAACUCAUUAAGAACAAUGAAUAUAUCUUCCGUGUCAGAGGUGUUAAUAAAUAUGGACCUGGUGUACCACUGGAGUCUGAACCAGUUAUUGCAAGAAAUGCAUAUAUGAUCCCAACACCGCCUGGUGCACCAGAAAUUGCUGCUGCUGGAAAGCAACAUGUCAUCAUUGAAUGGCUGAAGCCAGAGAGUGAUGGUGGAAGUGAAAUCAAAAACUACCUUGUGGAUAAACGCGAGAAGAGUAGUGUGAGAUGGACAAGAGUGAACAAAACUUUCACAAUCUAUGACACAAGACUCAAGAUUAUGGGUCUCUUAGAAGGAAGUGAAUACCAAUUCCGUGUUGCAGCUGUUAAUGCUGCUGGCACUAGCUUACCAAGUGAUGCAUCUGAAUAUGUCCUUUGCAGGGAGCCAACAUAUACCCCUGCUCCUCCAUCAAUUCCUCGUAUAACAGAUUCUACCAAACACAGCCUAACAAUGUCAUGGACCAGACCUAUGUAUGACGGUGGUUCAGAUGUCACGGGCUAUGUAAUUGAGAUUCUGGAGGAGGGAACUGAACAGUGGUAUAGAGCCACUCAGAAGAUUCUGACCACCACUGAGUAUACUGCAGCUGGUCUGACAAGCAACAAAAAAUAUAGCUUCAGAGUAGCUGCAGUGAAUGCAAUGGGCACAGGAGAGUUCAGUCAAGGGACUGUGGAGACUGCACCUUCAGAGAGAAUUGAAAUUCCUGAUAUUGAAUUACCUGAAGAUCUGAAGAAGACAGUUUGCCUGAGGGCUGGUAGCACUCUGCAUCUAAAUGCACUCAUACUUGGAAGACCAAUGCCAGUUGUUACUUGGAGAAAAACUGGCAUUGACCUCCAGUCCCGUGGAUACAUUGACACAACAGAAAGCACCACCGUUUUGACAGUGGAGAAGGUGCACCGUUAUGAUGCCGGCAAAUACACAAUUGAGGCAGAAAAUCCAUCUGGAAAGAAGACUGUUACAAUUCUUGUCAAGAUUUAUGAUACUCCUGGACCCUGUGGUGCAGUCAAAGUCAAAGAUUACACUAAAGAAUCGGUUGUCAUUACAUGGGAUGUUCCCACUGUUGAUGGAGGGGCUCCUAUAAACAACUACAUUAUUGAAAAGCGUGAAGCAUCAAUGAAAUCUUACAAAACCGUGACAAAUGAAUGCAAGAAGACCUUGUAUAGAAUUACUGGAUUAGAGGAAGGAAUUCGAUACUUCUUUAGAGUGUUGCCUGAGAACAUAUAUGGUAUUGGAGAACCUUGUGAAAUCAGUGAUUCAGUAUUGGUAUGUGAAGUUCCAUCUGUUCCUCAAGAUUUGCAAGUGAUUGAUGUUACAAAGUCCACUGUUACUCUUGGAUGGGAGAAACCACUUCACGAUGGAGGCAGCAGACUUACUAACUACAUUAUUGAAGCAUGCAAGACAGGAACAGACAGAUGGAUUAAUAUUGCUAAUGUGAAGGCAUCAGCGUCACAGCAUACAAUAGCUUCUCUGAAUGAGAAUGAGCAAUAUAUGUUCAGAAUCAGAGCAGAGAAUACCAGAGGCCUUAGUGAGCCCAGAGACCUGAUGUCCCCUGUAACUAUUCAAGAACAGAGAGUUAUGCCGAAGAUUGAUCUGGCUGGUAUGCCACUAAAGAUCAUCAAUGUGCCCGCUGGUAGGCCAAUUGUGCUUGACAUUCCAAUCAAAGGAAGACCACCACCAACUUGCUCAUGGUUCUUUGGAGGUGUUAAGAUGAAGGACACACUUGACCGUAUCAAGAUUGAGACAACUGUCAAAUACACUAAACUGACAGUUCGUGAAACCACAAUUGACGACACUGGUGAUUAUACACUAGAAGUAAAGAAUGACAUGGGAAUAGCUACAGAAAUCAUUAAAGUCAUCAUUCUUGAUAAACCUGGGGUGCCUGUUGGACCUAUGAGAAUUGAUGAAGUUGAUGCAACAUCUGUUACAUGUAGCUGGAAUGCACCAGAAAAGGAUGGAGGUGCCAAUAUAAGUGGUUAUGUUGUUGAGCAGCGUGAUGCUCAUCGUCCUGGAUGGUUGCCUAUUUCUGAAUCUGUCACAAGGCUUGCAUUCAAAUUCAGUAGACUGACUGAAGGAAUGGAAUAUGUGUUCCGUGUGGCUGCAACAAAUCGCUUUGGCGUUGGUGCAUUCCUUCAAUCUGAAGUUGUUGAGUGCAAGAGUGCCAAAACUAUUCCUAAUGCACCAAGCAUACCUGAAAUAUUUGAUGUGUCUCAUGAUGGCAUGACACUUACAUGGAGACCACCAGAAGAUGAUGGUGGUUCUUCAAUCGCUGGCUAUAUCAUUGAGCGUAAAGAAGCUGGAUCUGACAGAUGGGUGCGCAUUAAUAAAAAUCCAGUGACAAUGACAAGAUACAGAUCAACAGGACUUGUUGAAGGUCUUGAAUAUGAGUACAGAGUAACAGCUAUUAAUUCUAGAGGCACUGGCAAACCAAGUUUGAGCUCUAAACCAGUGAUUGCAAUGGAUCCUAUCGAACCUCCUGGGAUACCACUGAAUCCGAGAGUCACAGAUACCACCAGGACAUCUGUGUCACUGGCAUGGUCUCCCCCAGAAGAAGAAGGAGGUGCCACCAUUAUUGGUUACCUGAUUGAGAUGCAGAAGGUUGACCAGGUCGAAUGGACCAAAUGCAAUACAACACCAACAAAAAUUUGUGAAUACACACUAACACAUAUGCCACAGGGUGCUGAGUACAGAUUCCGUGUGAUGGCGUGCAAUGCUGGUGGACCUGGAGAACCAGCUGAAAUACCAGGAGUGAUUAAGGUCACAGAAAUGCUUGAAUAUCCUGAUUAUGAGCUGGAUAAGAAAUAUCAAGAGGGCUAUAUUGUCAGACAAGGUGGAGUCAUCAUACUCUCUGUGCCAAUUAAGGGAAAACCAUAUCCAAUAUGUAAGUGGACAAAAGAAGGGCGAGACAUUUCUCACAGAGCUAUGAUUGCCACCGGUGAGGACCGCACAGAGCUGAUGAUCAGGGAAGCCCACAGAGAUGACACUGGCACUUAUGAUCUUGUGUUGGAGAACAAAUGUGGAAAGAAAGCUGUGUACAUCAAAGUCAAAGUUAUUGGACGCCCAGAUCCACCUGAAGGUCCUCUGGAAUUUGACGAUAUUCAAGCACGUUCUGUAAGAGUCAGCUGGAGACCACCUUCAGAUGAUGGUGGCGCUGAUGUCCUUGGGUACAUUGUGGAGAGACGUGAGGUACCAAAGGCAGCCUGGUACACUGUGGACUCUCGUGUGGUUGACACAUCACUGGUGGUCAAGGGAUUAAAGGAAAAUGUUGAAUACCACUUCAGAGUUUCAGCAGAGAAUCAGUUCGGAAUUAGUAGAUCUCUGAAAUCUGAUGAAUCAGUUAUGCCCAAGACCCCUCUCUGUCCACCAGAGCCUCCCAGCUUCCCUCCAGAAAUUAUGGAUGUCACAAAAACAAGUAUUGGUCUAUCUUGGUCAAGGCCAAAGGAUGAUGGUGGUUCACGGGUCACUGGAUACUACGUCGAGAGAAGAGAGUUGUCCACUGAGAAGUGGGUGCGUCACAACAAGACUCAUAUCACGACAACAAUGUAUACUCUCACUGGUCUUAUCCCUGAUGCACAAUAUCAGUUCCGCGUGGUCGCUCAGAAUGAUGUUGGUGAAAGUGAGCCUGGACCAGUAUCUGAAGCAAUUGUAUGCAAAGAUCCAUUUGAUAAACCAAGUCAACCAGGUGACAUUGACAUCAUUUCCAUUACCAAGGAUAGCAUUACCAUUCACUGGCUACGCCCUGAAUUGGAUGGUGGCAAAGAAAUCCUAGGAUAUUGGAUUGAGUUCAGACAAGCAGGUGAAAGUGCCUGGAAAAAAUGCAACAAGGAGCGUUCAAAAGACAGGCAAUUCACCAUGGGUGGUCUCAUGGAGGCAACAGAAUAUGAAUUUAGAGUGUUUGCUGAAAAUGAAACUGGACUGAGUAGACCUCGUAGAACUGCCAUGGGUAUUAAAACCAAACUGAGCGUUGGAGAAGCACCAAGUCUGAAAGAAGAGAUGAAAGACAACACCACAAAUCUGGGAGAAUCUGGAACAUUGUCUUGCCAGAUUAUUGGAAGACCUCUUCCUGAAAUUAAAUGGUAUAGAUAUGGAAAGGAACUGAUGCAGAGUCGCAAAUACAAGAUGAGCUCUGAUGGUAGAAAUCAUUCUCUAACAGUAUUAACAGAUGAGCAAGAAGAUGAAGGUCUGUACACUUGCAGAGCCAUUAAUGACGCUGGUGAGGUUGAAACCAGUGGCAAGCUCUUUUUGCAGGCUGCACCCCAAUUCCAUCCUGGAUUUCCAUUAAAGGAGAAAUACUAUGCAGGAUGUGGAACAAGUCUACGCCUCCAUGUUGUCUACAUUGGACGGCCUAUCCCACAAAUCAUGUGGUUCUAUGGAAAGAAACCCCUGAAACCAUCAGAGGAUAUAAUUAUUGAAAACACAGACAAUUACACCCAUCUAGUUGUCAGGAAUGUGCAGCGCAAGACGAAUGCUGGCAAGUACAGGGUUCAGAUGAGCAAUAAAUUUGGUACAAUCGAAACAGUGCUUCGUGUUGAAAUCCAAGAUAAACCUCUGAUGCCUGAAGGACCAAUUGUUGUCGAAGCUCUCCUAAAGAACUCUGUAAUCAUUAGUUGGAAGCCACCUAAGGACGAUGGUGGCUCACUGAUUACAAAUUACAUUGUAGAAAAACGAGAGGCAAAGGAGGGCGAGCAAUGGCAUCUUGUAUCAUCAUCUGUCUCAGGAACUACUUGCCGUGUUCUAAAUCUAAUUGAGAGUGCCGGAUAUUACUUCCGUGUUUCUGCACAGAAUCAAUAUGGUAUUAGUGAGUCACUGGAGAUUCCAGCUGUUCUUAUUAUCAAGAGUCCAUUUGAAAAACCAGGUAUCCCACACCAGCCAGUUGUUACUUCUGUCUCAAAGGAUUCAUGUGUUGUGACAUGGAAACCUCCAUCCAGUGAUGGCGGUGCCAAGAUUAAGAGUUACUAUAUUGAAAAGAGAGAGAAGAAACAGAACAAAUGGAUUGCUGUUACAACUGAGGAAAUUCAUGAGACACACUAUACAGUUAAAGGCCUGAUUGAAGGCUUUGAAUAUGAAUUCCGUGUCAAAUGUGAGAACAUUGGCGGAGAGAGUGAUUGGAGUGAAAUUUCAGAACCGGUCAUUCCAAAGUCUGACACAGCUCCCCGUGCUCCAUUCUUCAAGGAGGAACUGAGAGACAUGUGUGUAAAAUACAGGGCCAAUGCAACCUUUGUCACUAAGGUUAUUGGAUAUCCUAAGCCGGUGGUUAAAUGGUACAAGGGUGGCAAAGAAAUUUUACCAGAUGGUGAAAAGAUCAAGAUCCAGGAAUUCAAGGGAGGCUACCACCAACUUGUUAUCAGUAAUGCUGAUGAGAAUGAUGUAGCUGUUUACCAAAUCAGAGCCACUAAUCAGGAAGGAUCAAUCUCUACAACUGUAACCCUUGAUGUUGAAGUUCCUGCCAAGGUUCAUUUACCACUACAUCUCCAAGGUAUGGGAGCUGUUCAUGCUCUUCGGGGUGAGAUGGUUACCAUCAAGAUUCCAAUCAGUGGUAAACCAGAUCCUGCAAUAACAUGGCAGAAAGGACAAGAGAUACUGAGUAACACAUCAUACCAUCAAGUAAUUGUUACAAGAUCCUUCACAUCCCUUGUGUUCCUAAAGGGAGUACAAAGAAAGGAUGCUGGGUACUAUAUAAUUUGUGCCAAGAACCGGUUUGGCGUUGAUAAGCAGACAGUUGAACUUGAUGUUGCUGAUGUACCCGAAUCACCUAAAGAUGUUAAAGUUAGUGACAUUGGCAGAGAUACUAUCACACUCACAUGGACUCCUCCAAAUAAUGGUGGAAGUGAAAUUACUAGCUACAUUAUAGAGAAGUGCCCAGUCUCUGGUGACAGAUGGAUACGUGUUGCCCAGACAUCUGAGGCACAAUAUACUGUGAUGAGUUUAUUUGGAAAGACCAAAUACCAGUUCCGUGUUAUUGCUGAAAAUCAAUUUGGAUUCAGUCACCCAUCUGUACCAACUGAGCCUGUGACAACAAGGGAAGACAAAUAUGCUAUUAGAAACUAUGAUGAAGAAGUGGAUGAAGCAAGAGAGGUUACAAAGGAGGAAGCACCACAUUCUAAGGUUAAGAAUGUGCCUUCUCUUUACAAAAUAUCAGAGGAACUUGCACGGUGUGGACACUUUGGAAUUGUUCAUCGCUGUGUUGAGAUUAGCUCCAAGAAGACAUUCUUGGCUAAGAUGAUAAAGGUGAAAGGUGCAGAUAGAGAGCUGGUUGCAAGAGAAAUUGAGACACUGAAUAUUGCAAGACACAAGAACCUAUUGUAUCUUCAUGAAUCCUUUGAUAGCUUGGAGGAAUAUGUUCUGAUCUAUGAAUUCAUAUCAGGCAUGGACAUCUUUGAGCGUCUUGGAACAACUUUUGACCUCACUGAGCAAGAAAUUGUUCGGUACAUGAGGCAAGUUUGUCAGGCUCUCAAGUUUUUGCAUGGCCUCAACUAUGGCCAUUUUGAUAUAAGACCUGAUAACAUUGUAUAUGCCACAAGGAAGAGCAGUACAGUCAAGAUAAUUGAAAUGGGCCAGGCAAGGCUGUUGACACCUGGAGAAAAUAUCAGAAUUCAGUUCACUGCCCCAGAAUACUGUGCACCUGAAAUACACAACAGUGAUUUUGUUACCACUGCUACUGACAUGUGGUCAGUUGGAGUUCUUGCAUAUGUUCUUCUCAGUGGUAUCAAUCCAUUCGCAGCUGAAUCAUCUCUAAAAAUGAUUGAGCACAUCUCCAAUGCAGAAUACAUAUUUGAUAGUGAAGCAUUCAAAGAGAUUAGUACUGAGGGAAUGGACUUUAUUGACAGGCUGCUGACUAAAGAAUGCAAACAUCGCAUGACUGCAUCCGAGGCUUUGGAGCAUCCUUGGCUCAAGAUGAAAAUCGAAAACAUCAGUUCUAAGGUUAUAAAGACUUUGAGACACAGACGAUACUACCAGUCACUUGUCAAGAAGGAGUGGAGCACUGUCAUUUCGGCAGCUCGUGUUGCCUAUGGUGGUGGGUACAGAAACCAGAGGAAUGUUUCAUUUGGCAGAGUGAAAAUUGGACCCCCAGAGCAAGGCCUAAGAGCAGGUCCAGUUAUGCAUGGUUCUGCUGAAGAAGGUGGUCAUGUCCGAUUUAUGUGCAACAUUGAGAACUAUGACAGAAACACACAGGUGACCUGGUACUUUGGCUCUCAUAAAUUGACAGCUAGUCAUAAGUAUGAAAUCAACUAUGCCAAUGGAAUUGCAAGCAUCUAUGUAAAAGACAUUGAGGAACGUGAUGAUGGACUAUACAGAUGCCAUGUUGUUAGUGAAGACAGGGAAGACAAUGCCUAUGCAGAGCUAUUUGUUGAGAGUGUGAGGUCCUAUCGUGAGUACUUCCUUGGACGUUCACUUAAGAAGCUUAAGCGUAGAAUUGACAAAACCAAACUUCUUCAAAGGCCUCCUGAGUUUACUCUGCCACUGUACAACCGUACAGCAUACAUUGGUGAGGAUGUACGCUUUGGUGUAACUAUAACUGUCCACCCAGAGCCACAAGUAACAUGGCUAAAAGCAGGACACAGAAUCAAACCUGAUCCAGAGAAAUACACAUUUACAAGCGACAAAGGUCUUUAUCAGCUAAUGAUUCACAAUGUUGAGCUUGAGGACGAUAGUGAAUACACUGUGGUAGCAAACAACAGGUUUGGUGAAGACAGUUGCAAAGCACGUCUAACCAUAAAAUCUCAUGCUGUUGUUGAAGACACAAUGAGACCAAUGUUUAAACGCCUCUUGGCAAAUAUUGACUGUGUUGAGGGACAAAGUGUCCACUUCGAUUUGAGAGUGUCGGGAAUUCCACCACCAACUCUGAAAUGGGAAAAAGAUGGCAAGCUUCUUGAAUUCAGACCACAAGUUGAAGUUGUUCAACAAGAUAGUGACUACUAUGUUCUCCAUAUUAGAGAAACACUUAUUGAGGACUCUGGCAUUUAUAGAGUCACUGCCACUAACUCAGCUGGUUCAGCAAGUUGCCAAGCAACACUCAAGGUUGAACGUCUAACUUAUACAAGGAGAGAAUUCAAGAGUGAGGGAGAAAAACAGAUAUAUGUACAAAAUCAAAUUGAGAAAACACUGAAAAUGGCACAAGAGUUCUCAGCAACAGAAAUGACCAUACUUAAUCCUGCAGCACAAGAGGCACUAAAAGAAGCUGCUGAACUGUACAAGCCUGCCGUGAGCACAAAGCAUGUGCAGGGAGAAUUUGACAUCUCUGACAAAGAAGAUAGAGAAAUAAAGAAAAUUAAGGAGGAAGGCAGGAAAUUAGAAUGCCUUCUGAAAUUCCCAGAUGCUCGUGUACAUGAUCCAACCGUUCUUGAAGAGGACAUGGGUAUCAAACACUUUGUGCCUUUAUCUGACAUGAAGUGGUAUAAGAAACUCUGUGACCAAUAUGAGAUUCCUGAACGCAUGGAGAGAGUUGUGCAGAAAAGACAGAAACGUAUCCGUCUUUCAAGAUGGGAGCAAUUCUAUGUUAUGCCACUCCCUAGAAUUACAGAUCAGUACAGGCCAAGGUGGCAUAUUCCAAAGCUUACUCUAGAUGAUCUAGAAACUGUAAGACCAGCAAGGCGCUCACCAUCACCAGAGUCAGAAGUCUCCUUCAAACUAAGAAGACGUUCUCUAGGUGAUCUUUCAGAUGAGGAGAUCAUCCAGUCUGUAGAGGACUACUUGACAAAGAGAAGAAUUGAAGAAGAGAAGCAAAAGCUGGAGGAAGAGCUUGAACUUGGAUUCUCCGCCUCCCCUCCUAGUGGAAGUCCUGUCCACUUUGAACUGUCAGCACUGCGCCGUCCAUCACCCAGGGUUGUCCACAAAGCUGAAGUAAAACAUGUAGAGGAAACCAAACACGUAUUAAUGGCAGAGAAACAUCAUGGUUCUCCACCACCCAUUUCCCAUUUCAUAAGGAGGCGGAGAUCUCUAUCUCCAACAUAUAUCGAACUGAUGCGCCCGGUCUCUGAACUGAUCAGACCACCGCGUGUACGUGUGCCAGUGGAAGCUGAGGAAGGUGAGAUAAUAGAGAGGAGGUCACCUACUCCUGAAAGGACACGUCCACGGUCUCCUAGUCCAAUAUCUCCUGACAGGAGGUCUUCAAGGUCCUCUUCAAGAUUUGAAAGAUCUGCACGAUUUGACAUCAUGUCUAGAUAUGAGGCAAGAAAAGCUGCUCUAAAAUCUGAGCGGAAGUAUCAGGUUGUGACACAGCAACCCUUCAGUCUUGACCAUGCACCACGCAUCACAGUUAGAAUGCGCUCACACCGUGUCCCAAGUGGUCAAGACACUAAAUUCACUAUGAAUGUCCAAGCGAAGCCAGAAUGUGAAAUUCAGUGGUUUCAUAAUGGACAAGUGAUUCAUGAGAGCAACAAAUAUUGCUUUACAAACAUGAGCGGUGUGCUGACUCUCCAUAUUACUGAUUGUCAAGCAGAGGAUAGUGGCACAUAUCGUGUUGUCUGCACAAACGCCAAGGGAGAAGCAUCGGAUUAUGGAACUCUUGAUGUAUCAGGAGGAGCAUUUACAACAUACUCCUCAAGACGCAGAGAUGAGGAGGCUCCAACGCUAUUUGUACCUGAACUGACAAAGACUGAUUAUUACCACACAACAACAAUCAGGGCCUCUUCUGCCUCAAGAACACACUUAGAAAUCAAAGAAAGCAAGACGAAAAUUACUGAGAUACAUGAAGCUUCUGCAAGUGAAAAAUAUGAGUCUGAAAGGCUUGCAUCAUCACCUAUCAGACAUUCAUCAACUGAAUACCUAUCAUCUACUUCAUAUUCUUCCUUAGAACGAUAUACAUCAUUGGAAUCUAAGUCAAGAAUUGAUUCUACAUCUACAACAGCAGUAACUACUAAGAAAGUCAAAGCCACUCUGUCAGCCCAAAUACUCACCAAACCACAGUCUCUAAUAGUAUCUGUGGGUGAAUUUGCAAAAUUUACCUGUGACAUUGAUGGAGAGCCAGCGCCAAGUGUUACAUGGAUGCAUGAGGGACGUAUUGUUAUCACUUCCCAUCGUGUACAAGUGACAACAACACAGUACAAGUCUACAUUUGAAAUAUCUUCAGUAGACUUUUCAGAUGAAGGAAGCUACUCUGUAGUGGUUGAAAAUUCAGAGGGAAGGCAAGAGGCAAAGUUUACCUUGACCAUUUACAAACCAGCACCAAAAGAAAAGGUUGUUGCACCCUCCCAAGUCAAACCUCCUGAGGCAGCAGUGAAAUUACCUGAGCCUUCUGCAAAAACCCCAGUACCUGUGAAGUCACCAGAACCUUUGGCAAAAUCUCCUGCAUCUUCUGUCACAUCUUCAGUUAAGUCUCCAGAGCCAUCAGUCAUAUCCCCAGUACCAUCAGUUAAGUUUCCAGAGCCUUCCAUGAAGUCACCAGAACCCACUGGUGUUAAGUCCCCUGAAACUGAGAUCAAAUCACCUGAGGGUGUCAAAUCUCCAAUAAGGGUAAAGUCUCCUGAGCCAGGGACUGUUGGCCCCAGAGUCAGGUCCCCACUCCCAGUCAAAUCCCCUGAAGUCAAGUCUCCUCCAAGAGUGAAGUCUCCAGAACUAAUUACCUCCCCUCUGAAAGUUAAAUCUCCCACAGGCCUGACGUCUCCUGAACCAAUAGCUUCCCCUCCAAGAGUGAAAUCUCCAACUCCAGUUAAGUCUCCAGAGCCAACAUCCCCACCUCAAAGAGUUAAAUCUCCAACAGGCACAAAAUCUCCUGAACCAAUUAGUUCUCCACUGAGGGUAAAAUCACCAUUAGGCAUGAAAUCACCUGAGCCAUCCACCUCUCUUCAAAGGGUGAAAACCCCACCAAUGGCCAAGUCUCCUGAGCCAAUAACAUCACCCAAAAGGGUUAAAUCUCCUCUUACUGUGAAAUCACCACCAAAGAUUCUCCAGCAACUUAAAGCUGAGGCAUCUGAAGAUAAGGUGAAGAUGAUUUGUGUUGCUGACAGCUCUGUGAGAGAGGUUUUGUGGUAUAAAGAUAGCAGGAAACUGAGCCAGAGUAAUCACUAUCAGAUCCAUACAGCUGCUGAUGGCACAUGCUGUCUUUAUAUAUCUGAUCUGUCUGAGAAUGAUAAGGGUGAAUAUUCCUGUGAAAUGACUGGAGAAGGUGGAGCAGUCUCAAGAACAUCAUUCUCAUUUGUUGGUCAAGUGUUCCAAUCCAUCUCUAAAAAAGUAACGACUUUUGUGUCUACACGUAUGGCUGUGAAAGAAUCAGUGUCCUCCAAGACCCAAGAGGGGGCUGAAGUGCUAAUGAAGGAGAGUGCUGCUGUCAGCAGCAUGCAAGAAAGUUUCUCUUCAAAAUCUAUCCACAUGGAAAGUACUAUGCAAGAGACAUCAUUUAGCAGUUCCACCAUGGCUGAAAUGAAAUUUGAAACAAUGUCCAUGUCCAGCAUGUCCUCCAUGACUUCUGAAUCGGCGUAUGCUAUGAGCUCAAGCAGCAUGAUGUCAAGUCAUUCACAGGCCGAGGGAACCACAGUAAGAGCCAUUUUGCAUAGCGGUCAAGGUUCAGCUCCAAGAAUUGAAGCCCUCCCUGAAGACAUCAGUAUUGAAACUGGAAAGGUUUUGACAGUAGCAUGUGCUUUCUCUGGCGAGCCUUCACCUCACAUUGAGUGGUCCCGUGGAGGAAAGACACUUCCAACUGCUGAAGAGAGUGGAAGGUUCCACAUUGAGACAACUGAGGAUCUCACCACACUCAUCAUCACUGGUGUAAAACAGAGUGAUGCUGGCUUGUACACCCUCAAACUUUCCAAUGAGCAUGGAUCUGACAUGGCAACAGUCACCAUCAACAUUCGAUCACUGUAAAACUAAUAACCAUCAUUUCACCCCCUUGCCUUAUUAAGUGCCUUUUUAUUUAUUGAAAGAACAAAAAAAAGAUAUUUACUUGAUAACUACCUGGAUAUCUGUUCCUGUAAAUAUGAACUAUUUUUAUACCAAACUUGACAUUAAUUUAUGCCAAACUAGACUAAAGUCUAAAGUUGUUAUAAAAUGUGCCAUAUUGGAUAAUUAUGACUAGGAUUUUUGAUCCAUUUUUCUGUGACAUGUACAUAAUGUAUAUAGCCGAAUUUAACGGUUAUGGGAAAUGUAUGAAUUGUUAUUUAUGACAAUAUAACUGAAACAAAUGGAACUAAUUGUUUAUCAGGAGAAAGUUUCAAAUGAAACGAAUACCCUGUUAAACCUGAAACUAAACUCUGUGCCUCAACAAAAAGUUGAAGUCUUAAGAUUGCCUCAACAGGUAGAGAGGCUCCCUGUUGAAGUUCUACUAAAUUAAAGAGACAAAGUUAUGCACUGUACAUCUGUGCAUGCAGUAUUACAAUACUCAAAUGAAUUUAUAACUUGACCAUAAGACCCUGAGUGCUGUUUGCAUCUUACCCUCAUGUAAGCAGCACAACUGGGCCUUGUGUUCAGACUGACUAUGUCAUACCACCAUUUUAAUGACAGGCUCAAAGUGCGAGCGGCCUGCACUUAAUGAGCUAAACUGUUUAAUGUGCUCUAUUUCUGACAAGGGACUGCUUGAAUACACUUUUAGAAAUAACACCACCUGGCCAACAUGGAAAGUCUAUCUUGUACUUCCUUGCAGAAGCAGAGCCUUCUCUUGGAGGAUUGCUUUGUUGUAUUGUGUGUUUGUGUGCUAGCUAUAGAACUCACCUUUACUGUUGUUGGGCAAAAAUCAAGUAAGUGCACCACAGUAACAACAUCUGCUGUGCAAAGAACAAAAACGAAUGAAUCAGCUCAGUCAACAACUAUGUGCCCUAUACUUUGGUUUGAUUUUAUGUAGAACUGUAGUAUUAAUUUUAAAUGCAACCUCCUUGAGUAUUAUUAUAAUUGAUUCAAUAAAGCAUGUUUUCAGCACUAAAACAA